GUCAGCGUUCCCAGCCUGGACGCCUCGGCUGGUAGAACUGCUGUCUGGAGGAAGGAGCGCUGCUUUUGAUAUCGAGGGCUUCCUUCAAGGCUCGACUUUUCUCCCGUUUGGAUUGUGUGACCACAUUUUCUGGAUAAAGAGAUUUUUGCUUUUCUGAAGAGCAGCCCCCCCGCUGGGCACCCCCAGGCAUCCUUGUGCAGACAAGGUGCCGACCAACAUGUCAACACAGGCGCCGACGUUCCUGCAGCCGCUGCAGAGCGUCGUGGCACUAGAGGGUAGUGCUGCGACGUUCCAGGCUCAAGUCAGCGGUUCUCCUGUUCCUGAGGUGAGCUGGUUCCGUGAUGGCCAGGUUCUCUCCGCCGCGGUUCUGCCCGGCAUUCAGAUCUCGUUCAGCGAUGGCCGCGCUGUUCUGAGGAUCCCUGCUGUGACUGCCGCACACAGUGGGAGGUUCUCCGUCAGAGCGACCAAUGGAGCCGGACAAGCCACCAGCACUGCAGAACUUCUCGUCACAGCUGAGACAGCCCCUCCAAACUUCCUGCAGAGGCUGCAGAGCUCCACAGUCCGGCAGGGCAGCCAGGUGAGGCUGGACGUCCGAGUGUCCGGCAUCCCCCUCCCCGUGGUGAAGUUCUUCAGGGAGGGCGCGGAGAUCCAGAGCUCGGCCGACUUCAGGAUCCUGCAGGAGGGCGAGCUGCACAGCCUGCUGAUCGCUGAGGCCUUCCCCGAGGAUUCUGGGAAUUAUUCUGCCACCGCCACCAACAGCAGCGGACGAGCCACCUCCACCUGCGAGCUGCUGGUGCAAGGCGAGGAGGCCGUCCCCGCGAAGAAGACCAAGACGAUCGUGACGUCUCAGAUGGCCGCUGCCUCCCACACCACCGUGCAGAGGAAGAUGGAGGCGAGCUUCCAGUCCUCCUCCAUGAUGGAGAUGCACAUGGAAUCAGGAAUGAUGACUAAGCAUUCGGCUCACAAAACCCCCCCGCGGGUUCCCCCGAAGCCCACCUCCCGUUCCCCACAGUCCUACGUCUCUAAAGUGGGAGGGGGCCGGCAGCAGUCACCUUCACCUGUCCGUCACGUGAAGGGCCCACAGCCCGCCCCCGUCAGACCCGUCUCCCCCUCCAGCAGAGUCUCCAUCUCCCCCAUCAGACCUGUGAAGUCUCCCAUCAUAUCCCGCAAACAGUUGUCCUCUUCUGCGGAGGUGCCCCCCCCCUGGAAGCAUUCGGCACUGCAGGCUGAGAGCAGCUUCACCUCCGUCAGCAGCAGCAGCUCCACCCAGAUGCACAUGGAGCAGAGCUGGGAGAUGAGCUCCAGAGAGGCGGAAGGGGGGGGGAAAGCGACGGCGGUGGCCACGGUUGUCGCCGCCGUCGACCUCGCUCGCGUCCGCCAGCCCGCCGUACAGGUGGAGAGCGGCGGAGCAGCAGAAGAAGAAGAGGUGGUACAGGUGGAGAUAAAACAACAAGUGGAGAAAACCACGGAACAGAAACAGGAAGUUGUUGUGGAGAAAAGUCGUCCUACUGAAACCACGGAGACAAAGGUCCAGGUCUCUGCAGGACUGUCUCAGGUCCAGGUCUCUGCAGGACUGUCUCAGGUCCAGGUCUCUGCAGGACUGUCUCAGGUCCAGGUCUCUGCAGAACCGAUUCAGAUCCCUGCAGAACCGGCUCAGAUUCAGGUCUCUGCAGAACCGGCUCAGAUUCAGAUCUUUGCAGGACUACCCCCUCACGUGGACGCCGCUCCGUCUGCGGUUCCACAUUUCACCGUCUCUAAAGUCUCAGUUCCUAAACCUGAGGCGAGCAGCGAGGUCUCCAUCGCCGGCUCGGCCAUGGCGUCUCUUCACAGAGAGUUCUCCUCCCCCGUCUCCCCCGGCCCCACCCGCAGGAUCAUCAAACCCGUCAAGUCUCCCAGCCCUUCCCGCAGGGGAGUGCCGAGCGUGGCCCCCGAGCCCCUGCCUCCCCCUUUCAGAGACCCCAGAUAUCAGGGAGGGAUCAGUGAGGAGGAGUUUGAGGACUGGGAGCCACAGGAGGCGGCUGCAGUCCCCUCCAGGGCCCAGGAGCCCGUGGUUCCUCCCACUCUUAUUGCUGGUCUGAAGAACGUGACGGUGACGGAGGGUGAGAGCGUGACCUUGGAGUGCCAGAUUGGAGGUCAGCCUGCCCCCAGCGUCAUGUGGUUCAGAGAGGACUACAAGAUCGAGAGCAGCAUUGACUUCCAGCUCACCUACAGCGCCGGCUUCGCCCGCAUGGUGAUCCGCGAGGCCUUCGCCGAGGACAGUGGCCGCUUCACCUGCACCGCCACCAGCGAGGCCGGCACCGUCAGCACCUCCUGCUACCUUCUGGUCAAAGUGUCAGAGGAGAUCGAGAGCAGAGAGGAGACUACGACUGUGACUGAAAUGGGAAUGACUCAGGAGAAAACUGUGUCGAUGGAGCAGACCGUGGUGACGGAGGUGGUGGAGGUGAUGUCGGGCGAGGCCGCCCCUCCCUCCUUCAUCAGGAAACCGAGCGUACAGAAGCUCGUGGAAGGCGGGGCUGUGGUGUUCGAGUGUCAGGUGGCAGGAAGCCCCAGACCUCACAUCAUCUGGAAGAAGAGUGGCGUGCCCCUCACCACUGGAUACAGAUACAAAGUGGCUUACAAGAAGGAGACCGGAGAGUGCAAGCUGGAGAUCUCCAUGACGUUCGCUGACGAUGCCGGAGACUACUCCGUCUUCCUGAAGAACCAACAUGGAGAAACCUCGGCCUCCGCCCGCCUGCUGGAGGAAGAGGAAUAUGAAGCCUACAUGAAGCAACAGGACGUGACGUAUAAAACAGAAGUGGCGGUGGUGCCGGAGCCGGUGGUCGUCGUGACUCAGUACGAGAUGGAGCAGAGGAGGGUCACCACCCCCAUGAGCUUCGUCUCAGAAACAGAGUUCCUGAUCUCGGCCUUCGAGGAGCGGAUCAUCCAGGAGGUGGAGCUGCGGAUCCUGAGGAUCAGCUACAGAGAGAUUGUGACAGAGGACGGAGAGCUGAUGUUGACGGCUACCGAGCAGGACGCCGUGCAGCCCGCUUUCCAGACGCCCGUCAAAAACUACCGAAUCAUCGACGGCAUGGGAGUCACCUUCCACUGCAUGACGAGCGGAAACCCCCUGCCAAAGAUCGCCUGGUUCAAAGAUGGCCAGCGUCUGCGCGCCGGCGGCCGCCACCAGAUGGAGGUUCUCCAGGACGGACGAGCCAGUCUCCGCCUGCCCGUGGUGCAGCCGGAAGACGAGGGUGUCUACACCGCCUUCGCCAGCAACAUGAAGGGGAACGCCGUCAGCUCCGGCAAGCUCUACGUGGAGCCGUCCGGAGCCGUGACCCCCCAGAGAUACACCCCCCAACCGGCCAUGCAGAGGAUCAGAUCCUCGUCUCCUCGCUCUAUGAGCCGCUCUCCUGGACGCUCCUCCAGUCGUUCGCCCGGACGCUCUCCGUCCCGCCGGCUGGACGACACCGACGAGGCUCAGCUGGAAAGACUCUACAAACCCGUAUUUGUCCUCAAACCUUCCUCCAUCAAAUGCUCCGAGGGGCAGACUGCCAGAUUUGACCUGAAAGUGGUUGGCAGACCGAUGCCCGACACCUUCUGGUUCCACAACGGACAACAAGUUGGAAAUGACUACACACACAAGAUAGUGAUUAAAGAGGACGGUACCCAGUCCCUGAUCAUCGUCCCCGCCUUGCCCCAGGACUCCGGAGAGUGGACCGUGGUUGCCCAGAACCGAGCCGGACGCACCUCUAUCUCUCUGACUCUCACUGUGGAAGCUCGGGAAAGCCUGGCGCGCCCUCAGUUUGUUGAGAAGCUGAAGAACCUCACAGUGAAGCAGGGCACUCUGGUAGAGCUGGCUGUCAAAGCCAUUGGAAACCCCCUGCCCGACAUUGUGUGGCUGAAAAACAGCGACAUCAUCUCCCCACAGAAGCACCCACAUAUCAAGGUUGAAGGAACCAAAGGACAGGCCAAAUUCCAGAUCCCAGCGUCCUCAGGCUCAGACAGCGCCUGGUACACAGCUACUGCUAUCAACAAGGCCGGCAGAGACACCACCCGCUGCAGGGUCAACGUGGAGGUGGACUUUGCCGCUCCUCAAGCUGAGAGGAGGCUCAUAAUCACCAAAGGAACCUACAAAGCCAAGGAGAUCGCAGCGCCCGAGCUGGAGCCCCUGCACCUUCGUUAUGGCCAGGACCAGUGGGAGGAGGGCGACCUGUACGACAAAGAGAAGCAGCAGAAGCCUCAGUUCAAGAAGAAGCUGACCUCCAUCCGGAUGAAGCGCUCCAGCACGGCUCACUUCGAGUGCCGGCUGACGCCCAUCGGAGACCCCACCAUGGUGGUGGAGUGGCUGCACGAUGGGAAACCCCUGGAGGCCGCCAACCGGUUGCGCAUGGUCAACGAGUUUGGAUACUGCAGUCUGGACUACGAAGCGGCUUACGCCAGAGACAGCGGCGUCGUCACCUGCAGGGCUACUAACAAGUACGGGGCAGACCAGACGUCUGCCACGCUGAUUGUAAAGGACGAGAAAGGCCUGGUUGAGGAGACUCAGCUCCCUGAAGGCAGGAAAGGUGGACACCGGAUGGAAGAGUUUGAGCGCCUGGCUCACGAAGGCGGACCUGCAGGCGUCACCACUGAUGACGAAUAUGAAAAGAGCAAACCGGAGAUCGUACUUCUUCCGGAACCCGCCAGAGCCUAUGAGGGCGACAUUGCCCGAUUCCGCUGCAGAGUCACCGGCUACCCGUUACCAAAGGUGAACUGGUACCUCAACGGGCAACUCAUCCGUAAAAGCAAGAGAUACAGACUCCGGUACGACGGUAUUUACUACCUGGAGAUCGUCGACGUGAAGUCCUACGACACUGGUGAGGUCAGGGUGGUUGCUGACAAUCCUCUCGGCACGACUGAGCACACGGUGAAGAUCGAGAUCCAACAGAAGGAGGACUUCAGAUCCGUGCUACGCCGCGCUCCAGAACAGAAAGCUGCAGAGGCAGCACAAGACCCCGGCAGAGUCGGGUUUGACGUGUUAAAAGUGGAUCAGACCAGCGAGUCUACCCAGGACAGGGAAGUGGUCAAACUGCGUAAGACUCAGAGAGUGGUUCACGAGAAGACCUCAGAGGAGACGGAUGAGCUGAAGAGCAAGUUCAAGCGCAGGACGGAGGAAGGUUUCUACGAGUCCAUCUCCGCCGUGGAGCUCAAGUCCCGCAAGAGGGACGACUCGUACGAGGAUCUGCUGAAGAAGACUAAAGACGACCUGCUUCACAGACUGAAGGAGAAAGAAGAAGCAGAGAGGAAGAAGAUGGAGGAACAGGGGCAAAUCACUAUCCCCACCAUCAAGCCAGAGAGGGUCCAGCUCUCCCCCAGCAUGGAGGCACCUAAGAUCCUGGAACGCAUCACAAGCAAGACCGUUGCUCCGAUGGACGAGGUCCACUUCACACUGAGAGUCGUCGGCAGGCCGGAGCCCGAGGUCCAGUGGUUCAAGAACGGCAUCCUGGUGGAGAAGACGGAGCGUAUCUUCUGGUACUGGCCGGAGGACCACCUGUGUGAACUGGUGAUCAGAGACGUGACCGCAGAGGACUCCGCAAGCAUCAUGGUCAAAGCCGUGAACAUCGCCGGGGAGGCCUCCAGCCACGCCUUCCUGCUGGUGCAAGCCAAGGCAGCGAUAGACUUCACCCAGAACUUAGAGGACACCAGCGCCAGCGAGAAGGACACCAUGGUGACGUUUGAGUGUGAAACCAACGAACCCUUCGUCAAAGUCAAAUGGCUGAAGAACAACAGUGAGAUCUUCUCCGGAGACAAGUACAGGAUGCACUCUGACAGACAGGUCCACUUCCUGUCGGUGCUGGUGAUCGAUAUGAAGGACGCCGCCGAAUACUCCUGUGUCGUGAUAGACGACGAGAGCAUCAGGACCAGCGCCAGGCUCCAAGUAGAAGGUGCUGCCCUGGAACUGAUCAAGCACUUGGAGAACAUCGAGGUGCCGGAGACCUACUCCGGAGAGUUUGAGGUGGAGCUGUCCCGUGAAGACGCUGAGGGCAGCUGGUACUUCGGAGACAAGGAGCUCUCCCCCAGCAGCAAAUACGUCAUGUCCUCCCGCAGAGGACGUCAAUCCCUGUCCGUCAAAGACGUCAGGAAAACCGACCAGGGCAAAUAUACCUUUGUAUGUGGAGAUCUGAAGACCAGCGCCUCACUGAAGAUGAAGCUGCGCCCGGUGACGCUGAUGCAGCCGCUCGGCGACCUGACGUUGUGCGAGGGCGACAUCGCCCAGCUGGAGGUCCGCUUCUCUCAGGAGAACGUGGAGGGCAGCUGGAUGAAGAACGGGGCGGCCGUCACCGCCUCGGACCGAGUCCACAUCGUCAUCGACAAACAGAUCCACAAGCUGCUGAUCGAGAACGUGAGCCGCGAGGACGCCGCCUCGUACUCCUUCAUCGUCCUGGCUCAGGACAUCUCCACCACCGGGAAGCUCAGCGUGCAGACGAUCGACAUCGUGACCCCGCUGAAGGACGUGUCCUCCGUUGAAGGCACGAAGGCGGUGCUGGAGGCGAAGAUCUCGGCGCAGGACGUUCUCUCGGUGAAGUGGUUCCUGAACGAGAAGCUGCUGACGGCCAGCAGUCGGGUCCAGAUGGUGGCGAAGGGAUCCAAGCAGAGGCUCGUCUUCAGCCGGACCUUCGCCUCCGACGAGGGCCGCUACAAGCUGGUGGUGGGGAAGGUGGACACCAGCUGCAGCCUCUCUGUAGAGAAGGUGCACAUCGUAAAGCAGAUGGAGGACAAGGUGUGCUCAGAGUCCCAGAAUGUCACCUUCAGCGUGGAGGUUUCCCAUGCUGGCAUCGACCCGGUCUGGACCUUCAGGAGCCAGCAGCUCAAAGCCGGACCCAAAUACAAGAUGGAGUCCAGCGGCAAGAAGCACUCGCUGACCGUCAUCGACGCCAUGAAGGACGAGGAGGGAGCGUACUCCUUCCACGCCGGGGAGAAGACGUCCAGUGCCAAGCUCACCGUCUCCGGGGGCGCCAUCACCCGGCCUCUUCAGGACGUGACGGUGGCCGAGUCUCAGACAGCGGUGCUGGAGUGCGAGGUGGCCAACGCCUCGGCGGAGGGCCGCUGGCUAAAGGAGGGCCAGCCCAUCGACUUCAGCGAGAACGUGGCGAGCGAGACGAAGGGUGCCGUCCGCCGGCUGGUCAUCGUCAUCACCAGACCGCAGGACGUCGGGGAGUACACCUACCAGGUGGCCAGCUCCAAGACCACCGCCAACCUGCGGGUGGAGGUGGUGAAGAUGAAGAAGACCCUGAAGAACCAGACGGUGACAGAGACCCAGGAGGCGAUUUUCUCUCUGGAGUUGACCCACAGUGGGGUGAAGGGCGCUCAGUGGAUCAGGAACGGCGUGGAACUGCAGAACGGCGACAAGUUCCAGAUGACCUCCGAGGGCCCGGUGCACACUCUGAGGGUGCGGGGCUGCAGCACCACGGACGAGAGCGUCUACUCCUUCAAGCUGGGGAAGCUGUCCGCCAACGCCCGGCUCAACGUUGAGACGAUUAAGAUCGUGAAGAAGAUAAAGGACGUGACGUCCCUGCUGGACGGCACCGCCUCCUUCGAGCUCAGUCUGUCCCACGACGACAUCCCGGUGCGCUGGAUGUUCAACGGCUCCGAGCUGAGGACCAGCGAAAAGAUCAAGAUCCUGUCGGAGCGCAAAGCCCACAAGCUGGUUCUGCAGAACGUGGACCAGAGCCAUGCUGGGGAGUACAGCGCCGUGGUGGGACACCUGCAGUGCAGCGCCACGCUCACCGUGGAGGCCCUGCGCGUCACCAAGCCCCUGAAGAACGUGGCGGUGCCGGAGACUCAGACGGCGUCCUUUGAGUGCGAGGUGUCUCACUUCAACGUACCGUCCACCUGGCUGAAGGACGGCGUGGAGAUCGAGAUGAGCGAGAAGUUCAGGAUCGUGGUUCAGGGGAAACUCCACCAGCUGAAGAUCACCAACACGAGCCGCGACGACGCCGCCGAGUACACCUUCGUCUGCGGGAACGACCGCGUGUCCGCCACGCUCACCGUCAGCCCGGUGCUGAUCACGUCCAUGCUGAAGGACCUGAACGCUCAGGAGCGCGACACCAUCACCUUCGAGGUGACGGUGAACCAGGAGGGCGUGAGCUACAAGUGGCUGAAGAACGGCGUGGAGGUGAAGUCCUCGGACCGCUGCCAGGUCCGCAGCCGGCAGCUCACACACUCCCUGACCGUCCGGAACGUCCACUUCGGAGACGGAGGACAGUACAGCUUCGUGGCCGGAUCCGCGUCCAGCGCCGCCAGCCUCUACGUGGAAGCUCGUGUGAUUGAGUUCACGAAGAAGAUUAAGGACAUCAAGAUCACGGAGAAGAAGAAGGCCAUCUUCGAGUGUGAGAUCUCCGAGCCCAACGUGCAGGUGGUCUGGAUGAAGAACGGCCAGGAGCUGGACCUGGCGGAGGAAAGGUUCAUGGUGACAGCGGAGAAGUUCGUGCACCGCCUGAUGAUCCAGACGGUCAGGAUGUCGGACGCCGGGGAGUACUCGGUGGUGGCCGGAUCCAGCGUCUCCAAAGCCCAGCUGACGGUGGAGGGCCGCGACAUCCGCAUCUCCGAGCCCGCCGAGAGGGAGAUCACGGUUUUGGAGAAGCAGCGCGCCACCUUUGAGUUCGAGGUGAACGAGGACGAGGUGGAGGGCCGCUGGCUGAGGAACGGCGUGGAGAUCCAGUUCUCUGUGGAGCAGCGCUUCAGCUACGUCUGCAUCAGGAGGCUGCACCGCCUCACCGUCUCAGAGACCUUCAGGAGCGACGCCGGAGAAUACACCUUCAUCGCCGGCAAGAACCGCAGCACCAUGCAGCUGCGUGUCAACCUCCCCGAGCCGCCAAAGAUCGUGCGCCACAUGGAGCCUCAGUCGGUGGAGGCGGGGAAGCCGGCCCGUUUCUCGGUGAAGGUGAGCGGCGUCCCGGCUCCCCAGGUGUCCUGGUUCAAGAACUCCCAGGCUCUAUCGGCCGGCUUCAAGUGCAAGUUCCUGCGAGACGGACACGAGUACUCGCUGCUGCUCAUCGAGGUGUUCCCAGAGGACGCCGCUGUCUACAACUGCGAGGCCAAGAACGACUACGGCGCCGCCACCAGCACCGCCGCGCUGAACGUGGAAGUGUCGGAGGUUGUGUCUCCUGACUCCGCCGCCACCGUGGCCCCCCCGGUGGUGAUGACCCCCAUCAGCAGCACCUCCGCCCGCGAGGGAGAACCGGCUCGCUUCCAGUGCCGAGUCCGAGGAGACGACGUGAAGAUCAGCUGGUUCCACGGACAGAAGGAGAUCAAGCAGUCGGACUUCUUCCGGAUGUCUCAGUUUGACGACAGCUGUCAGCUGGAGAUCUCCAGAGUGUACCCCGAGGACGAGGGCGAGUACAGCUGCCGGGCCACCAACAGCGCCGGGACCGUGUCCUGCAGCGCCGUGCUCAGCCUGGACGGUGAGUCUGGAACCAGUACUGGGUUCACUUCUGCUGAGUCUCAGCGACUCGUGUCCAGCAGCCUCUCCUCUGUAAAGAAACCAGCCCUCGGCCACAAGCCGGUGUUCCUGCAGCCCAUCAGCAGCUGCUCGGUGCUGCACGGCGAGGUCGCUCGUUUCCAUGCCUGCGUCUCCGGCACGCCGCGGCCAGAGAUUCGCUGGUUCCACGAGCGCCGGCCGGUGCUGCCCACCAAGAACGUGGUGUUCCACUUCGACGAGGCCACGCACACCGCCAUGCUCAUCAUUGUGGACGCCUUCCCCGAGCAUGCCGGCACGUACACGUGCUGCGCCGUCAACGCCGCCGGGGAGGCCGUCUGCACCGCCACGCUCAACGUUACCACUGAAGAAGAAGAAGUGACUCACGUGAGGGAGCAGAUCGAAGCCAAGAUCGAGCAAGAAGUCAAAGAGCGUACUAGCACCACCAUCACCACUGUGGAGGAACAAGAGGAGACCUACUACUCUGGGGUCCAGUUACCUCAGAAAACUAAAACACUUGAACUCUCACCAGAAUCCAAACGCUACUCUUCCUCUUUAGAGAAGAAAAAAGAAAAGCCAGUUUUCCUCAGCCAGCUCGCCCCGGCGGCGGUAACCACCGGGGAGACGGCUAGACUCACCGUCAGACUUUCCGGCUUUCCAAAACCCACCGUUAAAUGGUCUCACAAUGGAAAAGUGAUUCAGAGCUCGUCCAUAUACAGGCUGAUAGAGGAGAAGGAGGAGUAUACGUUAAUAAUCACAAAGGUCACAACCGAGUAUGAGGGCGAGUACUCCUGCACCGCCACCAACCGAUUAGGCCAGACAACCUGCACCACGUACCUCGAGGUUAAGAAGCCUGAUGUUAGCCAGGCGGAGAAAUGGGUAGAGAAGAUGUUUAAGAUCACGGGUCAGCCUCCAACUUUCACAGUUCAGAUCCAACCUGUGCGCUGCUCAGAGGGAGGAGAGGUUUCCUUAAGUUACAAAGCUAGCGGGGAUCCAAUGCCCGAUGUGAAGUGGUUCAAAGGGGCUAUCCAGAUCCAGCCCAGUAGAAACUGUAUCAUUAUAGCCAACCCAGAUGGAUCCGGCUUUGUUAAUAUUAAGAGCGUCAAACAGAAAGAUAGCGGCCUGUACACGUGUAAGGCCUCCAACCAGUUUGGGGAGGCGUCCUGUAGCGCUCAGCUCGUUGUGUUCAGAGAAACCGUCUCUGUUUCACGCAAACAGGAGCAGGUGACAACGGUUCAGAAGAAAGGUUAUAAGGUUUCAAUGACAGAACAGGCAACAGAGUCGCGCCUGUACCAGGUUAGCCUCCCGGGUCAGGAUAGAACCAGGUCUGAUCAGAUGGUUUACACCAUAGGCACGGAAGACCGUCAGAUAAUUCCCAGUGAGCAAGUGAGCUCGCUUAGAGAAAUAGAUAUCUCCUCCGCCACUAUUCACCGCGAGCAGCUGACCCACCAGGCAGCAGUGCUCCAGUCUCAUGAGGUAGAGGAGCGGGUGUCGGUGGUCCCUACCCACCCAGGUCAGGUUUCCACCGUCCCUGUGAAACAGCUUCACAUGGCGGCAUUUACAUCCUCCGUCGAGGAAAGUCAGGACCUCACAGAGCAGCACUGUGAUCGCAUUCUCAGCCCUGAAGUCAUCGAGCUUCAGGCGGCUCGAGAAAGGAGGUCAAUGGUGAUGUCAGCCGUCGCUGAGGAGCUCACACCGCUGUCCACUGUUAGCACAGAGCUCCUGUCCGACCGGAAGACUGCUACUGUCAGGCCCUCAUCAGAACCUAAACAUUUAGUCAGCGGGCAUCAGGUCGAGUCACAGCUUCCCAUCCUAAGAGAGCAGUCUAAGGAGAUCCCAGAAUCACAGGCAGAGAAGGGGUAUAAGGAAGAGGGGGUUAAGAUUUUAUACUCUGCUCAAUCUGCAGAGAAGCGGGUGCUUUCAGAGGGCCACACCACUGAUUUAGCAACAGCAGAUUCUGCUGUGAAGCCGUCUGUAAAGAAAGAACAGCACCGACCUGUCUUGGCGUCGGUUAGCGAGUCCAAACAGACUCUAUCCAAGGAGACCGAUUUCUCCAUGCAGAGGCCCUCUGAGGAGACAGCCCAUCUUUGUAAGGAUAAAAUAAUAAAGGGUGCUCUAAAUGCUGAAGAGAAGCAAAUGUUACAAGCUGAGUCCACACAGCAGUUUCCCAGUCUGGACAGUGCCAUGUCUGUUCAGUCCCAGGUAGAAGGAGAGCAGUUGUUGCACCUGCAGGUGAUCACAGAUCAGGACCUCCUUCCAUCUGAGAAGAGCUUUACCUGUGAGAAACCAGCGGCAGAGCAGGCAGGAGCCCGGAAGAGCCCGACUCUGCUGCAUGCUGUUAGCCAGGAUGAGCAGAGGACAGUAGUUUGUGAGGACACGUCAGCAUUCGAGGCCAAGGCUAGCACCAUGACCAUCCAGCCCCAGAAAGAGUCUCGUACUCUGCUGCACCGGCAGUCAACCCAACCUGUGGAGGCACUGCCCAAAGAGGGUAUUCUCGUUAUGGAUAAGCCUGACCAGCAGGUAGCGGCGCAGAAACAGGAAAAGACUAGAAGUCAUGCAGCUACCUCAGAGGAGAGGAGGGAGCUGACAGCAGAUUAUCACACAGAGCUGGAUUUGUCCGUGACCGGCAUUCAGUCGCAGCUCCGGACCGAGCCCAGGCCUCAAAACAUCCUGCAGCUCUCCUUCCAGCCCAUGAGGCUUCCAAAGGAGACGCCAGUCACCUCGGACGUCAAGCAGCAGCGAGCUUUGGUGCAGAAGGAGGACCGCUCACACGUGAUGCAUGUCACCACUGUGGCGGAGAGUCGGGCCCUACAAGAGGGCCAUACUGAGGGUCUUACAGCAGUGGAUAAAUUCACCUGCCAGAUGGCUGUCGAGCCAAAAUUCCCCACUGAGCCAGUCCAGAUAGAGGAGAAAGAGAUCUCAACUGAGAGUAGUGUCCUUUUAGAGGCAGCCCAACAGGACUUUGCUGUUCAAAUCCAGGAGGGCCAGUCAGUCAGGCAGUCCAUAGUGAUGGACGAGAAGCGAGUGCUGACCGGUGAGCUCUCUCAGGAGAUCACCAAGUCUGAGUCCACUAAAGUAACCUUCACCACGCAGCCCAAACUGUCCCUAAUGGCCUCAGAGUCCAAAGACAGCACUGCUCUUCCCAAAGAGAUGACCUUUGUGAUUCAGAUCCCCAAACCCUUCAGUCUGAAUAUCCGGCACCAGCUCAGAGACGCUCUGCAGUCGGCUGUGGCCAGCGACCAGCCGGUGUUACUGGCUGACGUCGUAGAGAGGUUGCAGGCUGUUGAAGUACAGGAAGUCAAGGUUCAAAAAGAGCCAAAGCGGGCCAUGUUUACAUACCUGAUCACAACCACAGGUGCCCCCAUGGAGAUCACACUGGCUAUUGAGGGUAAAUACCCUCAGACCGCUGACCUCCGGACUGAACUGCAGGCAGCUUUCCACUCCAUAGUGUAUCAGGAAACCCAGGUUCUCACCUCGGAGCAGCCGGGGACUAUGCAGCUAGAAAAACCUCUGAGGGCGCAGGUCGCCUCGGCACGCUGUAAGCAAAUGCUGUCAUCCAUGGUCGAGACUGUGAGCGUGGCAGAGAGUGCCGUGGGUUUCACUGCCGUUAAAUCUCAGGCUGCUGCACUGAAGACCGAGUCCAAAAUGGCUGUUGAAAGUGCUUCCGCUGAGCACCAAGUUGUGGUGCAGGAAUCCAAGGUAGCAAAGAUAGAGCAGAAAUCCCAAAUCAAAGUUUCCAAAGAGUCCCACAUGGCUUUUGAGCAGUCGGUGCAGGUGUCAAGGCAGGAAGUGAGGUCAGUUAGCAUGAAAAGCAGGGAGAAAGAUGUAGCAGCGACUCUACUAACCACGACUCUGCCUCCCACCACCGUCCCUACUGAACAGGUGGUGGGCGUUAGCAUCCAGGAUCACAGGGAGGAGACCUUUAAAGAGGAAAUCACAGUAUCCAGGUCAGAGCAGAGAGAAAUCCCCGUUAUAGUCACCUCCCUCGAAGACAUAUCCAUAGAUGAGGAUAGUAAAAUAACCCUUAGCACCACCAUUAAGUAUGUCUCAAAGGUAAACUGGUUUUUCAAUGGGCAAUUGGUAAAAUCUGGCAAAGAGUUCAAGUGUUGCAAAGACCACGACACAUACACAUUGGUUAUCAACAAAGUUGUGAAGGAGACGCAUCAAGGAGAAUAUGUUUGUGAGGCUGAGAAUGAAGCCGGCAGGACUACAACGUCUUCAAGACUCACUGUGGUCUCAAGAGUGCCACCUGUCUAUAGGCAGAAAAUCCAACCCCUGGACAUAAACAUCGGCGGACAGGCCAAGUUUGAAUGUGAAAUCGAGGAUGCUCCGAGUGUGACCUUCAAAUGGUACAAGUCUACCAUCGAGAUCAAACAGAGUGACAAGUACCGCAUCCUCAGCCGCCACAACGGCUCCUCCCUGGAGCUGCUGAACCCGAUCAAAGCCGACAGCAGUGAAUACACUUGCAAGGCUUCAAACCAGCACGGCACUGCCAGUUGCACCGCCUCGCUCAUCGUCACCGAAAUGUACCCACCGGUAUUUGUAUCAAAACCAGACCCAAUGACUUUGUAUGUGGGCAAGCAGGCCGUGCUCCAGUGCUCACUCACUGGAACGUCACCCAUGGAGGUUGUCUGGCACAAGGACAACAUAGCCGUCUCCUCCGGAGGGAACUAUGUCAUGAAAUGUGAAAAGAACAAGUAUUCGCUUCAGAUUAAAAGUCUUGUUGUGGCUGACCAGGGGGUGUACCUGUGCAAGGCCUCCAACAGUGUUGGCACUGCUACAUUUACCACAGAGCUCAGGGUCAUCAACAAGCCCAGCUUUGUUAAGACCGUUGAGCCAGCGUCAGUCGCUGUCAAUGACCCGCUGAAGCUGGAGUGCCAGGUGGACGAGGACACUGGUGUGACCGUCACCUGGACCAGGGACGGUAAAAAGGUCCACCAGAGCAUGGAUUGUAAACUUUCCUUUGAGGAUAAGGUGGCUGUUGUUGAGAUACCCAAGUCCAUACUGAAGGACUCUGGGAAAUAUGUGUGCACAGCCGCAAAUGAGGCAGGGAGCUCCUCCUGUGAGGCCGAGGUAUCAGUUCAAGAGCCCCCUACCUUUGUUAAGAAAAUGGAAAACAAGAUAACAUGGAAACAAGGUAUAGCUGCACGUUUACAGUGCACCGUUAAAGGAUCGCCUCGACUGCACAUCCACUGGUUCUGGAAUGAGAGAGAGCUCAGUGAUGGAGAAACAUAUAAGAUAUCUUUCAAGAGUGGAGUUGCCUCUUUGGAUAUACUGAAUCUUCUGGUCACAGACAGUGGCAGUUACACAUGUGAGGUGUCCAAUAAUGCCGGCAGCGAGAGCUGCAACACCCUUAUAGCUGUCAAAGAGCCGCCGUCCAUUAGAAAAGAGCUGCAGACAGUAGAGGCGGUGAAGGGAGCGGCCACUCAGAUGGAGUGUGAGAUCGCAGGAACAGCUCCGUUUGAAAUCAGCUGGGUAAAAAAUAAGAAAGCUAUCUCCAGUGAUCAGAAACAUAAGAUAAUCUCCCAGGAUUCCUUAUCGCGGCUGGAGUUCCAGUACUUUGAGAGUGCAGAUGUUGGAGAUUAUCAGUGUGUCAUAUCCAACGAUGUGGGGAAAGUCACCACUAAGGCUGUAGCUAAACUUAAAGAGCCUCCCACUUUCUCAAAGAGGGUUGAGAGUGCUACUGCCGUGUUGGGAAACCAAGUAAAACUGCAGGGGACCAUAAAGGGCUCUGCGCCCAUCACUGUGAAAUGGAUGAAAGACUCUGAGAUACUGAGAGAUGACGAUUCAAACAUCAAGAUGGUGUUUGAGAACAAUGUUGCUAGCUUGUCCAUAACGACAGUGGCCAUCAGCCAUGGCGGCAAGUAUUCGUGCCAAGCCGAGAAUGAGGCUGGCCAACAGAAAUGCGAAGCUACCUUGACCGUGCAAGAACCUGCGAGAGUGGUAGAACCUGCAGAGUCCAUAAGUGUGACUGCGGGGGAUUCAGCCACUUUGGAGUGCACAAUCUCUGGAAGCCCUGAUCUGAAAGUGAAGUGGUUUAAAGACGGGAAGGAGAUGAUCAGUGGCCGUAAAUAUAAGAUGACUCUGAAGGACAAUGUGGCCACCAUGAAGAUCCUCACGGCAGAGAGAGGAGACACUUCAGAUUACAAGAUGGAGGUGUCCAAUAAAGUCGGCAAAGACCAAUGCACAUGCUCGGUCACCAUCUUAGAUCGGAUAAUGCCUCCAACUUUCACCAAGUCCCUGAAAAGGGUUGACGGUAACAUCAGUAAUGACGUCUCCAUGUAUUGUAAAGUGUCUGGGUCCCAACCCAUGACCAUAUCUUGGUUCAAAGAUGACCAGGAGAUCAAGUCUGGAUCCAAAUUCCAGCCUGAAUUCAAAGACAGCUCUGCUUCUCUGAGAGUUAUAAAGCUGGAGAAGGCCGACUCGGGAGUUUAUAAAUGCAGAGCGACCAACUCUGCCGGCUUUAAGGAAACCAGCGGCACGCUCUAUGUCAAAGAGCCCCCAGUGUUCACAGUGAAACCAAACAACCAGGAUGUUAAACCAGGAACCACGGUUUCCUUCAAAACGGGCUUCACUGGGACAGCUCCUUUAGCUGUAAAGUGGUUCAGAGAGGAGAAGGAGAUUGCAUCUGGAGGCUCAUAUUUCAUAAAGAAAGAUGCCUCCUCCAGCUCUGUGGAGCUAAACUCAGUGAAACCCAGUGACUCUGGGAAAUACACCUGCCAGGUGUCCAAUGAUGCUGGGAAGGUGGAUUGCACUGCAGUCCUCUUUGUGAAAGAACCGCCCGUGUUUGUGAGGAAACUUGAGGCGACUAAACUCGUCAAAAGCGGCGACUCCGCCGUGCUGGAGUGCAAAGUCACGGGCAGCCCCAUCAUCACUUUUAAAUGGUUCAAGGACGAGAUGGAGAUCAGCUCCGGUGCUAAAUACAAAAUGACUUUGACUGACUUAGCAGCCUCUCUGGAAAUAGUCAACAGUGCGGUGAAGGACAGUGGAGAUUAUGUGUGUGUGGCAUCCAGCGAGGCUGGCAGUGACCGCUGCAGCAGCACAGUGACAAUCAAAGAGCCGCCAUUGUUUGUGCGUCGCUUGGAGCCCAAAGAUGUUGUGAAAGGCUCUGAAAUGAUGCACGAGGGCCAAGUCUCUGGCUCAGCCCCUUUCACUGUGUGCUUUUAUAAAAACACAAAGCCGAUAAGGAAUGACAAGAGACACAGGAUCACAGUGAAGGACGAGCUGAUAGCGCUGCAGGUGCUGGCAGUGGAGGCCGGAGACGUGGGCUUGUACCAGUGCACUGUAGAGAAUGAGGUGGGGAAGGUCUCCUGCGAGUGUCAAGUCACACUAAAAGAACCACCAUCGUUUGUGAAGAAGCUGGAGAACCUCAGUUCCCUUGUUGGCAGCGAGGUUUCUCUGCAGUGUUCUCUGAAGGGCUCUGAACCCAUGAGCGUGUCCUGGACCAAAGACAACCACGAGCUCAAAGAGGCUGAAAACAUUCAGAUUACAUACGAGAACAACAACGCUCUGCUGCACUUCACCAAGCUGCAGAGCAAACAUGGUGGCAAAUACUCGUGCCAGGCGCAGAACCAGGCCGGCAGCCAGACCUGCUCUGCUGUGGUCACAGUCAAAGAGCCGGCUAAGGUCACCGAGGAAGCCAAGUCCAUCAGUGUGACUCAGGGCGAUCCGGCCACGCUGGAGGCCCGGUUCUUCGGCACCAAGCCACUGAAGGCCAGAUGGCUGAAGGCCGGCAAGGAACUGAGUUCAGGCCAGAGAUAUAAAGUUCAGAGCACAGACACCAGCUCUGUGCUCAAAAUUAUCAAAACUGAAAAAGGUGACAGUGGUGACUACACCUUUGAGGUUUCCAAUGAUGUCGGCCAAAGUUCUUGCGAGGCCACACUCACCAUCCUCGAUCAAAUCAUUCCUCCGUCUUUUACGAGAAAGCUGAAGCAGACAGAAGGUAUCAAAGGAUCCUUCGCUCAUCUGGAGUGCCUCAUAUCUGGCUCUCUGCCGAUAACCAUUCAGUGGUACAAAGAUGAGAAAGAGAUCCAGACUGACGACAAACACAAAUGCACAUUCUUUGAAAAUGUUGCUUUUCUGGAGAUCUCUAAUCUUGACAGUAAAGACAGCGGCAGCUACACCUGCAUCGCUACAAACAAAGCGGGGACCGUGCAGUGCUCCGGGAUCUUGUUUGUCAAAGAACCACCAUGCAUUCUUGAAAAGCCUGAAUCCAUGAAUGUUUUGCCGGGCUCAAAGGUCCAGUUUAACGUGCUGGUCUCUGGCACGCCACCGCUCACAACCAAAUGGUUUAAGAACAAGAAAGAGAUUAUAUCCAGUGCUGACUGCAAUGUGGUCAAAGACAACACCUCCAGCUCUCUGGAGCUUUUCUUUGCAAAGACCUCUGAUUCUGGAGAGUAUGUGUGUGAGAUUCAGAACGAUGUGGGCUCCACCUCUUGCCAGGCGACGCUCUUUGUGAAAGAGCCCCCUAAGUUCACACGGACCCCGGCUCGGUUAUCGGUGGUCCGCCCCGGUCAGAGUAAAAUGUUUGAGUGCCAGGUGACCGGCACACCUGAGAUAGACAUCUGCUGGUUCAGGGAGGGCUCUGAGAUCAGCCCCAGCGACCGGUACAAGAUGGUGUUUGUUAACUCAGUGGCCACGCUGGAGUUGUGUGGCGCUGAAACCAAAGACAGCGGGCUUUACUACUGCGAGGCCCGCAACGAGGCCGGCAGUGAGAGCUGCAGCAUGGAGCUCAAGGUUAAAGAACCGCCCUCAUUCAUUAGAGAGCUGACUCCAGCUGAUGUUGUGAAGACCUCCAGCGCCUGCUUUGAGUGUCAAGUAGCUGGGACCGGUCCAUUUGAGAUAACAUGGCACAAAGAUGCAAAGGAGAUCAAACCCAGUGCUAAGCAUGGCUUCUCCCAGUUGAACGACACCGUGAGGCUGGAGGUGCACAAAUGUGACACUGUAGACGUCGGUGAAUACCAGUGCACUGUUUCUAACGAGGUCGGGAGCUCUGCGUGUAAGACCACGCUAAGCCUCAAAGAACCACCAACAUUUACCCAGCGGCUCGAGGACACUGCCACUGUUGUCGGUAAAAUGGCCGAGUUUAAAUGUGUUGUGAAGGGUUCUCCCACUCUCUCUGUACAAUGGCAAAAAGAUGAGAACUGGAUUUUGGAGAAUACUAAGAUUGAGAGAACAUUUGACAACAAUGUGGCCACUCUCAGGAUUCCCGCCUGUGAAGCAACUCACAGCGGGAAGUACACCUGCCAGGUGGUGAACGAGGCCGGGCAGGAGAAGUGCUUUGCCACGCUAACGGUGCAAGAGCCGCCUCAGAUCACAGAGAAACCUGAAGUGAUUAAGGUUACAGUCGGAGAUCCAGUCAGUCUGGACUGUAAGGUGACGGGCUCUCCUGAGCUCAAAGUGAAAUGGAUGAAAAAUGGAAAGGAGCUUCAGUCCAUUAGGCAGCACAAGCUGACCUUUGAGAACAAAAUCAGCAGCCUCAGGGUUCAGUCAGCUCAGAAAGAGGACGAAGGAGAGUAUGUCUUCGAGGUGGCAAACCACAUCAGUAGCUGCAGCUGCAGAGUCAAAGUGGUCGUUCUAGAUCAAGUAAUUCCCCCGAGCUUCAUCAAACCUCUGGUAGACAUGCGAGAGAUCUUGGGCUCCUUUGUUCAGAUCUGUUGCAAAAUAUCUGGUUCCCUGCCCAUCUCUGUGGACUGGCAGAAAGACGGGUGCAAAAUCUCUAGCGGUGUGAAACACAAACUGAUCCAGCAGGACAACUCUGUGUCCGUGGAAAUCGAACAGCUAGAGCGAUCUGACGCAGGAUCCUACUCUUGCAAACUGAGCAACGCAGUGGGGAGAUGUGAAAGCAGUGGAUCCCUGAUGGUUAAAGAGCCUCCCAGCUUCGUGACACUGCCUGAGCCCCAGGCGGCUGUACCCAACAGCACUGUGCGCUUCAAAUGCACAUUUAAGGGAACGCCUCCCUUCACGGUCAAAUUCCAAGACGACACCGAGCUCAUGACCGGGCCCUCGUGUUUCACAGGGCUGGAGGGGCUCUCUUGCUUCUUAGACCUCUAUAAAGUGGGGGUCACCCACAGUGGAGUUUACUCUUGUCAAGUCAGCAACGAUGCUGGUUCUGUGCGCUCCAGUGCAGACUUGACAGUCAAAGAACCCCCCGAGUUUGUGCUGAAACUCCCUGCCACUAAGUUUGUGAAGCAGGGAGAGUCACUCCGCCUGGAGUGCAAAGUCAGUGGCACAGCUCCUCUAAAAGUGACCUGGUACAAACAGGACACCAAGGUCACGGACGGGGGCAACUACAGGACAUCCUUUGUUGACUCGGUAGCAGUCCUGGAACUGCUGUCCACGAGCUUUAAUGAUGAUGGAGUUUACACCUGUGAAGCUCAGAAUGAUGCUGGCAGUGUCAGCUGCAGCACCACACUUUCCGUGAAAGACGCCCCAUCUUUUACUAAAGUACCCCAGCCCGUUGAAGGGCUGAAGGGUAAGGACGUGAGUCUGUACUGCGAGAUGAGCGGUACAGCUCCGUUCCAGAUCACCUGGUUCAAAGACAGGAAGCCUCUAAUGGAGAAGAAGUAUAAGAUGGUGAGCGAGGGCAGCUCGGUCACGCUGCAUGUCAUUGGGAUAGAGGCCUCGGACGCCGGCGAGUACGAGUGCAAAGUGACUAACAGUGUAGGAAGUGACACCUGCCAGACGUCAGUUAAACUCAGAGAGCCGCCGUCGUUUGUGAAGAAACUGUCAAACAAGACAGUGAUUCUGGGGGAGGAGGUGACCAUAGUGGCCACUAUUAAAGGCUCUGAACCCAUUACUGUGUCCUGGGUUCAAGACAAGGAUCACAUUCUCAGGGACGGUGACAACAGGAAAAUCACACUUGAGAACAACCAGGUCGCUCUUAAAGUCUUUAAGGCUGAUGCAACCACAGCAGGCAAAUACACCUGCCAACUCAGAAACGAUGCUGGGAGUGUGGAGUGUUUCGCUAACUUGACUGUUCUAGAACCCGCUAAGAUAGUGGACAAGCCUGACGCUCUGAGCGUGACGGCGGGCGACAUGGCUGCCCUGGAGGUCAAAGUGUGUGGAACCCCCGAGCUCACACCCAAGUGGUUCAAGGACGGUGUGGAGCUGGCCUCCGGCAGGAAGUACAAGAUCUCAUUUUCUCAGAUGAUUUCCAGCCUGAACGUGCUCUCUGCUGAGAAGGUGGACUCUGGAGAAUAUACUUUUGAGGUUAUGAACGAGGUCGGGAAGGACCUGAGCAAGAUUAAUCUCACAGUCUUAGAUAAGAUCAUUCCUGCAUCGUUCUCAAGGAAGCUGAAGGAUCUCAACACAGUGGUUGGAGCAGCCGGAGAGAUGGAGUGCAAGGUGUCGGGCUCCCCACCUUUCACUAUCUCCUGGUACCAUGACGGGGAGGAGAUAAAGAGUGGACCCAACUACGAGAUUAUUUUCAGCAACAACAGCUGCACACUCAGAGUGGCCACACUGAAGCUGGCUGACUCCGGACUGUAUAAAUGCAAAGCUGUGAACAAGGCGGGAUCCAGCGAAACCUCGGCCGCCCUAGUUGUGAAAGAGCCUCCAUCCUUCGUGGUUCCCCCCCAGCCAGUGGAGGCCAUGCCGGGCUCCGACGCGACGUUCUCUGCGAUGGUGAAAGGCAGCGCGCCGCUCAAGCUGAAGUGGUUCAGAGGAGCGAAGGAGAUGCUGCCCGGACGCGACUGCAGUUUCUCCCUGAAGGAAAACCAGGUGAUCCUGGAGCUGUUCAAGGUGGACCGGUCCCACGCUGGAGAGUACACCUGCCAGAUCAUCAACGACGCCGGCAAGGAGAACAGCCCCGUCACCCUCACCGUCAAGGAGCCGGCAGCCUUCUCUAAGAAGCUGAAGGACGUUUCGGUGGAGAAGGGGAAGCCGUUGACUCUGGAGUGCACCUACUCAGGAACUCCUAAAAUCACCGUGAACUGGUUCAAAGAAGGCCAACAGAUCUACGCCUCGUACAAGUACAACUUCACCACGACCGAGAGCUCCUGCAUCCUCGAGUGCCUGAGCACCGACGACAAGGAGGCUGCUGGGAAAUAUUCCUGCGAGGUGUCCAACGACGCCGGGAAGGACAAGUGUGACGCUAACGUGUCCAUCCUCGAGCCUCCAUACUUUGUGGAGUCCCUGGAGCCCAUGGAGGUGACUACAGGUGAUGCCGUGUGUCUGAAGUGCCAGGUGGGCGGCACACCUGAGAUCAAGGUGUUCUGGUUCAAGGCGGACGGUAAAGUGCGCUCCAGCGCCACCUGCAAGCUGGAGUUCAGCCGCGGCACCGCCUGCCUGAAGCUCAGCAAGGCCGGCAAGGCCGACAUCGGAGAAUACACCUGCAAGGCCGAGAACUCCAUCGGGUCCGCCUCCUCCACCUGCAGACUCAACGUGCUAGAGGCCAAAUCUCCGCCCUCCUUCCCGAAGAAGAUGACCAGCCUGCAGCAGACAGAGGGCCAGGCGGUGCGGUUCGAGUGCCGCGUGGCCGGCUCCUCCCCGCUGGAGGUGUCCUGGCUGAGAGACGGAGAGCCUCUGAAGCGGGGCGGAGACUUCAACAUGACGUACGAUGACAACACAGCCACGCUGGAGAUUGCCCGUGGAGAGAUGAGGCACUCUGGGGAGUACACCUGCUCAGCCACCAACAGCGUGGGGUCAGCCUCCUGCAGAGCCAAGCUCACCCUGACAGCGCCUCGUUUCCCGCCGAUAUUCGACAGGAAGUUGUCCCCUCAGGAGGUGACGGUGGGUGACAGCAUCGAGCUCGAGUGUCACAUGACCGGCUCCGCCCCCAUCAAGGUCACAUGGUCCAAAGACCACAAAGACAUUCGCAGCGGGGGGAACUAUAAGAUGAGCUGCGUGGAGAACAGCCCCCACCUCACCAUCCUGAAGGCCGAUAAAGCCGACACAGGAAGAUACUUCUGCCACGCCUCCAACGACACAGGGAAGGUCUCCUGCUCCUGCGACAUCACGGUCAAAGAGCGUAAGACUCCCCCUGUGUUCACUAAAAAGCCGUCGGAGCACAUCGAGGACACGGAGGGCCGGCUGGUGAAGAUGGAGGGCCGGGUGUCGGGCUCGCAGCCCAUCUCGGUGCGCUGGUUCAGAGGCAGCACGGAGAUCCUGAGCUCCGAUCAGUACGACGUCAGCUUCAAGAGCAACGUGUCCGUGCUGUGCAUCAAGAGCAGCCGGCUGACGGACAGCGGGUCCUACCAAUGCCGGGCCUCCAACGAGGCGGGGGAGUCCUGCUGCGACGUCAUUGUGGGGAUCAGAGAGGCGAAGAAGGCCCCGGUGUUCGAUGUCCCUCUGAAGCCUCAGAGCGUGGACGAAGGUGAGAAUCUGAGUCUGCGCUGCCACGUUUUGGGAUCGCCCCCGCUGAAGAUCAGCUGGAUGAAGGACAGGAAGGACCUGACGUCGGCCGGCAGCACCAAGAUCAGCUUCUCCGAGGGGACGGCCUCCCUGGAGAUCAGCCCCGCCUCCCGACACGACGCCGGGGAUUACCUGUGCAAGGCCAGCAACGAGGCGGGCAGCGAGUUCUGCAAGGCCAAGGUCACCGUGAAAGAGAAACCAGGCGUUCCUCCUCCGGCUCAAGCUCCGGCUGCUGCCAAAAAACUGGACAACCUGUUCUUCAUCGAGGAGCCCAAAACUACCCACGUCACUGAGAAGGGCACAGCCACCUUCAUCGCCAAGGUGGGCGGCGACCCGAUCCCCAGCGUCAAGUGGAUGAAGGGGAAGUGGCGGCAGGUGACGCACGGCGGACGCAUCUCCAUGGAGCAGAAGGGCCAAGAGGCCCGGCUGGAGAUCAGGGAGGUCACCAAGUCGGACUCGGGUCAGUACCGCUGCGUCGCCGCCAACAAACACGGUGAGAUCGAGAGCAGCGCUGACCUGCAGGUCGACGAGAAGAAGGGGUCGGCGCAACUCGAGGGAGACCUGCGCGCUAAACUGAAGAAGACGCCAUCGAAGCAGAAGAGUCCUCAGGCGGAGAAGGACAUCGACAUCGUGGAGCUGCUGAGGAACGUUGACCCCAAAGAGUACGAGAAGUACGCCCGCAUGUACGGCAUCACCGACUACCGCGGCCUGCUACAGGCCAUCGAGCAGCUGAAGAAGGAGAAGGCAGAGGAGAGUGGCAGACCGGAAGUGGAACGUGCUGACAGAGAGUCGGAUGAGGACAUGGCUCGCCUGGUGGCCGACCUUCAGAAGAGGAUGGAGCGCACAGAGCCGGUGACGGUGCUGAAGGACAUCUCGGAUCAGAGCAUCUUCACCCACAAGGAGGCGCUGUUUGAGUGCGAGGUGAAGAUCAACUACCCCGAGAUCACGCUGUCCUGGUACAAGGGAACGCAGAAACUGGACUCCAGCGACAAGUACGACAUCAGCAUCAGCGGAGACCGUCACCUGCUGAAAAUCAAGAAAUGCCAGCCCGCCGACCAGGGAAACUACCGGGUCGUCUGCGGGCCGCACAUCUCCAGCGCCAAGCUCGUCGUCACCGAGGCGGAGGUGGAGAAGCACCUGCAGGAAACCUCGGGUAAGGAAGGCCAGUCGUGCUCGCUGUCUUGUCAGUUGUCCAUCCCUAACGUAGAGGCUCAGUGGUUUAAAAACGGGAAGCGUUUAGAGAUGAAGGGCAGGUACACGUCGGAGGUGAAGCACAAGGUUCAGAAGCUUCUGAUCCGAGACCUGAAGACCCAAGACCAGGGCCGGUACUCCUGCAGGUACCAGCACCUGGAGUCCUCGGCCGACCUGUGGGUGGAAGCUGAACAAAUUCAUUUCACCAAACGCAUCCACAACAUCGAAGUGAAUGAGCGCCAGUCGGCCACCUUUGAGUGCGAGGUGUCCUUCGACAACGCAAUCGUGUCGUGGUACAAAGACACCUGGGAACUGCGAGAGAGCCCGAAGUACAACUUCACAAGCGAGGGCCGAAGACAUUUCAUGGUCAUCCGAAACGUGACCACCGAAGAUGAAGGCGUGUACUCAGUGAUUGUGAGGUUGGAGCCCAGAGGAGAGGCUAAGAGCACUGCUGAGCUUUAUUUGUCUGGCAAAGAAAUUGAAUUGGCCAUGGUGCCCAUGGAUGUCCCAGACUCCUCAGUCCUGAGGCCUGAAGUGCCAUCAUCCGUGGCAAUUCAAGAGUCUUCUGAGUUCUAUCAAUAUCAGGAAGAGUUUGAGCAGAAACAAGAGUCGGCCGAGUUUUCAUAUCAGUAUGAAGAGGAGGUGCAGCAGAGAGCUGCCAGAGUCGCAGUUGAGGAGAAAGUGGAGACCAAGAAAGUAGAGAUGAGAGAGGGAAUUCCAAGCAAAGUUCCCAAAGCUGAGAGAAAGCCUGAAGAGAAGCCGGCGCCGUCUGUGAGGGAGCCUUCCCCACCUAAAGUACCUGAGGCCAAAAAGCCAGUGGAGAAAAAGGUUCCUGCAGUUUCAGAACCAGAGAAGGAGAAAGUGCCCUCUUCCAAAGAAGCAGCGGAGGUUAAGAAGUCUGCUGCGGCGCCCUCAACCCCUGCAGAGAAGCCUGAGCUGCCAAAGAAAGAUGAGCCCAAGCCUCAGGUACCAGCUGAGCCCAAAAAGGUGGCGCCUGCAGCUAAACCUGAGCCUGAAGCCAAGCUCAAGCAGAAACAAGAACCUGAACCAAAGCUGAAGCCCACACCAGCACCGAGAGCAGAACCUGAGGCCAAAGCGGCGGCGAAGGUGGAGCCGGAAGCUAAGCCAGUGGCGGUAAAGAAGCCGGCUACACCCCCCUCCCAAGCUGUGAAGCCCAAACCUAAAGUGGUACCUGAAGCGGUGCCUGAAUCAAUCCCUCAGAAGGUGUUUGAGGAGGUAGUUGAAACUGAGAGGUCUUCAGAUAAAUUACCUGAACCUCCAGGGAAAGCUGAGGUGAAGGAAAGGACCCCUGAGAGGGUCCCGGAGAGAGUGCUUGCACCCGACAGAAAAGUAGAGGAGAUACCAGAGAAGGUGCCAGAAAAAAUACCUGAGAAGCUUCCAGAAAGACGACCAGAGGAGAAGGUUCUUCCUGAGAGGAAGCCUGUAAAAGUGUCUGAAGAAGAGCGGACCCCUGAGAAGAAGCCACCUGAACCGGUGUCUCAGAAACAGAGGGUCCCUGUAGAUAGAACACCUGAGCUGGUGUCUGACACUAAAGCAGAGCCAAGUCUUCCUGAAGAAACUGAGAGUCUCGUUAAGAUCGAGCGCAGCAGGACCGCUCAGGAGACUAAGGAAGUGUAUUACACCGAGGAGAAAGGGUCGGAGGAAGUGUGGGAACAUGGAGAGGCUCAUCCUGGCGAGACCAUAGAGCCGACAGCAGACGUCUUACGUACAGAAAAUUCUGAACUGAGAGGCCAGAUAUCUGUUACUGACUCUGCAGAGAGGAGAGACACCCAGGCGUCUAAACACAGUGUCCCAAAAACACAAGAAACCAUUGUUGUAGUCCAGGAAUCUGACCAAGGUAGGGAGGUUGAACCUAUAAGAGAAACCAAUGAAGAGAAGUUUGUUAUUCAGACCAUCUUUUCUUCAAUAGAUGAGAUCAAAGACGAGAGGAGAGACAGCCAAUCAGUGAGGCUAGAUGAGAGGGAGAUUUCAGUACAGGAAACCAGUGUCAGAAAGGGAAGAGAGAUGAGCAUUAAAACAGAAAGCAAAGAGAGGCAGCAAGUAGUCAAGACUAGUGCAGUCAAAGACGUAGAUACACCUGUUAUCAUCACAGCGACUGAAAAACAGACUGAACUGCUGCAGAUUGAAGGAAGGACUCUGACAGAAUUACGACACGAGAUGAAAUCAGAUAUUCCUGAACAGUACAGUAGAAAGGAGGAAAUUAGAAUUCAAAAGAGGGAAGUCACAGUCGAAGAGAAACCAACUGAAGUUAGUCUAUCGCAGGUGAAGAUGGUGGAAGAGGACAAGGACGUAACUAGAAUCAAACCAGCAGUCAUUUCCAUAAAAGAUGAGACUAUUGCCCCAGGCAAAGUCUUGGUGAAGAAACAAGAGAAGCAGCGUCAGUCUGAUGAGGUAAUUGAUAAGAAGAAGGAAAAAGCUUCUGGAAAACCUAAAGAGGUGACGCCCGAGCUCAAACCCAGAGAGUCGUUACUCGAGCCCACCGUCACAGAGCCCUCAGUAACAGAUGCAACCAGGCCAGAGAUGGUUCACAGAAAGACUACAGACUACGGAGAAAGUCUCAGCAGGAAAUCAGAGGUGCAGCAGUCUUGUCUGAAAGCAGACGUCCGGUACCUCCCUCCUCAGGAAGUGUUGUCUCUGAAACCAGAAGGGAAAGAACGAGUCACCCUGCAGGAAUCCUCCAGAGUUCCUGUGAAGGGAAUGGAGUCUCCGCCACAAGUCACAGAAGCACUGGUAAAGCCAGCUGCUCGUCAAGAAGAGAGCAAACCUCAGGCGGCUGUAAAAGUUCAAGAAGCUGCCAAAAAACCUGACCUCACCGACAAAACCAAGAAGUUAGAGAAGAAAGUUACUCCUCAGGAAGAGACAAAGCCAGUAACCAAGCCAAAGGCUGAAGAAACAACCAAGAAGGUUGCAGAAGAAGAGAAACCAACCGGGGUGGAAAAGAUAUCUCCUGAAACAGAUCAAACCAAGGGACCCGUCCAAGCACCGGGAGGAGUCAAGAAAGAACCUCUUCUGCACAAAAAAGGUAAAGUUCAGACCGAAGUUGAAGGGACGUUUGAGAUUCCCACUUUGAAGAAGACCACCAGAGUCAUGAAGGAAGUGGAAGAGGAGCAGGAGAUGAUCAAACUGAAGAAGAUUCCCUCAGUUCAACUGAAAGAGGCUGAGGAAGAGGAGAAACCUCAGAAGGUCACCAAGACCACAGUGUUUCAGAUUGAGGAGUUGGUGCACAGAGAGGAGGCUGUGGAGAUGUCCGUCGCCACCAGGAGACCUGCAGAGAAGAGUAAACCUCGAGACAAAGCAGAGGUGGUGAACAAGCCUGAAGUUAUGAAGCCUAAAGAAAAGGACCAGAAAGAGGCACCUGAAGAAGCAUGGACCCGCCAGAAACCCGUACCUAAAGAUGAGAAACCAGAAGAUAAGAUUUCUUUGAAGAAAACUCCCAAAGCUCCAAAGGAAAAGGAACCUGCCCCGCCUACAGCAGCCUUAAAGAAGGUGAAAAAACUGCCUUCAGAUGAAGUGGAACCAGAAGUAAUCAAAUUAAAACCAUUUGAGAAACCUGUUGAACCAGCUGAGGAGCCUGAAAAAGACAGGAAAGAGAGACCAGACAGAGACAAUGUGCCUUUCCAGAAGCUAGACAGAGGCCCUAAAGAGGUGGAAACUAAAGAACCUUCCAAGAAACCUGAGAAAGCCCCUCCCGAGGUCAAAGAGCCACCAGCCCAGGUCCCAAAGCCACUAGAUAAAAAGAAAUCUCCAGAGAAAGAACCUGAGGAGGUCAAAGCGCCCACUAAGGUGAAGAAAAUCCCAACAAAGGAACAGGAGGUGGAGAGCGUUAAGCUGAAGCCUUUCUCCAGGCCGUCCAAAGAGGCUGUAGAGCCUGAGAAGAAACCAGCGGAGGAGAAAGAGAGGAAGCCGGCUGAUGACCUGCUGCGCCGUCGCACAAGUCCAGAGGAAAAACCAAAAGAACGAGAAAUGCAGGCUAAACCGAAGGAACCUGAGGUUGCAGAAACUCCAGAGAAGAAGCCGGAGAAACCGAAGGUGGUGGAGGCAGCUCCAGCUGAGAAGAAGACAACUCCUUUUAAGAAAGCAGAAAAGGUUCCUGAGGAGCCCAAACCUCUGCAGCUGAAGAAGGGAGUCACACCAAAGGCCAAGGAGGAGAAAGAAGAGGUGGCUCUGAAGCCUUUGGAGCAGCUCAAGAAGGUGGAGCUGAGAAAGACACCAUCUCCUCAGGUGGAGAAGCUCAAAGACGCAGAGAAGGUCCCCGCUGAGAGGAGGCCCAGUAUCGAUAAACUCAGAAAGGUUCCUAAGGCGGUUUCACCAAAAGACUCUGUGGAAGCUGUGACUCUGAAGAAGGUCCCGAGGAAGCCGUCCCCAGAGGAGGCUGGUAAAGGGAAGGUUCCCCUGGUGAAGGAAGUGUCUCCUGGAGCCGUGCAGAUGAGGAAGGUCGCUACCCAGCCUGAGGAAGAGGUGUAUGAAGAUGAGGACGAGGAAGAUGUGGUGCAGGAGGAAGAUGAGGCCUGGGGCUGGGAGCUGGUUCCCCGGGAGAGUUACGGCUCUGAAGACUGGGAGGGAGAAGGAGAGGAAGGUGCGCUGGAGGUGCCAGGGGUUUCCAGGAGAGAGGGAUCACCAGCAGGAGAGGCAGCAGGCGGAGGAAGAGGCAGAGGACUGAAACCCAAGCAGACCCCGUCCCCCGGUGAAGGUAGGGGCCGUGGCCUGAGGCCCGGUGGAAAAGGACCAACCCCACCAGAGGAACCGUUUGCAGGGUUCAAGCUGAAAGCUGUCCCUCUGAAGUUCAUCAAGAAGCUUCAGGACAUCGUGUUGAAGGAAGCUGAGUCAAUCGGAUCGGCUGCGGUGUUUGAGUGUGAGGUUUCGCCCUCCACCGCCAUUACUACCUGGAUGAAGGACGACAGUAACCUUCGCGAGAGCCCCAAGCACAAGUUCACCUCUGACGGCAAAGACCGCAAGUUGAACAUCAUUGAUGUCCAGCUCUCUGACACCGGGGAGUACACAUGUAUAGCCAAGAACGCCGGCAAGGAGAUAUCAUGCAAAGCCAAGCUCAUAGUUGAAGAGCUGCCAGUGAAAUGGAUCAAGGAGCUGGAGGAGGAGACCUCGGCUCUGAAGGGCCAGCCUCUGUACUUGACCUGUGAGUUGAACAAAGAGAGGGAUGUGAUAUGGAAGAAGAAUGGCGAGGUCCUUAAGAAGCAGGCCGGGAAGAUUCAGAUCAACAUCAUCGGCAUGCAGCACGCUCUGACCAUCCAGAACUCCACAGAGGCCGACACCGGGGUCAUCACCUGUGAGGUGUCCGACCAGGAGGAUGUCAAGACGACUACGAAUGUGAAAAUCAUUGAAAUCAUCAAGGAUUGGAUUGUGAAACCGCUGAGAGACCAGCAUGUGAAACCGAAAGCCAAUGCUACGUUUAAGUGCGAGCUCUUCAAGGAUACCCCCAACUGGAAGUGGCUCAAAGGAGAGGAGGAGGUCACUCCUUCAGACAAGAUUGAGAUCAAGAAGGAAGGAAAGGAGCUGACACUCACCAUCAAGAACUGUCAGCCCGAGGAUGUGGCGCAGUAUGCCAUGGAGGUGGAAGGACGCCUCUACACUGCCAAUCUCACUCUAGGAGAGCGUGAGGCUGAAAUCCUGAAGCCCCUGGCCAGCGUUGAGGUGGUUGAAAAGCAAGACGCCGUGUUUGAGACGGAGAUCUCUGAGGACGAUGUUCCCGGAGAAUGGAAGCUCAAAGGAGAGGUUCUGACCAGAUCCCCGACGUGCGAGAUCCACAUGGAGAGCGGGGUGCGCAAGCUCACUCUGAAGAACUGCCAGUUGGACCAGGCCGGAGAGGUUUCGUUCCAGGCUCUGAACGCCAUGACCAGCGCAAUGCUCAACGUCAAAGAAAUCGAGAUGGACUUUGUUGUCCCGCUGAAGGACGUGUCUGUGCCUGAAAAGAAACAGGCUAAAUUUGAAUGCACCAUCACGAAGGAUGUCUCUAAGGUCAUGUGGUAUAGGGGGGAUGAUGUCAUCACCCCCGACCAAAAGUAUGACAUCAUCGAUGAUGGAAAGAAGCAUAUGCUCAUUAUAACCUGCUGCGAGUUCGACGACGAGGACACGUACACUAUCGCUGUUCUGGGCAAAAUGUCCGCUGCUAGACUCACGGUGGAGGGUAUCAGGCUCAAAUUUAUCUCGCCACUAAAGGACCAGACAGUGAAGGAAGGCACGACGGCUCGCUUUGAGCUGGAGCUCUCUCAUGAGAACAUCCCCGUCACAUGGUACAAAAACGAUGUCAAAAUCCACCCGAGCAGAGCCGUGCUCACCCACGUGGACGGGAAGAAACACGUGUUAGAAAUUAAGGAAGUGACUCUCGAUAAUACUUGCCAAAUUAAGGCUGAGGCCAAAGGAAUUCCCUCCAUGGCCAACCUGACGGUCAUAGAGGGCGAUGCGUACUUCACGGUUAAGCUGCAGGACUAUACUGCAGUGGAGAAAGACGAGGUGGCUCUAGAUUGCGAGCUCAGUAAAGACGUGGAGGUCAUGUGGUACCACAACGAGGAGGAGAUCAAACCCUCUAAGAUGCUGAACAUUAAGGCUGAGGGCAAACGCAGAACCCUUGUCAUCAAGAAAGUUGCCAACAAAGACAAAGGGCAGUACGUAUGUGACUGUGGGACAGACAAGACAAUGGCCAUGCUUCACAUUGAAGCACGCCGCAUCAAGGUGGUGCGGCCGGUGUACGGAGUUGAGGUCUUUGACGGAGAGACCGCUCGGUUUGAAGUGGAGCUCAGUGAGGACGAUGUCCACGGACAGUGGAAACUGAACGGAGAAGUCCUCAGUCCCUCCGCCGAUGUAGAGAUCGUGGAGGACGGAGCCAAACACACUUUGGUCUUAUACAACUGCAAAGUGCCUCAAACAGGCGAACUGGUGUUUACUGCCGCCAACGCCAAAUGCUCCGCUAACCUGAAAGUGAAGGAGCCGUCGGUCUCGUUCAUUACUCCGCUGGCCGACGUCCACACGUACGAAAAGGACAAUGCCAAAUUUGAACUGGAAAUUUCCAGAGAGCCCAAAAGCUUCCGCUGGCUGAAGGGAUCUCAGGAGUUGACAAACGAUGAUAAGUUUGAGAUCCAGGUGGAAGGCAAGAGACACACUCUCAUUGUGAAAUCUGCCAGAUAUGAAGACGAAGCCAAGUACAUGUUUGAGGCCGAAGACAAACGGACGUCUGGGAAGUUGAUUAUCAAAGGUAUUCGCCUCGAAUUUCUCAAGCCGAUUAAAGACGUGACCGUAAAGGAGCGUGAGACGGCAGAGUUCAGUGUGGAACUGUCUCACGAUAAGAUCCCUGUGGUCUGGUACAAAAACGAUGUCCGGCUGCACCCCAGCAAGGUGGUGCACAUGUCGGAGGACGGGAAGGUCUUCACGCUGGCCUUCAAGGAGGUCACCAUUGAUGACACCUCUAUGAUCAAAGUGGAGGCCAUGAGCAAGACCUCAGAGGCCAUGCUCACCGUGCUCGAGGGCGACCUGUACUUCGCGGUGAAGCUGCAGAACUACACUGCUGUCGAGAAAGAUGAGGUGGUGUUGUCCUGCGAGCUGAGCAAGGCGGCCGGCGAGGUCCGCUGGUUCAAAGACGGUGACGAAAUAUUUGCCUCCAAGAACGUCCUCAUGCAAGCAGAUGGGAAGAGGCGCAUGCUGGUGAUCAAGAAGGCGGCGAGGAGCAGCAUCGGGGCGUACACCUGUGACUGUGGCAUCGACAAAACCACGGCCACCCUGAACAUCGAAGAGCGCGACAUUAAGGUGGUUCGCCCGCUGUACAGCGUGGAGGUCACUGAGACCGAGACCGCCAAGUUUGAGACGGAGAUCUCAGAGGAGGACCUGCACGCCAUCUGGAAACUGAAGGGGGAGACACUGCACCCGUCGCCAGAUGUGGAGAUUAAGGACGAGGGAGCGAGACACAUCCUGAUCAUCUUUAACUGCAGGAUGGACAUGGCAGGAAGCAUCGACUUCUCGGCAGCAAACGCCAAGUCUUCAGCUCAGCUCAGGGUCAAAGCCCGGGUCAUCGGCCUGGCUCGCCCGCUGCAGGACGCCACGGUGACCGCCGGCGAGACCGCCACCUUCGAGUGCGAGCUGUCGUACGAAGGCAUCGCUGUCGAGUGGUUCCUUGGGGGUACCAAGCUGGAACCAAGCGACAGAGUGGUGUUGAAGUCGGAAGCUAAAGUCCACAGUCUGACUCUGAGGGACGUCAAGCUCAAUGAAGCCGGACAGAUCAAACUCACCGCCAAGGACUUCCAGACGGAGGCCAACCUCAUCGUCAAAGAGCCGGCUGUGGAGUUCUCGAAGCCUCUGCAGGACCAGACGGUGGAGGAGGAAGCCACUGCCACGCUGGAGUGUGAAGUCUCCCGGGACAAAGCCGAGGUGCGAUGGUUCAAGGACGGGACGGAGAUCAGAAAGACAAAGAAGUACGAGAUGAUCGUGGACGGCCACAAGAGGGCGCUGAUCAUCCACAACUGCACGCUGGAUGACUCCAGGACUUACGCCUGCGACGCCAAGCAGUUCAAGACCUCCUGCUUCCUCAACGUGGAGCCUCCACACAUCGAGUUCUCCAAGCCGCUGCACGACGUGGAGGUGAAGGAGAAGGAAUCCGCUAGGUUUGAGUGUGAAGUGUCCAGAGAGGACGUCAAGGUCCGCUGGUUUAAAGACGGAAGCGAAAUCCGAAAAGGGAAGAAGUAUGAGAUUGUGUCUCAGGGCCGACAGCACGUCCUCAUCGUCCACAAGUCGGUGUUCGACGACGAGGCGGAGUACGAGUGCGACGCCAAAACCAACAAGUCCUCCGGCAUGCUCACCGUCAUCGAGGAGGAGGCCCGCUUCAGUAAGAACCUGUCCAGCGUGGAGGGCACGGAGACGGACAGCGUGAAGCUGAUCUGCGAGGUGUCCAAACCCUCAGCCGAGGUGCGCUGGUUCAGAGGAGACGAGGAGCUGCCAGAGGGCGGCCGCUACGAACACAUCGUGGACGGGAAGAGGAGGAUCCUGCUAAUCCAGGACCUGAAGAUGGCCGACACCGGGGAGUACACCUGUCGGCUGACCCCCAGCAUCAAGACCUCCGGGACCCUCAAGAUCAACGAGCUGGCUGCAGAGUUCAUCUCGCGGCCACACAGCGUGGAGGUGGUGGAGGGCGAGAAGGCGGAGUUCAGCUGUUCCGUCUCCAAAGACACGUUCGAGGUGAAGUGGAUGAAGGGCGGCUCGGAGCUGCAGGACGGAGACAAGUACAGCAUGCUGAGCGACGGCAAGAGACGCUCGCUGGUCAUCAAGAACAGCGAGCCCAAGGACGAGGGAGCUUACGUGGUUAUGAUCGGACCGACCCGCGCCAGCGCCGACCUCACUGUGCUCGAGAAGCUGAGGAUCAUCACGGCACUGAAGGACACGGAGGCCAAAGAGGGACAGGAAGUGGUUCUGAACUGCGAGGUGAACACAGAGGGAGCGAAGGCCAAGUGGCUGAAGAAGGAGGAGACGGUGUUCGAGAGCAGCAAGUACGUGAUGGUGCAGCGAGACAAUGUCUUCUCACUGAGGAUCAAGGACGCCCAGAAGGGAGACGAGUCCCAGUACAGCAUCAACCUGACCAAUCAGAGAGGAGAUCAGGCCAAGAGCUCCUGCAACCUCAUCGUCAAAGAGGAGAGCCUGAGGUUCGUGGUUCCUCUGGAGGACAUCGACACUCAGGAGAAGAACACCAUCAGCUUCUCCUGCAAGGUGAACCGGCCAAACGCCACCCUGAAGUGGAUGAAGGCGGGCCAGGAGAUCACCUUCAGCAAACGCCUCGUGUACCGGGCGGAUAAAGAGAAGCACACGCUCACCAUCAAGGACUGUACACUGACCGACGAGGGCGAGUACACCGCCAUGGCCGGAGACAGCAAGUGCACGGCGGAGCUGAUCAUCAGCGAGGCGCCCACCGACUUCAGCAUGCAGCUGAAGGACCAGACCAUCACCGAGUUUGAGGACGCAGAGUUCACCUGCAAGCUGACCAAAGACAAGGCCGACCCCAAGUGGUACAGGAACGGACGUGAGAUCAGAGAAGGACCCAGAUAUACAUUUGUGAGAGAAGGGAAGAUGUGCACGCUGCGUAUAAAGGAGUGCAGACCUGACGAUGAGUGUGAGUACGCCUGCGGAGUCGACGACAAGAGAUCCAGAGCCCGGCUCUUCAUCGAGGAGACCCCGGUGGAGAUCGUCAGACCUCCACAGGACGUGUACGAAUCCCCCGGCUCGGACGUGGUGUUCGAGGUGGAGCUGAACAAGGAUCGGGUGGAGGUGAAGUGGCUGAGGAACAACAUGACCGUGGUGCAGGGAGACAAGUACCAGAUGAUGAGUGAGGGCAAGAUCCACCGGCUGCAGGUCUGCGAGAUCCGGCCCCGAGACCAGGGCGAGUACAGACUCGUCGUCAAGGACAAAGACGCCAAGGCCAAGCUGGAGCUGGCAGCGGUGCCUCAGAUCAAGACCACUGACCAGAGCUACGUCACAGACGCCAGGAAGCCCAUCGUCAUGGCCGUCCCGUACAGUGCCUACCCUCAGGCCGAGGCCGACUGGAUGUACAACAACCUGAGUCUGCCCAAAGACAACAUCCACACCUCCGCCGACCGCACAGAGUUCAGGCUGAAGGACCCGCUGAAGGCCGACGAGGGCCGCUACAAGAUCACCAUCAAGAACAAGCAUGGGCAGGGAGAGGCCUUCAUCAACCUGGAGGUCAUCGAUGUCCCUGGACCCGUGAAGCACCUCCAGGUGGUCGACACCGCCGACGGCGAGGUGAGUCUGGCGUGGGAGGAGCCUGAGAGCGAUGGUGGCAGCAAGGUCAUCGCCUACGUGGUGGAGCGCCGCGACGUGAAGCGUAAGACGUGGACGCUGGCCACCGAUCACUCCGAGAGUCCAGAGUACACGGUGACCGGACUCCAGAAGGACUCCAUGUACCUGUUCAGAGUCUGCGCCAGAAACCGGGUCGGCAGCGGACCCAACGUGGACACCGACAAACCCGUACAGGCCAAGAACAAGUUUGACGUUCCAGAGGCUCCUCUGAACGUCAUCAUUGGGAACGUGACGAAGUUCGGCUGCACGGUCUCCUGGGAUGCUCCGACGUCUGAUGGAGGCUCUCCCAUCACCUCCUACAUCAUCGAGCUGCGCGACCGCACCUCGGUGAAGUGGACACCCGUUCAGAUAACGAAGGCCGACGAGCUGAGCGCCAUCAUCAACGACGUCAUUGAGAACAAGGAGUACAUCUUCAGAGUGAAGGCACAAAACAAGGCCGGCGAGGGGAAGCCCAGCGCCGCCUCGCGCCCCGUCAAGAUCAUGGACCCCAUCGAGAGGCCCAGUCCGCCCCUGAACCUGGUCUGGCAGGACCAGAACAAGAACUCCGUGCAGCUAAGCUGGGAGACGCCGCUCAGGAACGGAGGCAGCACGAUCACCGGAUACAUCAUCGAGCGCUGCGAGGAGGGAAGCGACAAGUGGCUGCGCUGCAACGCCCGCCUCUGCCCAGACCUCUCCUACAAGGUGUCUGGUCUGACAUACGGAAAGAAGUACAACUACAAAGUGUUCGCUGAGAAUGCCGCCGGACUGUCCGACCCAUCCAACACCAUCGGCCCCCUGCUGGCCGACGACACACACUUUGCUCCUUCCUUCGACCUGAGUGCGUUCAAAGACGGUCUGGAGGUCAUCGUGCCGCAGCCGCUCACCAUCAGGGUCCCGAUCACCGGGUAUCCCACGCCCGUCGCCAAGUGGACGUUCAGAGACAAACAGCUGAGCACCGACGACGAGCGUGUCUCCAUGACGACCAAGUCCUCAUUCACCGAGCUCGUCGUGAUGCCGAGUGUCCGACCCGACAAAGGCAGCUACACCCUGACGCUGGAGAACGACGUCACCUCCGUCAGCGGAGACAUCGAGGUCAACGUCAUCGCGGCGCCCAGCGCCCCGAAGGACUUCAAGGUUCUGGAGGUUACCCGGCAGCACGUGCACCUGAGCUGGGAGGCUCCGGAGCACGAUGGAGGAAGCCCUCUGACCGGGUACCAGGUGGAGAAACGAGACGUGUCCCGCAAGACCUGGGUCAAGGUGACCUCGGGGCUCCAGGAUCAGGAGCUGACGGUGACAGACGUGGUGGAGGGGAAGGAGUAUCUGUUCAGAGUCACCGCCUGCAACAAGUGUGGACCGGGAGAACCGGCGUACAUCGACGAGCCAGUCAAUGUAUCCUCCCCCGCCACGAUCCCUGACCCCCCCGAGAACCUGCGCUGGAGGGACAAGUCGGGGAGCGGCAUCUUCCUGACCUGGGAGCCUCCCAAGUACGACGGCGGCACCGGGAUCCGCGGCUACAACGUGGAGCGUCUGCAGAGAGGCACCGAUAAGUGGGAGCCCUGUGGAGACACCAUCCCCGAGAUGAAGUGCCAGGUGAACGGCCUCACCGAGGGCCAGUGGUAUGCCUACAGGGUCCGGGCCCUAAACCGCCUCGGGGCCAGCCGGCCCUGCAAGGCCACAGACGAGAUCCAGGCCGUGGACCCCAAAGAGGCUCCAGAGAUCCAGCUGGACGCCAAGCUGCUGGCCGGUCUCACGGCGAAGGCGGGCAGUAAGAUCGAGCUGCCGGCCGAGGUAAAGGGGAAACCUGAGCCCCGCGUGAAGUGGACCAAAGCAGACCUGGUGUUGAAGGCAGAAGACCGGGUUUCCAUCGACACGACACCCGGACACUCCACCGUCUCCAUCGCCAAGACCAAGAGAGACGACAGCUCCACUUACAUCAUCGAGGCCACCAACAGCAGCGGCCGCGCCACCGCCACCGUGGACGUCAACAUCCUCGAUAAGCCCGGCCCCCCGGCGGCCUUCGAUAUCUCUGAGAUCACCAACGAAACCUGCUUCCUAGCCUGGAACCCGCCCCGUGACGACGGUGGCUCACGGGUCACAAACUACAUCGUGGAGCGCCGAACCACCGAGAGCGAGAUCUGGCACCGCCUGUCCUCCACCAUCAAGCAGACCACAUACAAGGCUGUGGGUCUGACCAAGUUCAAGGAGUACCUCUUCAGGGUCUUCGCCGAGAACCAGUUCGGAGUGGGACCCCCCGCUGAGCACGUCCCCAUCAUUGCCAGAUACCCCUUCGACACCCCCGGUGCUCCCUACAAGCUGGAGGCGUCGGACAUCGCCAAGGACUCGGUGACGCUGGCCUGGUACGAGCCGGACGAGGACGGAGGCAGCCCGAUCACUGGGUACUGGGUGGAGCGUUACGAGGCCGACCAUGACAAGUGGAUCCGCUGCAACAAGCUGCCCAUCAAGGACACCAACUACAGAGUCAAAGGCCUUCCCACCAGGAAGAAGUACAAGUUCAGAGUCCUGGCGGAAAAUCUUGCGGGAACCGGAAAACCCAGCAAGGAGACGGACCAGAUCCUCAUCAAAGAUCCCAUCGACCCCCCCUGGGCUCCCGGUAAGCCAACGGUUAAGGACGUGGCGAAGACUUCCUGCUUCCUGAUGUGGACGAAGCCAGAGCACGAUGGCGGGGCGAAGAUUGAGGGUUACGUCAUUGAGAUGUUGAAGAGCGGGACCACGGACUGGAUCCGCGUGGCUGAGAACAUCAACCUGCUGGAGCACUUCCUGAAGGGGUUGAUGGAGAAGCAGGAGUAUUCCUUCAGGGUCCGGGCCGUCAACGUGGCUGGAGAGAGCGAACCCAGCGAGCCCAGUGACCCCGUGCUCUGCAAGGAGAGACUCAACCCCCCCUCUGCGCCCCGCUGGCUGGAGGUGACGAACAUCAGCCGCAGCAGCGCGGACCUGAAGUGGUCUCUGCCGGAGAAGACCGGCGGCUCGCCCAUCACCAACUAUGUGGUGGAGAAGCGUGACGCGCGCCGCAAAGGCUGGCAGGCGGUUGACACCACGGUGAAGGAGCUGAAGUACACUGUGUCUCCGCUCAACGAGGGGUCGCUCUACGUGUUCCGCGUCGCCGCAGAGAACGCCGUCGGGGUUGGAGAGUUCUGCGAGCUACAAGACUCCGUCAUGGCCAAGGACAACUUCUCGGCUCCCGGCCCCCCCUACGCCCUCAGUGUCUACGCCAUCACCAAGAGAUAUGUGGACCUGCAGUGGGAGGCGCCCAAGAACGACGGAGGCAGACCCAUCCUCAAGUACUCCAUUGAGAAGAAGGAGAAGCUGGGCACUCGCUGGGUGAAGUGCGGGAAAACGUCAGGGCCGGACUGUAAGUACCGGGUCACAGACGUCAUUGAGGGAACAGAGGUCCAGUUCCAGGUCAGCGCCGAGAAUGAGGCCGGCACGGGACACCCCAGUGAGCCCACCGAGAUCCUGACCAUCGAAGACCCCACCGGCAUCCCGUCUCCGCCCGUCGAGCUUCACGUCACCGGAGCCAGCCGUGACUUCCUGUCCAUCGCCUGGAAGCCCCCACAGAGGGAUGGCGGCUGCGCCAUUAGAGGGUACCACGUGGAGAUGUGCGCCGCCGGCACCGAGAAGUGGAUGAGGGUCAACUCUCGUCCCGUGAAGGAGCUGAAGUUCAGCGUGACUUCGGAAGAGGGCGUCGUUCCCGAGAAGGAGUACAUCCUGAGGGUCCGAGCCAUCAACUCCGUGGGGGUCAGCGAGCCGUCAGACCUCUCCGAGAACGUUUUCGCCAAAGAGUCCGACUGUAACCCCCAGCUGAAGUUCCAAACUCUGGACCUCGUGGUGGUUGAGACGGAGAAGCUUCACAUCCCGAUUCCCUUCAGAGCCGUGCCCUCGCCCAGGAUCACCUGGCACAAGGACGGCAAGGAGCUGAAGGCCGACGAGCGCCUCGGAUUCAGGAAGGAGUAUGUUUCCUGUCACCUGGAGAUCGAUAGCAGUCUGCACUCUGAUGCAGGACAGUACAAAGUGACUCUGGAGAACAAGCUGGGAGCCGCCAGCGCCGCCAUCAAUGUCAAAGUCAUCGGUCUCCCCGGGCAGUGUAAGGAGAUAAUCGCAACUGAAAUCACAAAGAACUCCUGCAAGGUGUCCUGGGAUCCUCCAAACUACGACGGAGGGAGCCCCAUCAUCCACUACGUCAUGCAGAGGCGUGAGGCCGGCCGCAGGACGUACGUGAACAUGAUGUCCGGAGAGAACAAGGUGUGCUGGAACGUCAAAGACCUUAUCCCCAACGGAGAAUACUACUUUAGGGUUCAGGCCGUCAACAAGAUCGGGGGAGGAGAGUUCAUCGAGCUGCGCAACCCCGUCAUCGCUGAGGACCAGAAACACGCCCCGGACCCCCCGGUGGACGUGGAGACCCACAACCCGACCUCCAGCACCGUCACGCUGACCUGGAAGCCCCCGAUGUACGACGGCGGCGCCAAGAUCAUGGGCUACGUGCUGGAGAAGCAGAUGAAGGGCGAGGAGGCCUGGGGGCGCUGCAACGACUUCCUGGUGCCCGUGCUGUCCUACACCGUGCGGGGGCUGACGGAGGGCAAGAGCUACUCCUUCAGGGUCCGUGCAGAAAACCCCGCCGGUGUCAGCGAGCCAUCCAGAGGAUCGCCGCUCGUCAAGAUCUCCGACGCCAUCGACCCCCCGAAGGUGUUCCUGAGCGGCAGCCUGCAGUCCGGCCUCAGUGUGAAGCGUGGCGGAGAGAUCUGCCUGACCGCCAACAUCUCCGGAGCCCCGUACCCCGAGAUCACCUGGUACUGGAACAACCAGGUGAUCCGACCAGAGGCGCUGCGCAAGAGACCCGAUAGACCACUGAAAAAGAAGGUGGAGAAGAAGGAAGAGGAAAAGAAGGAGGAGAAAAAGAAGGAGGGAGAGGCCGAGAAGAAGGAAGGAGAGGAGGAGAAGAAAGAGGGAGAGCCUGAGAAGAAAGAGGAGGAAAAGAAGGAGGGAGAGGCCGAGGAGGAGGUGGAGGAGAGCGACUACCCGACCAUAAACGAGCGUCUGUCUGUGGAUAACCGUCACCGCGGGGUUUCCUCCAUCACCAUUAGGGACUCGGUGCGCCCCGACCACGGCGUCUACAUGGUGAAGGUGGAGAACGACCACGGCAUUGCCUCGGCCACCUGCGAGGUCAACGUGCUCGACACCCCAGGGCCUUCAGUGAACUUCCGGUUCGAGGAGGUGAGGAAGAACUCAGUGGUGUGUAAGUGGGAUCCUCCUCUAGAUGACGGAGGAAGCGAUAUCCUGAACUACACCCUGGAGAAGAAGGACAACUCCAAGCUGGAGAUCGGCUGGAGCGUGGUCACCUCCACUCUGAGAGGCUGCCGCUACCUGGUGCCCAAACUCAUCGAGAAGAAGGAGUACCUGUUCAGGGUCGUGGCUGAGAACAAGUUCGGAGCGGGACCGCACUGCGUGUCCAAACCGCUCAUCGCAAAGAACCCCUUCGAACCUCCUGAGACUCCGGAGAAGCCUGAGAUCGAUGACAUUACAGCACACAGCAUGCUGGUCAUCUGGACCCCACCCAACGACAACGGCAGCCCCAUCCUCGGCUACUGGGUGGAGCGCCGCGAGAUCAACAGCUCGCACUGGGCUCGUGUUAACAGGAACAUUGUUGCCGACACUGAGCUGAACGUUGAAGGUCUCAUCGAGGGAAUGACAUACAUCUUCAGGGUGGCAGCCGAAAACCAGGCCGGCCCCGGGAAGUUCAGCCUCCCCUCCGAACCCAAGACAGCCCAGGCUCCCAUCCUACCUCCUGGACCUCCUAUUUGCCGAGUGGCAACAACCACUGACCACUCCAUCGACGUGGAGUGGGACAUACCUGCCGACAACGGCGGAGGAGAGAUUAUGGGAUACCAUGUGGACAAGGCCAUGGUUGGUUCUAAGGACUGGUCCAGGUCCACAGAGCGACCGUGGAAGACCCGGACCUUCACUGUAUAUGGAGUCCGUGAGGGCGCCAAAUACCAGGUCAGAGUCAUCGCCUGCAAUGCGGCUGGAGAGGGAACACCAGGUUUCACAGAGUCCGUGUUCGUCAGGAACCCGGCAGAGAAGCCACUGAUUGAGAUGGACUUGGCCAUCAAGGCCGGCGUGAUGAUCAGGGCCGGAGAGAACCUCCUUCUACCUGCUACAGUCACUGGUAAACCCUACCCGUCCAUCACAUGGACCAUCGAAGACUCCAAACCCAACAAAGACCGCGUAGAGAUCCUCACCGAAGGAAACGACAGCAUUGUUUCAAUCAAGAACGUCCAGAGGAAGGACAGCGGCAAAUACCACAUCUCUGUUUGCAACCCCAGCGGCAUCAAGAAUGCUUCCACCAGAGUGGAGGUCAUGGAUGUCCCCGGACCCGUCACCGACCUGAAGCCAGUUGUGGUCACUCGCAAGAUGAUCUUCCUGAACUGGGAUGACCCAGUGGAUGACGGAGGCAGCGACCUGACCGGCUUCAUCGUGGAGAGACGAGACAUCAAGAUGCACACAUGGAGGCAGCCCAUUGAAACCGCCUCGUCCAAAUGCGAGUGCGUGGGCAUCAUUGAGGGACAGGAGUACAUGUUCCGCGUCAUCGCCAAGAACAAGUACGGCCUGGGCCCGCCCGUAGAGCUGGGACCUAUCAAGGCUGUUGAUCCACAGGGUCCACCUUCAUACCCUGAGAAGUUCCACUACACCGAGCGCACCAAGAACUCCAUCACAUUUACUUGGAAGCCACCUCGUAAUGAUGGCGGCAGCCCAGUCAUUGGCUACUUCAUUGAGAAGAAGAGGCAGGACGAGCAGGCCUUCGUUCUCUGCAACACAGAGAUUUGCCCCAACAUGACCAUGACGGUGGAGGGCCUGGAAGAGGACUGGCCUUAUGAGUUCAGGAUCAAGUGCGCCAACCUAAUGGGAGAGAGCGAGCCAUCCAUUCCGAUGAAUGUGGUCAUCCAAGACGAUGAAGUGUCUCCUGAGGUCCACAUGCUGAAGCACUUCAAGGGAGACGUCAUCAUCGUGAAGAAGGGCGAGCCCAUUGAGAUGCCUGCUGAUAUCAUUGGUCUCCCGAUCCCUAAGAUUGAGUGGACCAAGGAUGAUGUUCUGAUCGCAGAAUCCACUGAGGCUCUGGUGAUAGAGACAGAGGUCACUGGCAGACUGAACGCCAAGACCAAGCUGUCCAUCCCGGCAGCCAACAGGAGGGACCGCGGCAACUUCACUGUGACCGCCUCCAACAACAUGGGGACAGCCCAUCACACCAUCUCCGUCAUGGUGCUGGACCGACCAGUUCCACCCAGGAACCUAACAGUGUCCAACAUCAGGGCCGAGUCUUGCUACUUGCACUGGGACGCACCCCUGGAUAAUGGUGGCAGCGAGCUGACCAACUACAUUGUUGAGAAGAGAGACAUGGUGACUGAUCAACCGGAGCUGGAAGAGGGACAGGAAGUGCCACCCGAGCCCCAGUGGGUGGAGGUUAACAGCACCGUCAUCGAUAGGAAGUUUGGGGUGUGGAACCUGGAGACAAACAAGUCCUACAUGUUCCGGGUCAAAGCCCAGAAUCGUUACGGUAUUUCUGACCCCUGCACAACAGAGGAAGUCAUGAUCACCGACCCAUUCGGCCUUCCUGGCCCUCCAGAGAAACCAACCAUUGCAGAAUACUCCAAGACUACCAUGACCCUGACCUGGGAGCCUCCCAGAGACACCGGUGGCUCUAUGAUUGUCGGCUACUGGCUGGAGAAAAGAGAGAAAGGCAGUGACUACUGGGCAAAAGUCAACAAGAUGCCCAUCACCAAGAGGGGAAUGAAAGGCUGGGAGUACCAGGUGGUUCGUUUGAUCGAAGGAACAGAGUACGAGUUCAGGGUUGCUGCCAGCAAUUCUGCAGGAACUGGACCAUUCAGCGCACCGUCCGACUCUGCCUUUGCUGUGGAUCCACUCACUCCUCCAAGCAUGCCUGCCGCACCUGAAGUUGUUGAUAAGACGAAGCAUAGUGUCACACUUUCCUGGCAGCCUCCAGAGAAGGAUGGAGGAAGUCCCAUCAAGGGCUACAUCAUCGAGAUCCAGGAUGAGGGAUCCUCCGGAUGGCAGAGGGUCAAUGACCUGGAAUCACUCCAUCCGACCACCGAGUUCACCAUGCCCAGCCUCCGUGAGCUGAAACGCUACCGAUUCAGGAUCAUUGCGGUCAACGACAUUGGCGAGUCCGACCCCAGCCCCCGCACCACCGAGGUUCUGGUUCAAGACGUCCAGCUUAUCCCUGCCAUCAACAUCGACAUGAUGGUCGACGACCUGCUGUACGUCCGCGCUGGAGAUCCAUUCAGGAUCCCCGCCACCAUUAAGGGCCGCCCUACUCCCAAGGUCACCUGGGAGUUCACCGGCAAAGCCAAGUCCCACAAGAAGAACAAACUGCACACACUGCCCGUUGACUCCGAGGUUGAGUCCACAGACACCACGUCCGUCGUGACCGUCCCCGUCAGUCUGAGGACACACUCUGGACGUUACACCAUCACUGCCAAGAACAAGUCUGGACAGAAACACGUCAACGUUAGGGUCAAUGUGCUCGACGUCCCCGGAGCCCCUAAGGAUCUGAGGGUUACCGACAUCACCCGAUCCACCAUGAGGCUGAUCUGGAAACUUCCAGACAGCGAUGGCGGAGAGAGAAUCAAGAGCUACUUUAUCGAGAAGAAAUCCACCACUGACAAGGCCUGGACCAAGGUGAACGCCGCCUGUGCCAGCCAGGCCUUCGUGGUGCCGGGUCUGUUGGAGGGACAGGACUACCUGUUCAGGGUCUGCGCUGAGAACAGACUCGGCUUCGGCUCAUUCACCAUCACCACCGAUCCCGCCCGGGCCCGAGACCCCAUCUACCCCCCCGACCCCCCCACCAAGGUGAAGGUGAACCUGGUGACCAAGAGCACGGUUACCCUGACCUGGGAGGCUCCCAAAAACAACGGCGGCUCUCCGGUGAAGCAUUAUGUGAUUGAGCGUCUGAGCUGGGACACCAGCGGCAAGGAGAAGGAGACAUGGAAGCAGUGCAACAAGAGGGAGGUGGAAGAGCUCACUUUCGUGGUGGAGGACCUGAAGGAGGGAGUAGAGUACGAGUUCAGGGUUAAAGCCGUGAACGCUGCCGGACCCAGCAGACCCUCGGCCACUGCCGGACCCCUGGUCAUCAAAGAUCAGACAUUCGCCCCAAGCAUCGAGAUGCGUGAGGCGCUGGAGGGGGAAGAGGAGUGUGACAUCAGCAUCGUGGCGAGGGUGAGCGGCUGUCCGUUCCCCUCCCUCGCCUGGAGCAAAGCCAGCCUGGCGAAGCCGGAGGAGAAGGCGGCGGUCACAUAUGACCAGCGACUGAACAAGCUGGUGACGCAGGACAAGUGCACGCUGCUGAUCACGCAGGCCAGCCGCCAUGACAGCGCCCUCUACACCCUGACCGCCAUCAACGCUCUGGGCUCCACCACCAAGGACCUCAAGCUCUCCGUGUUCGGCCCCCCCGGCCCCCCGGAGGGCCCCAUCACCUUCACCGAGGUGUUCGCUGAGCGGAUCGGUCUGGCCUGGAUGGCUCCUAAAGACGACGGCGGGUCAAAGAUUACCAACUACGUGGUGGAAAAGCGUGAGGAGAGCAGGAAGUCCUGGGUUCACGUCUCCAACGACCCCAAGGACUGCGCCUACGUGGUGACCCGCCUGACGGAGGGCCACGAGUACGAGUUCAGGGUCAUGGCCCAGAACAAGUUCGGUGUCGGACCGGCUCUCAUCAGCAAGCCGGAGAAGGCCAGGAACCUCUUCACGGUGCCGGGUCAGUGUGAGAAGCCCACCAUCACGGACGUCUCUCUUGACGCCAUGACGGUGAACUGGGACGAGCCCAAGUACAACGGCGGCUCCUCGGUGACGAGCUACAUCGUGGAGAAGAAGGAGACCACGGGGAAGCGCUGGGCGAGAGCAAACCGCGAGACGAUCCGUGCUCUGCCGCUCGGGAACAACUUCGAGGUGCAGAGCGUCCAGGGAGGCUGCUUAUACCAGUUCAGGGUCAUCGCUGUCAACGCGGCCGGCUGCGGGCUGCCCAGCGUGCCCUCCGACCCCACGCUCUGCAGAGACCCCAUCCUGCCCCCCGGCCCCCCCACCCCGAAGGUCAUCGACUGGACAAGGUCCUCGGUGGAGCUGGAGUGGAUCCCACCGCUGCUGGACGGAGGAUCCAAGGUGACCGGGUACAUCGUGGAGUUCAGGGAGGUGAACAAGGAGGAAGAGGAGAAGAAGGCAAAGAGGAAGCUGCUGAUGCUCAGCAGCGACGAGGAAGAGAAGGAGCCCGAGGACGAAGGCUGGCAGAAGGCGAAGGACACGGAGAUCAGAGGCACUAAGUUUGUGGUGGUUGGUCUGACGGAGGGGGGGCUCUACAGCUUCAGGGUCUGUGCUGUGAACCCAGCCGGGCCGGGAGAACCGGGCCUGGUGACGGAGCUGAUCGAGCUCAGAGACAGAACCAUCCCCCCUGAGAUGGACCUGGACGCUUCGGUGAAGGAGAAGAUCGUGGUCCACGCCGGAGCCACCAUCCGCAUCAUCGCCUACGUGUCGGGGAAGCCGGCACCAGAGAUCACGUGGUGCCGCGACGACGCCGAGGUGCCCAAAGAGGCGGCGGUGGAAAAGACCGGGAUCUCCAACUCACUGGUGAUCAAGAACUGCAGGCGGCAACACCAGGGCAUCUACACCCUGAGCGCCAAGAACGAGGGGGGCGAGAGGAAGAAGGCCAUCAUCGUGGAGGUCCUCGACGUGCCCGGUCCGGUGGGUCUCCCCUUCGCCGGUGAAAACCUGACCAACGACUCGUGUAAACUGACCUGGUACUCCCCCGAAGACGACGGCGGCUCGGCCGUCACCAACUACAUCAUCGAGAAGCGCGUGUCAGACCGGAUGGGCUGGACCUCGGUGUCGUACACCGUGACCCGGAACAACGCCGUGGUGCAGGGGCUGCUGGACGGGAAGGGGUACUUCUUCAGGAUCGCAGCCGAGAACAUCAUCGGCAUGGGACCCUUCAUCGAGACUGAGCAGAUGGUGCUCAUCAAGGACCCCAUCUCGGUCCCCGAGCGUCCCGAGGAGCUGCAGAUCACCGCCGUCACUAAGGACUCUCUCUCCGUGUCCUGGCGGCCGCCCAAGUACGACGGCGGCGCUGAGGUGACGGAGUACAUCCUGGAGUCUCGAAUGGUUGGCCGUGACAGCUUCGUGCGGGUCGGCGCCGACACCAAGCUGCUGGACAAGAAGUUCACUCUGAGCGGGCUGAAGGAAGGCUCCAGCCAUGAGUUCAGGGUCUCCGCCGUCAACAAGGUGGGCCAGGGAAAGACCUCCUUCGCCACCAAACCCGUGCAGUGCAAGGACGAGAUCGAACCCCCCAUCCUGGACCUGGACUUCCGGGAGAAGAUGUUGGUGAAAGUGGGUGACACCUGCACUCUGUCGGGUCGCUUCAGCGGGAAGCCGGCCCCGACUGUUUCCUGGACGAAGAACGAGGAGGAGCUGAAGUCUCAGGACGAGAUCUUCCUGCACAGCACCGGCCGGCACCUGAGCCUCAACAUCAGCUCGGCCCGCCGCGAGCACACUGGCGCCUACUGCGUCAGCCUGGAGAACGCCGCAGGGGUCCGCAAGGGGCUCUGCGACAUCACAGUGGUCGACCGACCCCAGCCCCCCGAGGGCCCCGUGGUGUUUAACGAGGUCUACAGGAACUACUUGGUGAUCAGCUGGAGCCCCCCCCUGGACGAUGGAGGCUGCGCCAUCUCCAACUACAUCGUGGAGAAGAGAGACACCAACAGAGACCUGUGGAUGCCCGUCACUUCCUCUGCAACACGCCCCACCUGCAGGGUGCCAAAGCUGAUCGAGGGCCGGGACUACAUCGUGAGGAUCAUGGCUCAGAACAUGUACGGAGUCAGUGAACCACUGCUGUCUGCAGAGUGCAGAGCCAGAGACAUCUUCAUGGUUCCCGACGCUCCCAAACAGCCGGUCAUUAAGGAAGUUUUCCACGACUCUGCCCUGAUCAGCUGGGAGCCUCCGGCCGACGGAGGGAAGCCCAUCUCUGGGUACAUCGUGGAGAGAAAGGAGACCAUGGCCAACAGGUGGGUGCGCUGCAACACGGAGCGGAUCUUCCCGAAGGUGGAGUACUGGGUGACGGAGCUGCUGAAGGGCUGCGAGUACGAAUUCAGGGUCAGCGCAGAGAACGUGGUGGGAGCAGGAGACGCCAGCCCCCCCUCCAAACCUGUGUUUGCUAAAGACCCCAUCGUGAAGCCCAGCCCCCCCCAGAAACUGGAGGCCAUCGACUUCACCAAAGAGUCUGUCACGCUGAGCUGGAAGGCCCCCGCUGACUGCGGCCGCGGGAAGAUCCUCGGUUACUUGCUUGAGUUCCAGAAGACCACUGACGACGAGUGGACCAAGGUGAACCAGACCCCAGACUCGUGUCAGGAGACGCGCUUUAAGGUGAUUGGUCUGGAGGACGGCGCACGGUACCGCUUCAGGGUGAUGGCGGUGAAUGCCGCAGCGGAGUCAGACCCUGCCGAGCUGAGGGAACCCAUCCUCGUGCAGGACAGACUGGAGCCCCCAGAGCUGAUCCUGGACGCCGGGAUGACCCGGGAGGUGAAGGCUCUCGCCGGCACCCACAUCGUUCUGAUGGCGACCAUCAAGGGCGUCCCGUUCCCCUCCGUCACCUGGCAGAAGAACGAAGCCGAGGUGCCGACCCGCAGCGACAUCGACACCGACCAGAACGGCACCAAGCUGGAGAUGAGGUUCUGUCACCGCGGAGACUGCGGCGACUACACGCUGACUGUGGAGAACCCGGUCGGGUCCAAGACCGUCACCUGCACCGUGCUCGUGUUUGAUAAACCCGGUCCCAUCCAGCACCUGCGGGUGUCGGACGUCCGCAGUGACUCGGCCUACCUGUCCUGGAAAGACCCAGAGGAUAACGGCGGUGUCCGCAUCACUAACUUCGUGGUGGAGAAGAAGGACGCAGCGUCCACCCAGUGGGUUCCGCUGUGCUCCACCUCCAAGAAGCGCAGCAUGAUGCUGAAGCACCUGAUGGAGGGAACCUCCUACAACUUCCGUGUGGCAGCCGAGAACCAGUACGGGCGCAGCGAAUAUGUGGAGACCGGGAAGGCCGUCAAGGCCAUGAACCCACUCUUCCCCCCCGGUCCUCCCAAAGACCUGCACCACAACGACGUGGACAAGACAGAGGUGUGGUUGGUCUGGAACUGGCCCGACCGCAACGGAGGAAGUGAGAUCACCGGCUUCCUGGUGGAGUACCAGGAGGAGGGAGAGAGAGAGUGGGACGAGUGGAAGACGGUGAGCAUCCCGGAGAGUCAUGUGACCGGCCUGGAGGAAGGCAAGACCUACCGCUUCAGAGUUCGAGCCGAGAACGCCAUCGGACUCAGCAGACCAGAUACCACUGUGCCUAUCCUAUGCCAGGAGAAACUGGUGCCUCCCAUCCUGGAGGUUGACGUUAAGCUCACUGAAGGCAUCACCGUGAAGGCCGGCACCACCAUCAGGCUGCCUGCCAUCAUGAGAGGAAUCCCCGUCCCCACUGCCAAGUGGUCCGUGGAGGGAGAGGAGAUCACCACCGAGGGCAAAGUCAAGAUCGACACCGACAAUUUCUCCACAGUGCUCAGCAUCAACGAGUGCACCAGGAACCAUACCGGCUCCUACUUGCUCACCGUGGCCAACCCGGCCGGAACCAAGACCGCCGCCCUGAACAUCACGGUGCUGGAUGUUCCCGCCGCUCCCAUCGGACCAGUCAACAUCCUGGAAGUCACUCCAGAGUCUAUGAUGAUUGAAUGGCGUCCUCCCAAGGAUGACGGCGGCAGUGCUGUCACCAACUACAUCGUGGAGAAGAGGGAGUCCAACAAAGAAACCUGGGGAGGGGUGAGCUCUGGCAGCCUCUCCACCAAGGUCAACAUCAUCCGCCUCCAGAAGGGAGUGGAGUACGUGGUCCGCAUUCGUGCCCAGAACAAGAUGGGAACCGGUGCUGCUCUGGAGAGCAAGCCUACAGUGGCCGAGCACACCUUCCUUCCUCCCAGCCCGCCGGGCAAACCACAUGCCACUGAUGUCGCAGAGGACUCCGUCACGGUGGGCUGGACCAUGCCCCUGUCCGACGGAGGCAGCCAGAUCUCCGGAUACCUGGUCGAGCGCAGACACAAGGGAGGAAAGUGGAUCCGUGUGAACAGGACUCCCUGCAAAGAAAUGAAGUACACUGUCCUGGGUCUGUUUGAAGGCAGCGAGUACGAGUUCAGAGUGUUUGCUGAGAAUAUUGCCGGCUACAGCGGCCCAUCUCCAUCCUCCGACCUCUGCAAGCCGUGCAGGCCCAUCACGGCCCCCGGCCCCCCUGUCAACCCCAAAGUUAAAGACUACAGCAAGACCACUGCCGACCUGGUGUGGACCAAACCCAACAAAGACGGAGGCAGCCCCAUCCUGGGCUACACCGUGGAAAUGAAGAAGGCCGACACAGAAGAAUGGCAAAAGGUGAACCUGGACGACUUCAUCAAGCUAUCCGCCUACACGGUGAAGGGCCUGGAGGAGGGAGUGACGUACAAAUUUAGGAUUUACGCCUCCAACAUGAUCGGAGAUGGCGAGCCCAAAGAGAUCCCAAAGUCUGUCACCGCUCAGGACAUCCUUAUCCCUCCGGAGAUCGAGAUGGACCUCUCCUGCCGCGAGCGCCUCACUGUGCGCGUCGGACACAACAUCAACAUCAUGGGCUACAUCCAGGCCCGUCCUGAGGCUGAGGUGCUUUGGUCGAAGGAGGAGGUGGUUCUGGAGAACAGCAAACGGGUCACCAUCACUCAGAACUUUCCUCUGGUCCACCUGAAGAUCAAGGAGGCCACAAGAACGGACCACGGGAAAUACGUCCUGAAGGCUUCCAAUGAGGGCGGUGAGGCUUCCUGCACCAUCACAGUCAAUGUGCUGGACAGACCCAGCCACUGCCAGAACCUGCACGUGACCUAUGCCACCAAGGAGUCCUGCAUGCUGAACUGGGAGGCACCUAGAGACAACGGUGGAUCUGAAAUCACCAACUAUGUGGUGGAGUGCCGUGAGCCCAGCACCAGCAUGUGGUCCAUGAUCACAUCCCUCUGCACCAACCGCAAGAUUAAGGUCAAGCUGAUGGACGGCAAAGAGUACCUGUUCCGCGUCAGCGCCGUGAACAAGAUGGGCUCCGGUCCCACUACUGAGACCAAGACUGCUCUGCUGGCCAUCGACCCCAUCGAGAAUCCCGGGGAACCUGAGAACUUCAGAACCACGGACAUCGGUAAGAACUACGUCUAUCUGAGAUGGAGGAAGCCCGACUUUGAUGGUGGCAGCCCCAACAUUUCCUACAACCUGGAGUGCAAAUCCAAGGAUGCUGAGGACUGGCAGAAGCUCAACACCACCACCCUCACCGACACCUUCUUUCUGGCUGACAAGUGCACAGAGAACCAGACCUACACCUUCAGGGUGCAGACCAUCAAUGAAGGAGGCGAAAGUGCUUGGGUGAAACUCGCCGAUAUUCUGGUGAAGGAGGAGAUCCAGAAGCCCGUCCUCGACCUGAAAUUGGCCGGACUUCUGACCGUGAAGGCUGGAGAGUCUGUGAGGAUGGAGGCCGGCCUGAGAGGAAAACCCCAGCCGGAGGUCAAAUGGACCAAAGAAAAGGCUGUUGGAGACAACCCCAGAAUCAGCUACGAGACCGGACCCGACUAUUCCAAGUUCCUUCUCACCAAGUCCAGGCGCUCAGACACCGGAAAGUUCAUCAUCACCGCCACCAACGUGGCCGGCACCUUCACGGCGUAUGCCAACAUCAACGUCCUGGACGUCCCGGGCCCAGUAAGGAACCUCAGGGUCACCGGCAUCGGGGCCGACAAGUGCAGAGUUGUGUGGGACCCUCCAGAGGACGAAGGAGGCUGCGAAGUGGACAGCUACAUCUUGGAGAAAUGCGAAACCAGGAGGAUGGUUUGGUCCACGUACUCCGCCUCUGUGGUCACACCUUACUGCAACGUGACCCGUCUGGUGGAGAGCAACGAGUACAUAUUCAGAGUGAAGGCGGAGAACAAGAUGGGCACCGGCCCCGCCAUGGAGAGCAAGCCUGUUACCGUCAAGACUCAGUUCAACAAACCUGGGCCCCCAGAGGCCCCCGACGUCACCAAGGUCAGUAAAGAGGAAAUGACCGUUGUCUGGGCUCCUCCCGAGAACGACGGAGGAAAGUCCAUCACCGGCUACAUUCUGGAGAGGAAGGAGAAGAGGGCGGUCCGCUGGGUGCCAUGCACCAAGAGCCCCAUCUCUGAGAGACGCAUGAAAGUCACCAACCUGAUCCCCAACCACGAGUACCAGUUCAGGGUGAAGGCUGAGAACGAGGUGGGCCUGGGAGAACCCAGCAAGGCCUGCAGACCAGUCGCAGCCAAAGAUCCCAUCGAACCCCCCGGUCCCCCUGCUUUCCUGAAGGUGGGCGACAGCACAAAGACCUCCAUCACCCUGACCUGGUCCAAACCUGUGUACGACGGUGGUGCUCCAAUCAUCAACUACAGCCUGGACCUCAGGCUGAAGACCGAUGCGGACCCCGAGAACCCCUCAGCGGGCUGGAAGAGGAUUGACACCCGUGGCCCGCUGGUGCUUACAGAGUUCACCAUUGGACAGCUGGAUGAGAAGCUGGAGUACGACUUCAAGGUUUCCGCCCAGAACCAGAUGGGCUGGGGACGCCACGCCUACCUGAAGGAUUCCGUGUCCCCCAAGGAGAUCCUGGAGGCUCCAGAGAUCGACCUGGAUGCCAGUCUGAGGAAGGGUCUGUCAGUGAGGGCAGGCUGCCCCAUCAGGCUCUUCGCCGUCAUCAGAGGACGACCCUCACCUAAGGUCACAUGGAAACGCCUCGGCGUGGACAAUGUGAUCCGCCGCGGUCACGUGGACCAGGUGGACAGCAUGUCCUUCCUCGUCAUCCCCGAGAGCACCAGAGAGGAUUCUGGGAGAUACUCGCUGACUCUGUCCAACUCGGCCGGAGAGAAGGCCGUGUACGUCCGUGUAAAAGUCCUCGACACCCCCGGCCCCGUUGGUGGCUUGGAGGCGACGAAUAUCACGAAGACGAGUGCACAGCUGUCUUGGUUGCCGCCCGAUAACGACGGCGGAAGCCAGAUCCUUAACUACAUCGUGGAGAAGCGCGAGGUGGACCGGAAGACGUGGAACAAGUGCAUCGAGGACCUGAGGAAGACCAGCUUCAAGGUGUCCAACAUGACGCCCGGCAUCGACUACUUCUUCAGAGUCACCGCAUGCAACAAGUACGGCAUCGGAGUCCCGCAGGACUCACCCAAAUCCUACCUGGCCGUCGACCCCAUCAGUGAGCCAGACCCCCCGAAGAAGAUGGACGUGUUGGACAUCACGAAGAACAGCGCCACGCUGGGCUGGCUGAAGCCGCUCAGAGACGGCGGGGCCAAGAUCAACGGCUACGUGGUGGACUACCAGGAGGAGGGCGCCGCCGAAGACAAGUGGACGCCGUACUCCGUGGUGAAAGACCUGACCAUCGUGGUGGUGGGCCUGAAAGAGAACACCAAGUACAAGUUCAGGGUCGCUGCCAGGAACUCUGUGGGGGUCAGUCUGGCCCGAGAGGCAGAGGGCGUGUUCGAGGUCAAGGAGCAGCUCAUGGCUCCGAAGAUAAUCGUUCCAGACAUCGUGUCGGUGAGAGCCGGAUCUAAGAUGGUUCUGGAGGCCAUCGUGGCCGGGAAGCCCGCUCCCUUCUGCAAGUGGAAGCAGGGCAACGAGGACGUGCUGACCUCGGACCGCCUCUCCGUGGUGAAGACGCUCACCACAUGCACCCUCAUCAUGAAGAACGUGAAGAGGGUGGACAGUGGCUACUACAGCCUGUCUGCCGAGAACAGCAGUGGCAGGGUCAACCAGAUCAUCAGGGUCACGGUCAUGGACAUCCCUGGGCCCCCCGAAGCCCCCCUAGAAGUGACGGAGGUGGACGUGGACGGCUGCACCCUGCUGUGGGGAUCCCCACAGGAGGACGGCGGCAGCAACAUCACCAACUACAUCGUGGAGAAGUGCGACGUGAGCCAGGGCGACUGGAUGACGCUGACCUCGUCCUGCACCAAGACCAGCUUCAAGGUCCCAAAGCUGUCCCAGGGCAAAGAGUACGGCUUCAGAGUCCGUGCCGAGAACCGGUUCGGCAUCUCAGCGCACAUCUACUCCGAGAAGAUAAUCGCCAGGUGUCCCUUUGACCCCCCUAGCGAGCCCUUGAAUCUGCAGAUCAACAGAAUCAACAAGGACUACGUCAUCUUGUCCUGGGAACGCCCCAGCAGCGACGGUGGCUCCCCGCUGACCGGAUACGUCAUCGAGAAGAAGGAGCGCAACAGCCUGCUGUGGAUGAGGGCCAACGAGUCAGUGGUGAAGGCCACGCAGUACAGCUGCACCGGGCUGAUGGAGGGGGUGGAGUACACCUUCAGGGUCGCUGCCCUCAACAUGGCUGGACAGGGCAAGCCCUGCAAACAGACCGACAUCAUCAUCGCCAGGACCGCCAUCGAUCCCCCCGGUAAGCCGGAGGUGAUGGACGUGACGAAGCACUCGGUGUCUUUGGUGUGGAGCCGCCCGAAGCACGACGGCGGCAGCAAGCUGAUCGGAUACUACGUGGAGUACACCAAGCUGCCGGAGGAGAAGUGGGUGCGCUGCAACGCCAAUUGCAUGAGCAUCCAAUCGGAGAGCUACACGGUGAGCGGGCUGGACGAGGGCCUGCUGUACCAGUUCAAGAUCAUCGCCAAGUCCGCCAUCAACAUCAGCCUGCCCUCCGAGCUAUCCGACCCCAUCCCCGUCAUCGCAGAGCACGUUACCCCACGGGUGGAUCUGGGUCUGGAGAUGAAGAACCUGAUCGUGGUUAAGGCCGGAGAAAACGUGUCCAUGGACGCCGAGGUGUUCGGCAAGCCCCUUCCCAAAGUGACCUGGAAGAAGGACGGCGCUGUGGUGCACGUGGAGGGCAUGAAGCUGAGCCAGAAGAAGCACGUCCACAUGCUGGACCUAUUCUCCGUCACCAGGAAGGAGUCCGGAGACUACAGCAUCCACGCCGAGAACCCCCUGGGGUCCAAGUACGCCACUAUCAAGGUCAAGGUGCUCGAUAAACCCGGCCCCCCCGCCUCAGUGAAGAUUGCCAAGGUGUUUUGUGACCGUGUGAGGCUGCGCUGGGAGCCCCCCAUCGCGGACGGCGGCUCGGAGAUCACAAACUACAUCAUCGAAAAGCGCGAGACCAGCCGAGCCAACUGGGCCCUGGUGAGCUCCAACAUCCACGGACACGUCACGGACUCUCUGGUGGAGAAACUCAUCGAGGGCCACGAGUACGAGUUCAGGGUCAGCGCCGAGAAUCAGUACGGGGUCGGAGAUGCCAUCAUGACUGACCCCAUCAUGGUGAAGAACCCCUACGACGUCCCUGGGCCCCCAGAGCCACCUGUCAUCACCAACAUCACCAAGGACUCGAUGACGGUGAGCUGGAAGGCGCCGGCGAACGACGGCCGGGCCACCAUCCUGGGCUACAUGGUAGAGAAGCGCGAGGCCACAGAACUGGCCUGGGCCAAGGUAAACCGGAGGCCCGUCAUCGACCGCUCCAUCAAGGCGGUGCAGCUGAGCGAGGGCUCCGAGUACGAGUUCAGGGUCAUCGCCCUCAACAAGGCGGGGCCCGGCAAACCCAGCGAUGCCUCCAACGCAGCGCUCGCCGUCGACCCCGUCUACCCCCCUGGUCCCCCUGCCUUCCCCAAGGUGGUGGACUCGACCCGCACCUCGAUCAGCCUGAGCUGGACCAAGCCGGCAUACGACGGCGGCUGCGAAAUCAACGGCUACCUGGUGGAGUGUAGGCGGGUGGACGGAGAACACUGGAACAAGUGCAACAUCCCCAAGAAGCUGCAGGAGACGCGCUUCCUGGUGACCGGCCUGAUGGACGACACCGAGUACCAGUUCAGGGUCCUGGCGGUCAACAAGAUUGGCCUCAGCGAGCCCAGCGAGGUCCCCGGGAACCACAAGCCCAAAGACAUCCUGAUCGCCCCUGAGGCGGAGCUGGACGCUGACAUGAGGAAGGCUCUGAUCCUGAGGGCGAGGGUCACCAUGAGGCUGUACGUCCCUCUGAAGGGCCGGCCGGCGCCCAAGGUGACGUGGUCGAAGGUGGACGCCAACCUGAAGGACCGGCAGGUUCUGAUCAAGACGUCAGAGUGGGACACGCUGCUGAUGAUCGAGGACAUGAACCGAUACGAUGCAGGGAAGUACGUCCUGACUCUGGAGAACAGCAGCGGCUCCAAGAGCUACACCAUCGUGGUCAAAGUGCUGGAUUCCCCCGGCCCCCCCCUGAACCUGACAGUGAAGGACACCUCGAAGACCCACGCCUCCAUCACCUGGGACGCCCCCCUGCUGGACGGCGGUAGCCCGGUGAAGAGCUACGUGGUAGAGAAGCGUCUGGCCGACAGGAAGGCCUGGACCUGCGUGGCCCCCACCUGCCACAAAAUCUCCUACCGGGUGACCGGCCUGGAGGGGGGGCAGGCUUACUGCUUCAGAGUGCUGGCCGAGAACGCGUACGGCAUCGGGGAGGGCUGCGAGACCGCCGGCAGCGUCCGGGCCUCAGAGCAACCGGGCCCUGUGGCAGAAUUCAAGACCACGAAGACCUCAAAGGACAUCAUCGAGCUGGCCUGGAAGAAGCCACUGGUCGACGGCGGCAGCUUUGUCACGGCCUACAUCCUGGAGCUGGGCGAGGGCCAGGACAAGUGGAGGGAGAUCCUGAAGGGCAAGAACACCUCCCACACCAUGGGGGGACUCACCGAGGGCACCGAGUACCUGUUCAGGGUCAAGGCCCUCAACCAGUCCGGGGAGGGACCGCCGUGCGAGCUCGCCGUCAUCGCCAAGGACCAGUUUGUGCUGCCUGACUGCAACCUGAGUGCCCUGCAUGACGGCUGCUGCGUGGUGAAGGAGGGCAGCACCACCCGUAUCAACAUCCCGCUCAUCGGCACCCCCAUCCCCACCACCACCUGGAAGAAGGGCGACACAGGGAUUGGCGACACCGGCAGGAUGUGCGUGGAGUCGUCUACGGGCGUCACCACACUGCUGAUCAGAGACUGCCAGAGAGGAGAUGCCGAGACCUACAACAUUCACGUCCGCAACAGCGCCGGCUCCAAGGAGUGCAAGUUCACCGUGAAGGUGGUGGGCAAGCCCGGCAUCUGCACCGGACCCAUCAAGUUCGAUGAGAUCACGGCCGACGGCAUCACGCUGGAGUGGGGCCCGCCCAUAGAUGAUGGUGGCGCCGAGGUAUCCAACUACAUUGUGGAGAAGAGAAGGACCACAGACAACAAGUGGGCCACAGUGGCAUCGGCCAUCCAAAAGACGAGCAUGAGGGUGAUCCGGCUGCAAGACGGUAUGGAAUACAUCUUCAGAGUGUUCGCAGAGAACAAGUACGGGGUGGGCGAGUAUCUGAGGUCCGAGCCCGUCAUCGCACAGCAUCCCUUCAAUGUGCCAGAGGCUCCUGCUCCUCCCAUAAGCAGCCAUCGCCAUGAGUCGGCCAUGUUGACCUGGACGGAUCCAAAGGAAAAUGGUGGCUCCCCGAUUACUGGGUUCCACGUGGAGUUUAAGGAGAGGAACAGCCUGAUGUGGAAGCGAGCAACGAAGACUCCUCUGAGACUGAGAGAGUGUAGAGUCACCGGCCUGAUAGAAGGCCUGGAGUACGAGUUCAGAGUGAUGGCAAUGAACAUAGCCGGCCUCGGCAGGCCAAGCAGGCCCACCGAGGGUGUGGUUGCCCUUGAUCCUAUUGAUCCUCCUGGCAAACCUGAAGUGAUCAGCAUCACCAGGAACAUGGUCACUCUCAUGUGGACCCCUCCUAAAUAUGAUGGUGGCCACAAGUUGACCGGCUACAUGCUGGAAAAGUUGGAGGCUGGCGGCAAGGCCUGGUUGAAGGCCAAUCACGUCAACAUCCAGGGCUGUGCAUUCACCGUCACCGACCUGACGGAGGGAGCUCAGUAUCAGUUCUUGGUCAAGGCCAAGAAUUCUGCUGGAGCUAUAAGUGCUCCUUCAGAGACCACUGAGCUUGUGGCUUGCAGGGAUGAGUACGAGCCCCCAACCAUCACUAUUGACCCGGACAUGAAGGACGGCGUUUCAGUAAAGGCAGGGGACACCAUCGUGAUCAGAGCCUCCAAGAUUUUGGGCAAACCUCUCCCCACUUCUGCGUGGUCAAAGGGAGGCCGUGAGUUUAAGAGCUCUGAGGUUGUCUCCAUCACCACCACCCCCAUUUCCUCCAUUCUGUCUAUCAAGUACGCCAGCCGGAAGAACACCGGAGAGUACACCAUCACCGCCAGCAACCCAUUCGGCAUUAAGGAAGAACACGUGAAGGUGAAGGUCCUCGACGUGCCCGGACCUCCAGGCCCCAUUGAAGCCAGUAACAUUUCCGCUGAGAAGUGCACUCUGACCUGGCUGCCACCAGACGAGGAUGGAGGCUUCUCCAUCAAGUCUUACACCCUAGAGAAGAGAGAGACCAGCCGUUUGCAGUGGACCAAGCUCGCAGAAAACAUCAUGGACUGCAGAUAUGUGGCAGCCAAACUGAUCAAGGGCAACGAGUACAUCUUUAGAGUGUGUGCCGUAAACCAGAUUGGCACUGGAGACUCCAGCCAAUCUGGUCCAGUAAAAAUGAUUGACAGCUACUGUGCGCCAGGCCCACCCUCAAUCCCUGAGGUUGAUAAUGUCAGUAGGAAUGCUGUCACCAUUUCAUGGAAGAGACCAGUACAAGACGGUGGAAGUGACAUUAGAGGAUAUUGUGUAGAGAGAAAAGAGAGGAGAGGAAUGAGAUGGGUGAGGGCCUCCAAGAGGACGGUCCCUGACCUGCGCUUUAAGGUGCAAGGCCUGACUGAAGGUGUAGAGUAUGAGUUUAGAGUGACUGCAGAGAACAAGGCUGGAUUUGGGGAGCCAAGUGAGCCAUCUGCACCUGUGAUGACCAAAGACAUUGUCUAUCCCCCUGGACCUCCAUCCAAUGCCAGAAUCACAGACACCACAAAAACCACAGCUACCUUAGCCUGGGGCAAACCCCACUAUGAUGGUGGUCUUGAAGUAGAUGGUUAUACUAUUGAGUACAAAAAGGAAGGUCACGACGACUGGGAGGUAGAGACACCGUAUCCAGUGAAAGUUACUGAAUACGUUAUUGGCAAACUUCAGAAAGGAGGGAAAUACCAUUUCAGGAUCAUCGCUCUAAACUCAGAGGGAGUUGGUGAGCCUGCAGAGAUUGAGAAGGUGACUGAACUGGUGGACCAGGAGUCGCUGCCAGACUUUGAGCUGGAUGCUGAAUGCAGGAGAACCCUGGUGGUUAGGUGCCGUGCUUCAAUACGGUUGUUUGUACCCAUCAGAGGUCGUCCCGUUCCUGAAGUUACCUGGAGCAAAGAAGAUAGCAACCUGAAACAACGUGCACACAUCGACACCACAGAGUCCUACACCCUCCUGGUUGUUCCUGACUGCACCAGAUACGAUGCUGGAAAGUAUAACCUUAGCCUUGAGAAUGUUGCCGGAAAGAAGACAGGCUUUGUUAAUGUAAAGGUUUUGGACACACCAGGGCCACCAGUUAACGUCAAGCCUAGAGAGAUCACUAAGAACAGCAUCACCCUCCAGUGGGAAAUCCCUAUUAUUGAUGGUGGUUCUAAGAUCCAUAGAUAUGUUAUUGAAAAGAGAGCGGCCACCAAGAAGGCCUACACAGUGCUGAGCACUACAUGGCAGAAGUGUUCCUUCAAGUUUACAGACCUUGAGGAGGGAGCUUACUACUACUUCCGUAUCUCUGCUGAGAAUGACCUGGGCGUAGGUGAGCCCGCUGAAUCCCCUGAGCCAAUCAGGGUGUCCCAGGCUCCCUCUGCACCAGAAAACUUGUACGUCACUGAUGUGACAGCUGACAGCGCCAGCCUGUCAUGGACCAGGCCCCUGCAUGAUGGUGGCAGCUUGAUCACUGGAUACGUUAUUGAAUCCCAGAAGAAAGAUGGGGAGUGGGUCCAUGCAGCCGCCAUCAAGGCUCUGGAUUGCACCGUCACAGAUCUGGUUGAGGGUGCAGAAUAUACAUUCCGCAUUAUGGCCGUCAACGCAUCAGGCAGAAGCGACCCGCGUGAGAGCAGGCCUGCCAUUAUCAAAGAGCAGACUUCUGCUCCUUCCUUUGACCUGCGUGGAGUCUACCAGAAGACGGUCAUUGCCAAGGCAAGGGACCGCCUCAAGGUGGAGAUUCCUGUUCUUGGCAAACCCAGACCUGUGGUUUCCUGGAAGAAGGGAGAAAUAGCGCUCAAAGAGACACAAAGAAUCAACGUUGAAACUACACCAACAUUAACUAUCCUCAACAUCGGUGAGAUCAAGAGGAGCGAUGGAGGCCAGUAUUCCGUGACUGGAAAGAAUAUGCUGGGUACAGUGACUGAGACAAUCACAGUCCUGGUCCACGACAUUCCUGGUCCUCCCACUGGACCUAUCAAGCUGGAGGAGGUCUCAUGUGAUUAUGUUCUCAUGUCCUGGGAGGCACCAGAGAAUGACGGAGGUGUUCCUAUCAACAACUAUAUUGUUGAGAUGAGGGACACUACUGGUACUUCCUGGAUGGAGUUGGCAGCUACAGUGAUCCGCACCACAUUCAAGGCAGCCAAACUCAACACUGGAACCACAUAUCAGUUCCGGGUCAAGGCCCAGAACAGAUAUGGCAUUGGACCAUGCAUUGUCUCUGAGCAAGUGGUGGCUGCGUAUCCGUUUGAAGUGCCAGGCCAGCCAGGCACUCCUGUGGUCACAUCUUUCAACAAGGUUGCUAUGACUCUGAGCUGGAAUGAGCCUUCCUCUGAUGGAGGCAGUGUCAUCAUUGGCUAUCAUGUCGACAGAAAAGAGAAAAACAGCAUUCUGUGGCAGAGGAUUAGCAAAGGUCCAGUUGUCGGAAAUAUCUUCAAAUCGACCGGCCUUGUUGAUGGAAUUGCAUAUGAACAUCGUGUUACUGCGGAAAACAUGGCUGGUCUCAGCAAACCUAGCAAACCCUGUGAGGCCGUGUAUGCUUUGGACCCAGUCGACCCACCAGGCAGGCCUGUGGCACUGAAUGUCACCAGACAUGAGGUGACUGUGUCAUGGACCAGGCCGGAAGGAGAUGGUGGAUUCUCUAUCACUGGAUACACAGUAGAGAGGAGAGAGAUGCCCAACGGACGCUGGCUCAAAGCCAACUUCAACAACAUCCUAGAAACCAUCUACACUGUCAGUGGUCUGAUUGAAGACGCUACUUAUGAGUUCCGUGUGUUUGCCAGAAAUUCAGCAGGAGCUGUUAGUGCUCCAUCCCAAUCAUCAGAGGCAAUCACAUGUAGGGAUGACCUGGAAGAACCCAGGCUUGAUGUUGACUCAUUGUACUGUAGCACUGUUAUUGUGAUGGCAGGAGAGUUGUUCACGCUGGAGGCCAAUGUUACUGGCAGGCCACUCCCAUCUCUGGUAUGGACCAAGGAAGGAAAGGAGCUUUUGGAUACAGGCAAGCUGGAGAUAAAGUCAACUGAUUUCCACACAGUUCUGACAAACAGGGAUUCCCUGAGAAAGGACGGAGGUGUUUUUAUUCUGACUGCCAGCAAUCCUGCAGGCUUUGCUAAAUUCACCUUCAAUGUCAAGGUGCUGGACAGACCUGGACCACCAGACUCCCUCACUAUUACUGAUGUCACCGCUGAGAAAUGUGUCCUUAACUGGCUGCAUCCGUCACAUGAUGGUGGUGCCAAGAUCGAGUACUUUGUCAUACAGAGGCGAGAGACAAGUAGGUUGGCAUGGACAAAUGUGGCAACAGAACUUCAGGCAAACAGGUUCAAGGUCACUAAGCUUCUGAAGGGCAAUGAAUAUGUCUUCAGAGUGAUGGCUGUUAACAAAUAUGGCGUGGGUGAGCCCCUGGAGUCUGAAGCUAUCAUCUGUACCAACCCGUAUGUCCCCAGUGACCCCCCACAGCAGCCUGAAGUCACCACUAUUACAAGGGACUCCAUGGUCGUCUGCUGGGAACGCCCUGAAAACGAUGGAGGCAGCAGAUUGAACACCUACAUCAUUGAGAGAAGGGAUAAGACUGGCCUGCGCUGGGUGAAAUGCAACAAGAGGACUGUCAGUGACCUGCGAUUCAAGGCCUCUGGCCUCACACCAGGACAUGAAUAUGAAUUCAGAAUUUUUGCAGAAAAUAAUGCUGGUUUAAGUCAGCCUAGUCCCUCCAGUCCAUUUUACAAAGCCGAAGACACUAUCUUCCAGCCUGGACCACCAGGGAACCCCAGAGUGCUCGACACAACCAAAUCAUCCAUCACCCUUGCCUGGAACAAGCCUGUCUAUGAUGGGGGUUCUGAAAUCACUGGUUACAUUGUGGAGACCUGCCUACCUGAGGAAGAUGAGUGGACAAUACACACUCCGAAGAAGGGCUGGACAGCCACUUCCUUCACUAUUACCAACUUGAAGGAAAACCAAGAAUACAAAAUAAACAUCUGUGCCACUAAUUGUGAGGGAGUUGGAGAGCCCGCUGCUGUUCCUGGAACCCCCAAGGCUGAAGACAGACUGCUUCCUCCAGAGAUUGAACUAGGAGCAGACCUGCGUAAGGUUGUUGCCAUCAGAGCCUGUAGCACACUCAGACUCUUUGUUCCUAUUAAGGGCAGACCUGUGCCAGAAGUUAAAUGGUCAAGGGAGCAUGGAGAAACCCUGGACAAAGCUAUCAUUGAAAUCACCCCAUCAUUCACCACUCUUCAGGUAGAAAAUGUUGACAGGUUUGAUGCAGGUAAAUACCUGGUAACUGUAGAGAAUGCCUCAGGAAGCAAAACAGCCUAUGUUAAUGUCAGGGUGCUAGACACUCCUGGAGCCCCUCAAAAUCUGAUCAUCAAAGAGAUCACUAGAGAUUCAGUUUCCCUCGUUUGGGAUGCACCACUCAUUGAUGGUGGCUCCAGAGUUCGCAACUACAUUGUGGAGAAGCGCGAGUCAAACAGAAAGGCCUACUCCACAGUCUGUGCUAGCUGUCAUAAGUCUAGUUGGAAAAUAGGAGACCUUGAAGAAGGAAAGAUGUACUUCUUCAGAAUCCUAGCUGAGAACGAAUACGGCGUUGGCCUCCCAGUGGAGACUGUUGAACCACUUAAAGUGUCAGAGAAGCCUCUACCACCAGGCAAAGUUACCCUCCUUGAAGUUACCAGCUCCAGCGUAUCACUAUCUUGGGAAAAACCUGACCACGAUGGUGGCAGCAGAAUCUCAGGCUAUAUUGUUGAGAUGCAGGGUAAAGGCAGUGAGAAGUGGACCCAGGUCAUGGUGGUAAAGACCAAUUCGGCUGUUGUAACUGGCCUCACACGGGGAGAGGAGUAUAUGUUCCGUAUCUCAGCCACCAAUGAAAAGGGAGUCAGUGACCCACGUCCUCUUAGCAUGCCUGUGGUGGCUAACGACUUAGUUAUCACACCAACCUUCAAACUGGUUUUCACCACAUACAGUGUGCUAGCAGGAGAUGAUCUGAAGAUAGAUGUACCAUAUGCUGCCUGUCCCAAGGCUACAGCAACUUGGCUCAAAGAUGGUAUUGCUCUUAAGGAGACAACAAGAGUUAAUGCUGAAGCAUCAGACAAAAACCUUCACCUGGUUAUCAAGGAGGCAUGCAGAGAUGAUGUGGGCACGUACACUAUCAAACUGAUCAACGCAGUUGGAGAGGCAUCCACAGACAUCCGUGUAGUUGUUCUAGAUAAGCCUGUUCCACCAACUGGCCCAAUUAAGCUGGAUGAAGUCACUGCUGACAGCGUGGUUCUGUCCUGGAAUCCACCAGAGUAUGACGGUGGUUGCGCCAUCAACAAUUACAUUGUUGAGAAGAGAGAUACAUCUACAACAAACUGGCAGAUUGUGUCAGCAACUGUGGCCAGAACCACUAUCAAGGCAGCCCGUCUGAAGACUGGUAUUGAGUAUCAGUUCAGGAUUGCCGCAGAGAACAGAUAUGGCAAGUCUUCAGUCCUGCUCUCAGAGACAAUUGUUGCUCAGUAUCCAUUUGAAGUGCCAAGCCAACCACGUUCUAUUGUGAUCCAAUCAGCCACCAAGGAGAGCAUGGUUGUUGUAUGGGAAAAACCCAGCACUGAUGGUGGAAGCAAAAUUCUGGGCUACCACUUGGAACUCAAAGAGAGAAACAGUUUAAUGUGGGUGAAACAGAACAAACAACUAAUUCCAGACGCCAGAUACAAGGCUGUUGGUCUUGAGGAAGGUAUUGAGUAUGAAUUCAGAAUCUAUGCCGAGAACAUUGUUGGCCUCAGCAAAGCCAGCAAACUGAGUGAAAUGCAAGUGGCAAGAGAUCCUUGUGACAGACCAGGAAAACCAGAGGCUGUAAUUGUGACAAGAAGCCAAGUGACACUCAGAUGGACCAAACCUCAGUAUGAUGGUGGCAUCAAGAUCACAGGCUAUGUGGUGGAGAAGAAGGAAGGAUCUGGCCGCUGGAUGAAGGCCAGUUUCGCCAAUGUCAUUGAGACAGAAUUUGUUGUCACAGGACUUACUGAAGAUCAGGUUUAUGACUUCCGUGUCAUCGCCAGAAAUUCAGCAGGUGUCUUCAGCAAGCCCUCUGAUACUACAGGGGAAAUUACUGCCAGGGAUGAGGUUGAUCCACCCAAGAUCGACUUAGAAUCUAAAUACUCCCAGGCUGUGGUUGUAAACGCUGGUGAGACAUUCAGUCUUGAGGCUGGUGUCUAUGGCAAGCCUGUGCCCACAGUGACGUGGCUAAAGGAUGGUAAAAAGAUUGCUGAAGCAGCACGCCUGGAGCUCAAGAACACAGACUUUACAGCUCGCAUAAUUGUGAAAGAAGCAAUCCGUGUUGAUGGAGGUCCAUACACCUUGUUGGUAAAGAAUGUUGGAGGAGAGAAAUCAGUAAACAUCAAUGUCAAGGUCCUGGACAGACCAGGUCCACCUGAUGGCCCUAUCUCCAUCUUUGGGGUCACCAAUGAGAAAUGCACCAUUGCCUGGAAAUCUCCCCUCCAAGAUGGAGGAAGCGAUGUCUCCCAUUACAUUGUUGAGAGGAGGGAAACCAGCAGACUGGUUUGGACAGUAGUUGAACAAAAAGUUCAGACACUGAGCCUGAAAAUCACAAAACUACUUCCUGGUAACGAAUACAUCUUUAGAGUAAUUCCAGUCAACAAAUAUGGAGUCGGUGAGCCUCUGGAAUCUGAAGCCAUGAUUGCCAAAAAUCCAUUUGUCACUCCCAACGCACCAACAGAGGUAGAAGUCUCCACAAUCACCAAAGACUCCAUGGUGGUGACGUGGGAGAGACCAACUAGUGAUGGUGGCAACUCUAUCCAGGGAUACGUUGUCGAGAAACGUGACAAGGAUGGUGUGAGAUGGACCAGAUGCAACAAGCGUACAGUUAGUGAGCUCCGCUUUAGAGUCGCAGGGUUGCUUGAAAACCACAGCUAUGAAUUCAGGGUUUCUGCUGAAAAUGCUGGAGGUGUUGGCACACCUAGUGAGCCAACAGUGUAUUACAAAGCAUUGGAUCCAAUCUUCAAAGCAGGCCCACCAAACAACCCAAAGCUGGUGGAUACAUCCAGGUCCACGGUCUCCCUGACAUGGGGUAAACCUAUCUAUGAUGGUGGCUGCGAGAUUCAGGCAUACAUUGUUGAGGCCCGCAAUCAAAUAUCCGAUGAGUGGGUUAUGUGCACUCCUCCAACUGGAAUCACAGAAACUAAGUUCACAGUUAAAAAGCUUCUGGAGAAGCAUGAAUACACAUUCAGAGUGUGUGCUAUCAACAAAGUUGGAGUUGGGGAGCAUGCUGACGUUCCAGGGAAAAUUCUCCUGGAGGAGAAGCUUGAGGCUCCUGAUCUGGACCUUGAUGCUGAUAUGAGGAAGAUGAUCAACAUAAGAGCAGCCUGCACUCUCAGGCUGUUCGUUCCUGUGAGAGGUCGUCCAGCUCCUGAGGUAAAAUGGGGCAAGGCUGAGGGCGAGAUUAAGGAGACUGCCAUGAUUGAUAAUACAGGCAACUAUGCUUCACUUGUCAUUGAGAAUGUCGACAGAUUUGAUACUGGCAAGUAUACACUGACUGCAGAAAAUGCCAGUGGAGUGAAGUCAGUGUUCAUCAGUGUCAGAGUCCUGGACUCACCUGGUCCACCAGCUAACUUCAUGGUGAAAGAGAUUACCAAGAGUUCUGUUACUCUCACAUGGGAGCCUCCAAUACUGGAUGGUGGUUCAAAGAUUAAACAUUAUCUUGUUGAGAAACGGGAAAGCACUAGGAAAGUCUAUUCUACCAUCACAACCUGCAACAAGAUGACUUGGAAAGUUGAGCCACUUCCAGAGGGUGGAAUCUUCUUCUUCAGAGUCCUGGCUGAGAAUGAAUAUGGCGUUGGUCUCCCUGCUAAAACGAUAGAGCCAGUUAAGAUAUCUGAGAAGCCUCAGCCCCCUGGUAAAGUCAGUGUUGUUGACAUCACUUCUAAAACUGUAACUCUCACCUGGGAGAAGCCUGAACAUGAUGGCGGCAGUAGAAUCAGCUACUACGAAGUCGAAAUGUCAUCAAAGGAAAGUGAAGCUUGGUCUCUGUGUGCAAGUGGAAAGUCACUGGAGACUGUAGUAGCAAACCUACGCAAGGGAGAGGAGUACCAGUUUAGAGUGAUUGCCGUAAAUGACAAGGGCAAAAGUGAUCCCAGACAACUGGGUCAGACUGUUUUAGCUAAGGAUCUUGUGAUUGAGCCUGCUGUCAGACCCCAAAUGAGCGCCUACAGUGUCCAGGUGGGGUAUGACCUCAAGAUAGAGGUCCCAAUUGCUGGUCACCCAAAGCCUACCAUCACUUGGACCAAGGAUGGAGCAGCCCUUAAGCAGACCACCAGAGUCAAUGUCACUGACGCAGCACGUACCACCACUCUCACCAUAAAAGAUGCAACCAGGGAUGAUGGAGGCAUGUACAGCAUCAAUAUUGCCAAUGCCAUGGCUUCCAAGGAUGCAACUAUUGAGGUGAUCACCCUGGACAAACCAGGCCCAGCAACAGGCCCUGUAAAAUUGGAGGAUGUCAGUGCUGAGAGUUUGACUCUUACCUGGUUACCUCCCACAUAUACAGGUGGCUGCCCAAUCUCCAACUAUGUGGUUGAGAAGAGAGACACAACCACAACCAACUGGGUGGUUGUUUCUGCAACUGUGGCCAGAACCACUCUUAAAGUGGCCAAUCUGAAGACAGGCAGUGAAUAUCAGUUCCGAAUCUAUGCUGAGAAUAAAUAUGGAAAGAGCUUUGCAAUUGAUUCAGAGCCUGUUGUUGCACAGUAUCCGUUCCAGGAGCCUGGACCGCCAGGAACACCAUUUGUGUCUUUGUACUCUAAAGAUUAUAUGGUGGUUGAGUGGCAUAAACCUCCAACUGAUGGAGGCAGUGCUAUCUUGGGAUACCAUAUGGAGAGAAAGGAGAAGAACAGCAUUCUUUGGACCAAGAUCAACAAAAUGCUAAUCCAAGACUGCAGGUUCAAAUCUACUCCCCUUGAAGAAGGCAUUGAGUAUGAGUACAGAGUCUCUGCUGAAAAUAUUGUUGGCAUUGGAAAAUGCAGCAAAGUCUCCGAGGUUUAUGUAGCCCGUGACCCAUGUUAUCCUCCUGGCCGCCCUGAGGCUGUGAUUGUGACCAGGCACUCAGUGAAGCUGAGGUGGACAGCUCCAGAGUAUGAUGGCGGAAGCUUAAUUACUGGCUAUGUAGUGGAGAAGCGUGAUCUUCAAGGAAAGUGGAUGAAAGCCAGCUUUGCAAACGUUCUUGACUAUGAAUUUACAGUUAGUGGCCUGACAGAAGACAACAAAUAUGAUUUCAGAAUUAUUGCAAGGAAUGGAGCUGGUGCUAUCAGCAAACCCUCUGAAAGCACAGGAUCCAUCACAGCAAAGGAUGAAGUCGACCCACCCAAGUGUGAAACAGAUCCUAUGUACAACCAGACAAUUGUUAUAAAUGCUGGAGAGAAUUUCAAUCUGGAGGCCAGUGUUGGAGGAAAGCCCAUCCCCAUAGCCCAGUGGUUCAAGGGAUCUGUUGAAGUUGAAAACUCAUCAAGAGCUGAGAUCAAAAACACAGACUUUAAGGCUUUGCUUGCUGUGAAGGAUGCCAUCAGAGUGGAUGGUGGACAGUACACACUUGUACUGACUAAUGUGGCUGGAUCAAAGACUGUCCCAUUCAAUGUGAGGGUGCUGGACCGACCAGGCCCUCCAGAGGGACCUAUUACUGUCAGCAAUGUCACAGAGGAGAAGUGUUCACUGUCAUGGCUGCCACCCAGGCACGAUGGAGGAGCAGGCAUUUCUACCUAUGUCAUUCAGAAGAGAGAAACCAGCCGCCUGGCAUGGACUGUUGUUUCCAGUGACUGUGGAGCUACCAUGUUCAAGGUUACCAAACUGUUGAAGGGCAAUGAGUACAUCUUCAGAGUCAUGGCAGUCAAUAAAUAUGGCUUGGGUGAGCCUCUUGAGUCAACACCAGUUAUCAUGAGGAAUCCUUUCGUUACCCCUAGCUCACCUCAGGAGCUUGAGAUCACUAACAUUACCAGGGACUCCAUGACUGUCUGCUGGAACCGCCCCGAGAGCACUGGAGGCAGUGAGAUUGCUGGUUACAUUGUUGAGAAAAGAGACAGAGCUGGAGUGAGGUGGACCAAGUGCAACAAACGCCGAGUGACUGACUUACGUUUCCGAGUAACUGGUCUGACUGAAGACCAUGAAUAUGAGUUCAUGGUAUCUGCUGAGAACGCAGCGGGAGUGGGUAAGCCUAGCCCACCUACACCCUACACCAAAGCCUGUGACCCAAGCUUUGAACCCGGCUGUCCUUCCAACGCCCAUUUGGUCAGCACUACUAAGGAUACCAUCAACUUGGCCUGGCACCGGCCUAUCUAUGAUGGGGGUUGUGAGAUUCAAGGAUAUGCUGUGGAAAUAACCAAGGCUGAGGAGGAGGAAUGGAGCUUAUGCACCCCACCCUCUGGAGUUAAAGACCUGAAGUUUACCAUCACGAAGUUGGUUGAGCACCAGGAAUACAAAGUGCGCAUAUGUGCUAUCAAUAAGCUGGGUGUUGGAGAGCCCACAGAGAUUGAGGGAGUCGUGAAACCUUCAGAUAAAAUUGAUCCUCCAGAGAUGAUUCUGGAUGCAGAGCUCAGAAAGGGAAUAGUUGUCCGCGCAGGAGGCUCAAUGAGAAUCUGCAUACCAUUCAAGGGCCGUCCUACUCCUGAGAUCAGCUGGACCAAGGAUGACGGAGAACUGACUUCUAAAGCUCAGAUAGACACUGGUGAUGAACAAACACAGCUCACUAUUGACAUCUGUGACAGAUAUGAUGCUGGAAAAUACAUCCUCAACUUAGAAAAUAGUGCUGGCAUCAAAUCUGCCUUUGUCGCUGUUAAGGUUCUGGACACUCCAGGUGCCCCUGUGAAUCUGACAGUAAAAGACAUUAAGAGGGAAAGUGUCACCCUGACAUGGGAGCCUCCUCUUAUUGACGGUGGUGCAAGAAUCAAGAAUUACCUGGUUGAAAAGCGUGAGUCCAACAGGAUUGUUUACUCUAACGUGGAGAACAAGUGCACAAAAACAAGCUAUCGUAUCACUGGCCUUACUGAGGGAACCAUCUACUAUUUCAGAGUCUUAGCAGAAAACGAGUUUGGUGUGGGAGAGGCAGUUGAGACAGAACAUGCAGUUAAGACCUCAGAGCCUCCACUAGCAGUGGGUAAGGUCACUUUAACUGGAGUGACCAAAACCUCUGCCUCGUUCUCCUGGGAGAAGCCAGUCCAUGAUGGAGGCAGCAGAAUUAAUGGCUACUACAUUGAAAUGCAGCCUGUGGGUUCAGAGGAAUGGGUAGUGGCCGCCACAACCAAAACUUGUGAGGGCACUGUGCUCGGUCUUAGUUCGGGCCACGAGUACCUGUUUAGAGUGACAGCUUUCAAUGAGAAGGGCAAGAGUGACCCCAGGCCUCUGGCUGCCCCUGUCACAGCCAAAGAUGUAACUGUCCUGCCCGGAUUCAAGUUGUCAGCCAACACAUUCAGUUUACAAACUGGUGAGGAUCUGAAAAUUGAGGUUCCAGUGAUUGGACGACCUGUCCCGAACGUCGAAUGGAGUAAGGAUGGGCAUCCUCUUAAGGAGACAACCAGACUAAAUGUAACCAGCACACCCACAUCUACCAAACUGUGUGUCAAGGAGGCAAAUAGGGAGGACUCUGGUAAAUACACAAUCACAGCAACCAGCAGUAUCGGAGCAGCUGCGGAGGAGAUUACUGUCAUUAUUCUUGAGAAGCCUGGCCCACCCACAGGCCCUGUAAAUGUUGAGGAGGUGAGCUCUAAUUAUGUUCUUCUCUCCUGGGAGCCACCAGUUUAUACUGGAGGCUGUCAGAUCAACAACUACAUUGUGGAGAAGAGAGACACCACAACAACAUCAUGGCAGAUUGUCUCUGCUACUAUUGCCAGGUCCACCAUCAAAGUCACCAACUUGAAGACAGGAGUUGAGUAUCAAUUCAGAGUCUCUGCUGAGAACAGAUACGGAAAGAGUUCAGCCAUUCUCUCUCCCAAUGUUAUUGCUCAGUAUCCAUUCAGUGUGCCUGCUGCCCCAGGAACACCAAUUAUUUCGGCUGCAACCAAGGAUAACAUGGUUGUUGAGUGGAAGGCUCCCACCAACAAUGGAGGCAGCCCCAUCCUAGGCUAUCACCUUGAGAGAAAGGAAAAGAACAGCCUUCUGUGGACUAAGCUCAACAAGCUUCUUAUCCCAGACACACGUUUCAAGACUACAGAGCUGGAAGAAGCUAUUGAGUAUGAAUUCAAAGUAUUUGCUGAGAACAUUGCUGGACUCAGCCCAGCUAGCAAAAUAUCUGCGUGCACAGUAGCUAGGGAUCCCUGCGACCCACCAGGCAAUCCUGAGGCCGUUGAUAUAACCAGAAAUCACGUGGCACUUCAGUGGACCAGGCCUCAGUAUGAUGGAGGCAGUGCAAUCACUGGCUACUUCAUCGAGAGGAGGAAGCACCCAGAUAACCGCUGGAUGAAGGCCAGCUACACCAACAUCAUUGAUACAAAUUACGUAAUCACUGGCCUUACUGAGGACUGUGUUUACGAGUUUAGGGUCGUUGCAAGGAACGCUGCUGGCAUUUCUAGCCGUCCUUCUGAGAGCACAGGAGAAAUUACAGCUAAAGAUGAAAUUGAGGCACCAGAGGCCGUUUUGGACUCUAAAUUCAAGGAUUUGACUGUUGUUAGUGCUGGAGAAACAUUUAUCAUUGAUGCUGACUUCACCGGCAAGCCUCUGCCGGAGGUCUCUUGGUUAAAGGAAGGAAAGGAGAUUGACCAACUCACCCCAAGAAUGGAGUUCAAGUCCACACUCACCCGUACCGUCCUCACAGUCAAGGAGUGCAUCAGAGUGGACGGUGGUCACUUUGUCCUUAAACUUGUCAAUGUUGGCGGAGUCAAGAUGAUCCCAGUUAAUGUUAAAGUUCUGGAUAGACCUGGUCCUCCAGAUGGCCCGCUAGAAGUCAAAGGGGUCACAUCUGAGAAAUGUUAUCUGCACUGGAGCCAUCCCUCACACGAUGGUGGAGCCAGCAUCUCUCACUACAUCAUUGAGAAGAGAGAGACCAGUCGCUUGUCAUGGACCAUGGUUGAGCCCAAGAUCCAGGCUAUCAGCUACAAAAUCACAAAAUUGCUGCCUGGCAAUGAAUACAUAUUCAGAGUCACUGCUGUCAAUAAAUAUGGUAUUGGUGAUCCUUUGGAAUCUGCGCCUGUCAUUGCUCGCAACCCAUUCACCACUUCCAGUGCCCCGUCCACCCCAGAACCCAGCGCUAUCACUAGGGACUCCAUUGUGCUCACAUGGGAGAGACCAGAGAAUAACGGAGGAUCUGAGAUUGAUGGUUAUGUGCUUGAAAAACGUGAUAAGGAUGGCAUCAGGUGGACCAAGUGCAACAAGAAGAGGCUUACUGACCUGAGAUUUAGAUGCGGUGGCCUCACAGAGGGCCACUCUUAUGAGUUCAGGGUCUCAGCUGAAAAUGCUGCUGGUGUUGGAAAGCCUAGCGCACCAUCUGAAUACAUCAAAGCUUGUGAUGCCAUUUAUCCACCAGGAUGUCCGAAUAACCCCAAAGUCACAGACCAUUCGAGCACCACAGUCUCUCUGUCCUGGUCCAGGCCUAUCUAUGAUGGUGGAGCACAAAUCAGCGGAUAUGUUGUUGAGAUGAAGGAGGCAGCAGAUGAUGAGUGGGUCACUUGCACACCACACAGUGGUGUUCAGGCCACCAACUACACCGUAAAGCACCUUAAGGAGAAUGCAGAGUACAACUUCCGCAUCUGUGCUGUCAACUGUGAGGGUGUAGGAGAGCAUGUGGAUCUUCCAGGUUCUGUGAUUGCUGCAGAGAAGCUGGAGGCUCCUGAGAUUGAACUUGAUGCUGACCUGAGGAAGAUGGUUAAUGUUCGGGCCACUGCCACCUUGCGCCUGUUUGUGACCAUCAGAGGAAAACCUGAGCCUGAAGUCAAAUGGUCAAAGGCUGAUGGAGUUUUGAAUGAGCGUGCCCAGAUUGAUGUCACAAGCUCUUACACAAUGCUGGUGAUUGAGAAUGUCGAUAGAUUUGACACUGGCAAAUAUGUGCUGACCCUUGAGAACCUCAGUGGCUCUAAAUCAGCCUUCGUCAAUGUCAGAGUCCUAGACUCUCCCGGUGCUCCUACCAACCUGGGGGUUAAGGAUGUCAAGAGAAAUUCAGUCUCCAUCUGCUGGGAGCCUCCUCUUAUUGAUGGCGGAGCUAAGAUAUCACAUUAUAUUGUGGAGAAGAGAGAACAGAAGAGAAUGGCUUUCACCAGUGUUUGCACCAACUGCGUGAGGAACUCUUACCUUAUUUCUGACCUUCAGGAGGGAGGCCGAUACUAUUUCCGAGUUUUGGCUGUGAAUGAGCUGGGAGUAGGUUUGCCUGCAUCCACAGAUCAAGUCAAGGUUGCUGAGGCUCCUUUGCCCCCUGGCAAAAUAGUCCUGGUUGACGUAACUCGUCAUACCGUCACUCUUUCAUGGGAGAAACCUGAUCAUGAUGGAGGCAGCAAGAUUACAAGCUUUAUUGUGGAGAUGCAGCCCAAGGGAGAUGACAAAUGGACUGUGUGCAGUGAAGCCAAAGCACUGGAAGCUACUAUUGGUGGUCUCACAACUGGAGAGGAGUACUCCUUCAGGGUUACUGCUGUGAAUGAUAAGGGCAAGAGUGAUGCCAAGCCUCUGGCCAACCCUGUCGUGCUUAAGGACAUCACUAUGAUGCCCUACAUUAGCCAGUUGUACGACACAUACAGUGUAAGAGCAGGUGACGACCUGAAGAUUGAUGUUCCAUUCAGAGGCAGACCUCAGCCUGACGUGUCCUGGAAGAAGGACGGCCAUGUGCUUAAGCAGACAACCAGGGUAAAUGUUCUUACUUCCAAGACUUCAUCCAAGAUCACCAUCAAGGAUGCAACCAAGGAGGAUGUAGGAAAGUAUGAGAUCACUCUGACAAACUCAGUUGGCACAAAGAAAGGUGAAACUUCUGUUGUAAUCCUUGACAAACCUGGCCCACCCAGCAACAUUAAAUUUGAUGAGGUGAGCGCUGACUCCAUCAGUCUGUCUUGGGAUGCUCCAACUUAUGAUGGUGGAUGCCAAAUUAACAACUAUGUAGUUGAGAAGAAAGACACUACCACCAUUGCAUGGCAGAUUGUCUCAGCCACAGUAGCCAGGACUUCAAUCAAAGUCACACGUCUCAAUCAGGGAACGGAGUAUCAGUUCCGUAUUGCAGCUGAGAACCGUUAUGGCAAGAGUUCAGCCGUUGACUCUGCUCCCAUUGUUGCUCAAUAUCCCUUCGAGGCCCCUGGCACUCCUACCAACAUCCGUGUUUCCCAUGCCACCAAGUAUGGCAUGCUUGUGGAAUGGGGCAGACCGGCCAGUGAUGGUGGCAGCCCUGUAACUGGUUAUCACAUCGAAUGCAAAGACCAAAGCAGCAUCCUGUGGACCAAGGUCAACAGAGGUCUGCUGGCUGAGAACCAGUUUAAGAUGACAGGCAUUGAAGAAGGCCUGUUUUAUCAGUUCAGAGUCUAUGCUGAGAACAUUGCUGGAAUUGGUCCAUGCACUAAAGCCUGUGAACCUGUAGCAGCCAGGGAUCCAUGUGAAUCUCCACGGAACCUUAGAGUCACCAACAUUACCAGGACAUCAGUUUCCCUCUUCUGGGAAAAGCCAGAGUAUGAUGGUGGAGUGAAGAUAACCGGCUAUAUUGUUGAGCGCAAGGAACUUCCCAAUGGCCGCUGGCUUAAAUGCAACUUCACCAACCUGCAAGACACCUACUUCGAUGUCACAGGCCUCACAGAAGAUGUCCAAUAUGACUUCCAUGUCCUCGCUAAGAAUUCUGCGGAGCUGUUGAGUGAUCCCUCAGAGAGCACUGGUCCUGUCACUGUCAAGGAUGAUGUAGACCCUCCCACUAUUAUCCUGGAUGAUAAGCUCAGACAGCUGGUUGUCAUUAAGGCUGGAGAUAUCAUUCGAAUUGAUGCUGAAAUCACAGGCCGUCCACUCCCUGUUGUCUCCUGGUCUAAGGAUGGAAAGGAGAUCGAUGUCAAGGCCAGAUGUGAAAUCACUUCCACCAACUUUGGAACCACACUGAUAGUCAGAGAUGCUAUCAGGAGGGACUCUGGCCAGUAUGUCUUGACACUGCACAAUGUGGCAGGAACCAGGGCUGUGGCUAUCAACUGUAAGGUUUUGGACAGACCUGGACCUGCCUCAGGACCAAUGUCAGUGUCUGGCCUCACUGCAGAGAAAUGUACCAUAAUGUGGGGUCCCCCUCAGGAGAACGGUGGGGCUGAAAUCAUGCACUACAUUGUUGAGAAACGCGAGACCAGUCGCCUUGCCUGGACACUUGUCUAUGGUGACAUGAAGGCAACAACUUGUAAAGUGACCAAGCUGCUUAGAGGAAAUGAGUACAUCUUCAGAGUUAGGGGAGUCAACAAAUAUGGGGAUGGUGAGCCCCUGGAGAGUGAACCAACAAAGGCCAUUGAUCCAUUCACUGUUCCUGCGGCUCCCACUAAUGUUCAAGUCACCUCAGUUACUAGUGAGGCAAUGACCAUCUGUUGGGAAAGACCAACUUCUGAUGGUGGCAGUUCUAUCGCUGGCUAUGUCAUUGAAAAGAGAGAGAAGACUGGCCUUCGCUGGUGCCGUGUCAACAAGAAACCUGUUUAUGACCUUAGAGUCAAAGCCGGAAACCUUCAUGAUGGCUGUGAGUAUGAGUACAGAGUGUUUGCAGAGAACUCCGCAGGCCUCAGUGCUUCCAGCACCCCUUGCCCACUCACCAAAGCUGAAGAUCCUCAGUUCCUGCCCUCUCCUCCUGCCAAGCCUAAGAUCAUUGACUCUACAAAGACCACAGUCUCCCUGUCUUGGAAUAAGCCACUGUUUGAUGGCGGAGCACCUGUGACAGGUUACAAAGUCAAAUACAGGAAGUCUUCUGAUGAUGAAUGGAUGGUUGGAGUCCAGAAUACGAAGAACACAGAGUUCACAGUGGUGGGAUUGACACCUGGGACUGAAUAUGUGUUUGUUGUCAAAUCCAUAAACAAGAUUGGAGCCAGUGAGAAUAGCGCUGAGACAGACCGACAGGUCGCUAAAGAAAGAGAGGAAGAGCCUGUCUUUGACAUCAGCAAUGAGAUGAGAAAGACUCUUAUUGUUAAGGAUGGUAGCUCAUUCACCAUGAAAGUGCCUUUCAGAGGCAAACCCAUUCCCAGUGUUUCAUGGUCUAAGGCUGAUGUUGACCUCAGAGUUCGUGCUGUCAUUGACAACACAGACACCUUCACCUCCAUCACAUUAGAGAAAGCAACUCGCUACGACUCUGGCAAAUACGUCAUCACCUUGUCAAGCGUAUCUGGAACUGCCUCUUUGACCCUCAAUGUCCGAGUCUUAGAUUCCCCAGGACCUCCUACCCACUUGGAGGUCAAGGAUGUGACCAGAACCUCUGCUUCUGUCACCUGGGACACUCCUGAGAAUGAGGGAGGAGGACCAGUCAAGAACUACCUUGUUGAUAUCCGUGAGGCCAGUAAGAAGGGCUGGACCAGGUUGACUGACACAUGCCACAGACUGACUUACAAGGUGACAGACUUGCAGGAGGGAGGAGUCUUCUACUUCAGAGUGACAGGCGAGAACGAGUAUGGUGUUGGUGUUUCUGCUGAGACCAAAGAAGGAACAAAGAUCACAGAAAAACCAAGCCCACCACCAAAGCUGGGUGCAACUGAUGUGACCAAGGAGAGUGUGGCCCUGGCCUGGGCCAAACCAGAUCACGAUGGAGGCAGCAGAAUCACUGGGUACCUGGUGGAAGCUCUGGAGAAGGGCCAGGAGAAGUGGGUUAAGUGUGGUGUGACCAAGUUCAUCCACUUCACAGUGUUUGGUCUGAGGGAGAAUGCUGAGUACUUCUUCAGAGUCAGAGCAGAGAACCACGCUGGCUUCAGUGAUAUCAAGGAAUUGCUCACCCCAGUGGUGGUCAAAGACCAACUCGAAUCUCCUGAGAUGAACAUGAAGGACUUCCCACACAACACAGUAUAUGUAAGAGCCGGUUCCAACCUCAAGUGUGAGAUCCCACUGACAGGCCGGCCUUUGCCUAAAGUCUCCCUGUCCAAGGAUAACGUGUUACUCAAAUCAACCAUGAGGUUCAACUCUGAAGUAACCCCAGACAGCAUCAAGAUCACAUUGCGCGAGAGCAUUGCUGGAGACUCAGGACGCUAUGAUAUCAUUGCCUCUAACUCCAAUGGAACCACCAAAUCCUUCUUAAAUAUUGUUGUUCUGGACCGCCCCAGUGCUCCAGUUGGACCUGUCCAGAUGUUUGACAUCACAGAAGACAGCGUGUGCCUGGAGUGGCUCCCACCAGUAUAUGAAGGUGGCAGCCCUAUCACCAACUACAUCAUCCUGAAGAAAGAGACAACCUCAGCCAACUGGGUGGAAGUCUCUUCUGCUGUGGCUCGCUGCACCAUGAAGAUCAUGAAGCUGACCACUGGUCUAGCGUACCAGUUCAGGAUCAGAGCUGAAAAUAAAUAUGGCAUCAGUGAGCACAUUGACUCAGAAACUGUUGCUGUCAACCUUCCUUACACUCUACCUGAAGCUCCAUCGACUCCAGAGAUCACUGCUGUGACCAGGGAGACCAUCACUGUAGCCUGGCAGGAGCCUAAAUCAGACGGUGGCAGUCAUGUGUUCGGCUACCAUCUCCAGAUGAAAGACAGGAACAGCAUUCUCUGGCAGAACGUCAACAAAAUGGUGAUCCGUGCUACACACUACAAGGUCACCAACAUCAGUGCUGGACUUAUUUAUGAGUUCAAGGUAGCAGCAGAGAACGCUGCUGGAAUCAGCCUCUUCAGCAAGAUUUCUGAUGCAGUGUUGGCCAUUGAUGCCUGUGAGCCACCCAUCAACCUCCGCAUUAGUGACAUCACUAAGCACUCCAUUAGCCUGGCCUGGCAGAAGCCCAACUAUGACGGCGGAUCCUCCAUUAAUGGUUACAUCAUUGAGAAGAAAGAAGCCGUUAAUGCCAAGUGGUCCAAAGCUAACCUCACCAAUGUCACAGACACCCGCUACACUGUGACUGGCCUCACCCAGGACGAGACAUACGAGUUCAGAGUCAUGGCCAAGAAUGCUGUUGGUUCAGUCAGCAAUCCAUCCACGGUGGUUGGUCCAGCCACAUGCGUGGAUACCUAUGGUGCCCCAGAGAUUGAAAUACCUCAAGAGUACUUCAGUGAGGUCAAGUACAUGGCUGAGUCUAAUGUGGAGCUCAAGUUUAACAUCACAGCCAAACCUGCUCCCACAAUCGAGUGGUUUAAGGAUGGCAGGGAGCUUGCACCCAACAGCCAACUCUCCUUCAAACACACAUUUGAGUCCACCAGUCUGUUCCUGAAGGACACCACCCGUUUGAACUCUGGAAUCUAUGAGCUCCGUGUGAAGAACUCCAUGGGAUCUGCCAGCGCCAUCGUUAGGCUGCUUAUUCAAGACAAGCCAGGACCCCCUGAUGGCGAGAUUCAGUUUAAGAAGGUGACAGCUGACAACGCCACCAUCAUGUGGUCUCCCCCUUCGGAUGAGGGCGGUGCCAUGGUGACACAUUAUAUUGUGGAGAAGAGGGAGACCAGCAGGAUAAUGUGGUCCAUUGUCUCAGAAAAACUGGUUGACUGCAUUGUUAACGUGCCCAGACUCAUCCAAGGAAAUGAGUACAUCUUCCGAGUCCGUGGUGUGAACAAGUACGGCAUUGGAGACGCACUGGAGUCUGAACCUAUCGUUGCAAAGAACGCAUUUGUUCCUCCAAGCGAGCCAUCCAAGCCUAAAGUGAGCAUGAUCACAAAGUCCACCAUGACAGUGGUCUGGGAAAGACCAGCAAUAGAUGGAGGCAGCGACAUUGAUGGAUACUACCUGGAGAAGAGGGAGAAGAAGAGUCUGCAGUGGUUCAAGGUGGUGAAGGGCACCAUCAGAGACACCAGGCAGAAGGUCACCAACCUGACUGAGAACAACGAGUACCAGUACAGAGUUUGUGCUGUCAACAAGGCCGGAGCAGGAAACUACUCCGAGUGCUCGGACCUCCACAAGGCCUACGACCCCAUCGAUCUUCCUGGUGAGCCUUCCAAGCUGCGUCUCGUGGACUCCACGAAGACCUCAAUCACCCUUGGCUGGGAAAGGCCUGUCUAUGAUGGCGGCAGUGAAAUCACACACUACCUUUUGGAAAUGUUGAAUUCAGAGGAGAAAGAAUGGGCCAUCGUCAACCCACAGGUCAAGGCCUGCGAGUAUGUGGUGUCUCAUCUCAAACCUGGAACAUACUACUUCUUCAGAGUCUCUGCUGUCAACUGCAAGGGCAAAGGAGAAGACAUCAAAAUGUACCAGCCCCUUCAAGCCAAAGAUAUCUUGGAGGAGGCCGAUUUGGACUUGGACGUUCCCAUGACCACCCAGUACACCGCCAGGGCUGGCCGUGACGUGGAGGUGUUUAUCCCCUUGAAGGGACGCCCGGCCCCCAAUGUCACAUGGAGACGUGGCGACCGUAAUAUUGCUGCUGACAACCGUUACACCAUCACCAGCACUGAGCGCGCCACCACGCUCCUGAUCCCUAAGGUCAGCCGCGAUGACCGCGGCAAGUACCUGCUGGAGAUUGAGAACGGUGUGGGAGAACCCAAGAUUAUCAUUGUGUCCCUUAAGGUUCUGGACAGUCCAGCCAUCUGUCAGAAACUCAUGAUCAAGAAUGUGACAAGAGGAAAGCUGAGCCUCAGCUGGGAGGCUCCUCUCAUUGAAGGCGGUUCCCCUGUCACACAUUACAUUGUCGAGAAGAAGGCAUCCACCAUGAAGGCUUACCAGGUGAUCAAUGCCGAGUGUACCAACACAACUUACAAGGUGACAGGCCUGGAGGAGGAUGUAGCUUACUUCUUCCGUGUGUCUGCUGAAAAUGAGUAUGGUGUGGGCGAGACAUGUGAAACCACUGAACCUGUAAGAGCCACGGAAACUCCUGGAGCUGUUAAAAACCUGUUGAUGGCGGACUCUACAAAGACCUCUGUUACCCUGCAGUGGACCAGACCUGACCACGAUGGUGGAAGCCACAUCACUGAGUACAUCAUCGAGAAGAGAUCAAAGGAAGAUCCUACCUGGACUUUAGGAGCAACAUGCAAGCGCCUGAGCUGUGAGGUGACGGGACUCAAGGAGAAGGCUGAAAUGGACUUCAGAGUGUUUGCCAAGAAUGAGAAGGGCAACAGUGACUUCUCCCAGAUUGGUCCGAUCACAGUGAAGGACUUCAUCAUUCUGCCUGAAGCCAACCUCAUUGACUACCCUAACGGAGAUCUUGCUGUCCGUGUUGGUCAGAACAUACACAUUGAGUUGCCCUUCAAGGGUAAGCCAACGCCUUCAAUCAGCUGGCUGAAGGAUAACCAGCCUCUGAAGGAAAGCGACAAGAUUCGCUUUAGGACCACUGACAACAAGACGGCGGUCACAGUCAGAGGAGCCAAGAAGGAGAACGCCGGCCAGUACACUCUGGUUCUGGACAACAGAACUGUCAAGAACUACUUUGACAUUAAUGUGGUCACUCUUGGACCCCCCUCAACACCUGUUGGACCCAUCCGCUUCGAUGAGAUCAAAGCACAGAGUAUCAUCAUUUCAUGGGAUGAGCCGAAGGAGGACGGAGGUGGUGAGAUCACCUGCUACUGUGUGGAGAAACGUGAAACCUCCCAGGCCAACUGGAAGAUGGUCUGCUCCAGUGUUGUCAGGCCCACUUUUAAGAUUCCUAACCUGGUCAAGGGAACUCAGUACCAGUUCAGAGUCCGUGCAGAGAACAAGUAUGGGGUCAGUGAUUCUCUUGCAUCCUCAGAAGUUGUUGCCCAGCACCAGUACAAACCUCCAGGACCGCCACCAAAACCAGUGGCCUUCAACGUUACCUGUGAUGGUAUCACCAUCAGGUGGGACGCCCCAGGAUUCGACGGAGGAUCCCCCAUUUUGGGCUAUCAUGUUGAAAAGAAGGACAGGAACAGCCUCUUGUGGCAGAAGGUGAACUCUACCAUAAUCUCCAACAAAGAGUACAGGAUCAUAGGUCUCAUUGAGGGUCUGGAGUACUCCUUCAGAGUCUACGCUGAGAACAACGCUGGACUCAGCCCUGUUAGUGAACAGAGCAAACAUGCCCUCGCUAUAGCCCCUGUUGAUCCACCUGGCAAACCUGUCUGCAUCGAUGUAACCAGAGACUCAGUCACCCUUAAGUGGGACAUCCCUGAGAGGGAUGGUGGCAGAAAAAUUGUAGGCUACAGUAUUGAGAGGCGCCAAGGUAGAGGCAAAUGGCUGCGAUGCAACUUCACUGAUGUCUGCGAGACCCAGUUCACUGUGACUGGUCUCUCCGCUGGAGACAGAUACGAGUUCAGAGUCAUUGCCAGAAAUGCUGUGAGCACAGUCAGUCCACCAUCUAACUCCUCUGGAUACAUCAUGACAAAGGAUGAGAGCAUUUCUCCUGACAUUGAAUGGUCUGCAGACCAGGCACUCACCCUGAAGGCCGGUGAGAACCUUAAGCUCAGCUGCAGCAUCACUGGACGUCCCGUGCCCCAGGUUAUCUGGUAUAAGGAUGGCAAAGAGAUUGACAGGAGGACCAUGUAUGACAUUGAGAUUACCACCGGCAUUGGCACCAGCAAUCUUUUUGUACGCGAUGCUGACCGGAACCAUCGUGGUAUUUACACAAUAGAAGCGAAAAACAGCUCCGGUACCAAGAAAGCUGAUGCCAACGUCAGAGUACAAGAUACCCCCGGACCUGUUGAGGGUCCCAUCCGUUUCACUGGCAUCACGGCUGAGAAAUGCACCGUGUGGUGGAACCCGCCGGAAAACGAUGGCUGUGCCGCCAUCAGCCACUAUACGGUGGAGAAGAGGGAGACGUCCAGGAUCACCUGGGCCAUGGUCACCUCCAAAUGCGAAGCCUGUUCUUACAAUGCUGCAAACCUCAUCAAGGGCAAUGAAUAUCAGUUCAGAAUCUGUGCUGUCAACAAGUUUGGUGUUGGCAAAUCUCUGGACUCUGAUGCCUUCAUUGCACAGAUGCAAUACACUGUGCCGGAUGCCCCUGGUACCCCAGAUGCCACCCAUGUGACUGGAAACAGCAUCACCAUGUGCUGGACCAGACCAAGGUCCGAUGGAGGCAACGAGAUCAAGCAGUACAUCCUGGAGAGGAGAGAGAAAAAGAGCUUACGCUGGGUGAAGGUUUCCUCCAAGAGGACCAUCACAGAGCUGAGACACCGUGUCACCAACCUCACCGAGGGCAACGAGUACGAGUUCCGCAUCAUGGCUGAAAAUGGAGCUGGCAUCGGACCGGCCAGCAGUACUUCCAGGCUCAUCAAGUGCAGAGAACCAACAAGCGCACCUAGCUCUCCCACAUUGAUCAAGGUCGCUGACUCCACCAAGAACUCCAUUAGCCUGGAAUGGACCAAGCCUGUCUUUGAUGGCGGCUUGGAAAUCAUCGGCUACAACAUCGACAUGUGCAAGGCCAGUCUGGAGGAGUGGCAUAGAGUGAACAACCAGAUGUGCAUCCACACCAGUUACACUGCUAAGGGCCUGGUGCCUGGAGAGCUCUACAAGUUCAGGGUCAGCGCGGUGAACGGGGCCGGAGAGAGUGAAGCCUCAGGGUUGCCAAACGCUGUUCAGGCUCUAGACAGACUUAGAUCUCCUGAGAUUGAACUUGAUGCCAGCUUCAAGCAGACCCACAUUGUGAAGAAUGGCGGGACUGUCACCCUCCAAGUUCCCUUCCGUGGCAAACCAGCACCUCUUGCCACCUGGGCUAGGGUAGAUGGUGAGCUGCCUGUCAUGGCUGAUGUUAACAACACAGAAUGCUGCUCCACUUUGACCAUCGAGAACUGCACGAGGUACGAAGCCGGCAAAUACACUCUGUCCCUGGAGAACAACAGCGGCCGCAAGUCCAUCACCUUCACUGUCAAAGUGCAGGACACACCCGGACCUCCGGGAGCCAUUACCUUCAAAGACGUAACACGCGGAGCCUUAACGGUUAUGUGGGACGCCCCCACCAAUGAUGGCGGAGCCCGGAUCCACCAUUACAUCGUGGACAAGCGAGAGGCCAGCCGCCUGGCGUGGCAAGAGGUCAGCACCAAGUGCUCUCGCCAGAUGAUCAGGGUAACAGGUCUGGAUGUUGGUCUGCCAUACGUGUUCAGGGUGAUUGCCGUGAACCAGUACGGCCAGGGAGAUCCUUUCGAGAUGACGGAGCCCGUCAUGGCCACAGAAGAACCUGCACCACCCAGGAGACUGGAUGUUGUAGACACCACCAACUCCACAGCCUCCCUGGUGUGGCUGAAGCCUGAGCAUGAUGGAGGCAGCCGCAUCAGAGGCUACAUUGUUGAAUUCAAAGCUAAAGGCACCGACCGCUGGAAUUUUGGUGGAGAGACCAGAUCUCUGAAGAUGCUGAUGGAGGGCCUGAUUGAAAACACAGAGUACGACUUCAGAGUAAGGGCCAAGAAUGAUGCUGGAAUCAGCGAGCCUCAGGGCACCUUCAGCUCCGUGGUCAUCAAGGAGCCUCGCAUUGAACCGACAGCCGACCUCAGCAGCAUCACCAACCAGCUCAUCACCUGCAAGACCUCCAACACCUUAACAAUCAGCAUCCCCAUCAGUGGCAGGCCUGCACCCAAAGUCACCUGGAAACUGGAGGAGAUGAAGCUUAAGGAGUCUGACAGAGUCUGCAUCACCACCACAAAGGAGAUCACCACUCUGACGGUUAGAGACAGCAAGAGGAGCGACAGCGGCAAGUACUACCUGAUCCUGGAGAACGUUGCUGGUGUGAAGACGUUCACAGUGACCGUGGUUGUCGUGGGUAGACCGACUCCACCCACAGGCCCUGUGAAGAUUUCUGAAGUCUCCUCAGAUUCCUGCAGCCUGUCCUGGUCCGAGCCAGCCGACGAUGGCGGCACGGAAAUCAGCAACUAUAUUGUGGAGAAACGGGAGUCUGGCUCCGCCUCCUGGCAAGUGGUAAACUCCAGUGUGAAGAGAACCCACAUCAAAGUGACCAACCUCACCAAGUACAUGGAGUACACCUUCAGGGUGUGCGCCGAGAACAAGUUUGGAGUCAGCAAGUCCACAGAGUCUGCGGCGGUGGUCAUUGAGCAUCCAUUUGUUCCUCCAAGUCCUCCAACUCGCCCAGACGUGGUUUCCGUGUCCGCGAACGCCGUCGGCAUCAAAUGGGACUUACCCUAUGACGACGGCGGAAGCAAGGUGACGGGCUACUGGAUCGAGAAGAAGGAGAGGAACACCAUCCUGUGGGUGAGAGAGAACAAGCUGCCCUGCCUGGAGUGCCACUACAAGGUGUCCAACCUGAUCGAGGGUCUGGAGUACCAGUUCAGGGUCUAUGCCAUGAACAUCUCCGGAUUCAGCAAGGCCAGCGAGGCCUCCCGACCAGUGGUGGCCCUCAAUCCUGUUGAUCCUCCUGGUAAACCCGAGGUGACAGACAUCACUCACAGCUCAGUGUCGCUGUGCUGGACCAUACCGUUCAACGACGGCGGCAGCAAGAUUGUGGGCUACGUGGUGGAGAGGAAAGUCCACAGCACGGACGAGUGGGACGACAACCGCUGGCUCAAGUGCAACUACACCACCAUCAGCGAGAACUACUUCACCGUCACCAACCUGGGAGAGGGCGAGACCUUGGAGUACCGCGUCAUCGCCAAGAACGCUGCCGGCGUCCACAGCGCGCCCUCUGAGAUCACCGGCCCGGUCACAUGCAAGGAUGAAUACUCUCCUCCUAAGGCUGAGCUGGACAGUAAGCUGGUGGGUGAGACCAUCAUCGUCCACGCCGGCUCAGACCUGGUUCUGGACGGCGCCGUGGGCGGUAAACCCGAGCCCACCGUGUACUGGUCCAAGAGCGAGAAGAUCCUGGAGCUGGGAGAGAAAUACUCCCUGACCUACACCGCUACCAGAGCAAUGGCCGUCAUCAAGAGCUGCGACCGCUACGACACGGGGAAAUACGUCCUGACCGUGAAGAACGCCAACGGACUGAAGACCGCCACCGUCAACGUCAAAGUCCUGGACACCCCCGGAGCUCCGGCCGACAGCAUCACCAUCAGCAGGGUGACGGAGGAGAAGUGCUCGGUGUCCUGGAAGAUUCCUCUGGAGGACGGCGGAGACAUCGUCACGCACUACAUCGUGGAGCGCCGCGAGACCAGCCGCCUCAACUGGGUCAUCAUGGAGACGGAGUGCAAGACGCUGUCCUGCGUCAGCAGCCGCCUCAUCAAGAACAACGAGUACGUGUUCAGGGUCCGCGGAGUCAACAAGUUCGGAGUCGGGAUUCCCCUGGAGUCCGAGCCCGUCAUUGCGAGGAACGCCUACACCAUCACGUCUCAGCCGGGUACUCCGGAGGCGAUGGCGGUGGGCAAAGAGCACGUGGUCAUCGAGUGGCUGAAGCCCGAGACGGACGGAGGCAGCGAGAUCAAAACCUACUUGGUGGACAAACGGGAGAAGAGCAGCACCAGGUGGACCCGGGUGAACAAGAACUUCACCAUCUACGACACCCGACUGAAGAUUACGGGUCUGCUGGAGGGCAGCGAGUACCAAUUCAGGGUGACGGCCGUCAAUGCUGCCGGAGACAGCCAGCCGAGCGACGCCUCGGCCUACAUCCUCUGCAAAGACCCCACAUACACCCCAGCUCCUCCCUCCAUGCCUCGCAUCACUGACACCACAAAGCACAGCAUCAGCAUGACGUGGACGCGCCCGAUGUACGACGGCGGCAGCGACGUCAGCGGCUACGUGGUGGAGAUCCUGGAGGAGGGAACCGAGCAGUGGUACCGCGCCACUGCCAAGGCCCUGACAACCAACGAGUAUGUGGCCGCCGGCCUCGCCGCCAACAAGAAGUACCGCUUCAGAGUGGCCGCCAUAAACAGAAAGGGCACCGGAGAGUUCAGCGAGGCCAGCGCCGAGGUGGAGCCACUGGAGAGGAUCGAAAUGCCGGACUUGGAGCUGUCGGACGACCUGAAGAAGACGGUGUGUCUUCGCGCCGGGGGAACCCUGCGCCUGGUGGUGUUCGUCAGCGGCCGGCCCGCCCCGGUGAUUUCCUGGAGGAAGACAGGGGUGGAGCUGCAGAGCCGCGGGUACAUCGAGACCACGGAGAGCUACACUUCCCUGAUGGUGGAGAAGGUCAACCGGUACGACACCGGGAAAUACAUCGUGGAGGCGGAGAACCCGUCGGGAAAGAAGACCAUCACCAUCCUCGUCAAAGUCUACGACACACCCGGCCCCCCCUCCGCGGUGAACGUGAAGGACUACACCAAGGAGUCGGUGGUGAUCACCUGGGACGUUCCCAGCAUGGACGGCGGCGCCCACGUCAGCAACUACAUCGUGGAGAAGCGCGAGGCCAGCAUGAAGUCCUACAAGACGGUGACCACGGAGUGCCGCAAGACCCUGUUCCGCAUCACCGGGGUGGAGGAGGGUGUGCACUACUUCUUCAGGGUGCUACCCGAGAACAUCUACGGCGUGGGCGAGCCCUGCGAGACGCAGGAGGCGGUGCUGGUGUGCGAAGUGCCGUCAGUGCCGCUCGACCUGCAGCUGGUGGACGUCACCAAGUCCUCCGCCACGCUGCGCUGGGAGCAACCCGCGUACAACGGAGGCAGCCGGAUCAACGGUUACUCCAUCGAGGCCUGCAAGGUGGGCUCCGACAGGUGGAGCGCCGUGGCCUCAGUGAAGGCCUCCGCGUUGCAGCACACCGUCACCGCGCUGACCGAGAACGACCAGUACCUGUUCAGAGUCAGAGCCACAAACAGCAGGGGGGCCAGCGAGCCCAUGGACACCGUCACCCCCGUCACCAUCCAGGACAUCAAGGUGAAGCCCAAGAUCGACAUGACCAGCAUCCCUCAGAAGAUCGUGUACGUUCACCGAGGGAAACCCAUCAACCUGAACCUGCCCAUCCAGGCCCAACCGCUGCCCGUCUGCUCCUGGUUCUUCGCCGGCGUUAAGCUGAAGGACAGUCUGGACCGCAUCAAGAUCGACAGCAGCACCAAGAGCAGCAGGCUGACGGUCCGCGAGACCUCCAUCAACGACACCGGAGACUACGCCCUGGAGGUGAAGAACGCCUUGGGCAGCGCCAGAGAGGUCAUCAAGGUCAUCAUCCUCGACAAGCCCGGCAUCCCGGUGGGCCCGGUCCGUAUCGAGGAGGUGGACGGCGUGUCUGUGACAACAAGCUGGGAUCCUCCGGAGAAGGACGGCGGUGCCAACGUGACGGGCUACGUGGUGGAGCAGCGAGACGCCCACCGGCCCGGCUGGGUCACCGUGUCCGAGUCCGUGACCCGACCCUGCUUCAAGUUCACACGUCUCUCGGAGGGAACCGAGUACGUGUUCCGCGUCGCCGCCAUGAACCGCUUUGGCAUCGGCGGCUUCCUGCAGUCCGAGGUGGUGGAGAACAAGAGCCCCAAGACCAUCCCCGGACCACCAAGCCAACCAGAGAUCCUGGAUGUGACCCACGAGGGCAUGACGCUGACCUGGGGCGCCCCCGAGGACAACGGGGGUUCCACCAUCGCCGGCUACAUCAUCGAACGUAAGGAGGCGCAGUCGGACCGCUGGAUGAAGAUCAGCAAGAACCCGGUCACCAUGACCCGGUACCGAUCCUCUGGGCUCAUCGAAGGCCAGGAGUACGAGUACCGCGUCACCGCCAUCAACUCCAGGGGAGCGGGUAAACCCAGCGAGAGCUCAGAGAUCACCGUCGCCAUGGACCCCAUCGACCCCCCUGGCGCUCCUCUCCGCCCUAUCGUCACCGACACCACCCGCUCAUCAGUGUCUCUGGCCUGGAUGCCGCCAGAGGAGGAGGGCGGCGCCGCGGUCACCGGAUACUUCAUCGAGAUGCAGAAGGUGGACCAGGUGGAAUGGACCCUGUGCAACACCACCCCCACCAAGAUGUGCGAGUACACCCUCACACACAUGCCGCAGAGCGCCGAGUACAAGUUCAGAGUCAUUGCCUGCAACCCUGGCGGCACCGGGGAGGCCGCUGAGGUCCCCGGGGUCGUGAAGGUCCAGGAGAUGCUCGGUUACCCCGACUACGAGCUGGAUGCUAAGUAUGAGGAGGGCUACGUGGUGCGCCAGGGCGGCGUCAUCCGUCUGUCUGUCCCGAUCAAAGGCAAACCCAUCCCGUCCUGUAAGUGGACGAAGGACGGCCGCGACAUCGCCCACCGCGCCAUGAUCGCCUCCAACGAUGACAUCACCGAGCUGGUGAUCAAAGAGGCGCACAAAGACGACACGGGAUCCUACGACCUGGUGCUGGAGAACAAGUGCGGCAGGAAGGCCGUCUACAUCAAGGUGAAGGUGAUCGGCCGCCCCGAUGUUCCUGAAGGUCCUCUAGAGUUCGACGACAUCCAGGCCCGCUCGGUGCGCGUCAGCUGGAGGCCGCCGUCCGACGACGGUGGCUCUGACAUCCUGGGCUACCUAGUGGAGAGAAGGGAGGUCCCGAAGGCCGCCUGGUGCACCGUGGACUCCCGGGUCACUGAAACCUCUCUGGUGGUGAAGGGUCUGAAGGAGAACGUGCAAUACCACUUCAGGAUCUCUGCGGAGAACCAGUUCGGCAUCAGCAGGUGUCUGAAGUCUGAGGAGGCCGUCACGCCCAAAACUCCCCUGUGCCCACCAGAGCCACCCAGCAACCCCCCAGAGAUCAUGGAGGUCACCAAGACAACAGUGGCGCUCUCCUGGUCUCGUCCACGGGACGACGGCGGCUCCAGAGUCACCGGGUACUAUGUGGAGAGGAGGGAGGUGUCCACGGAGAAGUGGGUCCGCCACAACAAGACGCACAUCACCACCACCAUGUACAACGUCACCGGACUCAUCCCUGAUGCAGAGUACAUGUUCAGGGUGGUGGCACAGAACGAUAUCGGCAAGAGUGAGGCCGGCCCCCCAUCCGAGUCCGUGGUCUGCAAAGAUCCAUUCGACAAACCCAGCCAGCCUGGAGAGAUCGACAUCAUCUCCGUCACCAAAGACUGCAUCACCAUCCACUGGCAGCGGCCCGAGCACGACGGAGGCAAAGAGAUCCUCGGCUACUGGAUCGAGUUCAGGGAGGCCGGAGAGAGCGCCUGGAAGAAAUGCAUCAAGGAGCGCUCCAAGGACCGACAGUUCACCAUGGGCGGCCUGAUGGAGGCCACUGAGUACGAGUUCAGGAUCUUUGCCGAGAACGAGACCGGACUCAGCCGACCCCGCCGCACGCCCAUGGGCAUCAAGACCAAACUGAGCGUCGGUGAGGCUCCAGCUCUGAAGGAACUGAUGGAAGACGUCACCACGAAGCUCGGCGAGUCCGGCACGCUGACCUGCGGCAUCAUUGGCCGCCCGCUGCCCGAGAUCAAGUGGUACCGCUACGGCAGGGAGCUGAUCCAGAGCCGCAAGUACAAGAUGAGCUCCGACGGGAGAAAUCACUCGCUCAGCAUCCUGACUGACGAGCAGGAGGACGAGGGUGUGUACACCUGCCGGGCCGUCAACGAGGCCGGCGAGGUCGAGACCAGCGGCAAACUGCGCUUGCAGGCGGCGCCGCAGUUCCAUUCCGGCUUCCCUCUGAAGGAUAAAUACUACGCCGGGGCUGGAACCAGCCUCCGCCUCCACGUGGUCUACAUUGGACGUCCUAUCCCUCAGAUCAUGUGGUUCUACGGCAAGAAGCCUCUGAACGCAUCGGAGAAUGUGAUCAUUGAGAACACAGAGAGCUACACCCACCUGGUGGUGAGGAACGUCCAGAGGAAGACCAACGCCGGCCGCUACAAGGUGCAACUCAGCAACGUGUAUGGCACCGUCGACACCUCGCUGCGCGUGGAGAUCCAAGAUAAACCAUGCACCCCUGAGGGCCCUCUGAUUGUUGAAGCCCUGUUGAAGAGCUCCAUGGUCAUCAGCUGGAAGGCUCCCAAGGACGACGGAGGUUCCAUGAUCACCAACUACAUUGUGGAGAAACGUGAGGCCAAGGAAGGCGAGCAGUGGCACCUGGUGUCCUCCUCUGUCUCCGGCACCACCUGCAGAGUCCCCAACCUGAUAGAAAAUGCUGGCUACUACUUCAGGGUCUCUGCGCAGAACCAGUACGGAGUCAGCGAGGCUCUAGAGAUCCCAUCUGUGGUCAUCGUAAAGAGUCCAUUUGAAAAACCUGGCAUCCCACAGCAGCCGUUCAUCAUGAGCUCCACCAAGGACUCCUGCGUCGUCUGCUGGAAGCCUCCAAGCAGCGAUGGUGGUGCUAAGAUCUCCAGUUACUACCUGGAGAAACGCGAGAAGAAGCAGAACAAGUGGAUGUCGGUCUCUAGCAAGAAGAUCCAGGAGACCAACUUCGAGGUCACAGCCUUGAUCGAGGGCUUCGAGUACGAGUUCCGUGUCAAGUGCGAGAACCUGGGCGGCGAGAGCGACUGGAGCGAAAUCUCAGCGCCAAUCAUCCCCAGGUCCGAACAGUCUCCUCGCGCUCCCGCCUUCAGGGAGGAGAUCCGGGAUAUGACAGCCAAAUACAAGGCCAAUGCCACAUUUGUCACCAAGGUGGUGGGACAUCCCAAGCCUCUGGUGAAAUGGUACCGCAGUGGAAAGGAGAUCGAGGCCGAUGGAACCAAAAUCAAAGCCCAGGAGUUCAAGGGCGGCUACUACCAGCUGGUGAUCAUUGCCGCUGAUGAGCGCGACGCUACCGUUUACCAAGUCAGAGCAACCAACUCCUAUGGAUCCAUCUCUACCACCGCCAACCUGGAAGUGGAAGUUCCUGCCAAGAUCCACCUUCCCAAGGAGCUCCAGGGAAUGGGUGCCGUCAAUGCUGCCCGUGGUGAUCAAAUUACCAUCAAGAUCCCCAUCUCUGGCAAACCUGAGCCAGCAAUCACUUGGCAGAAGGGUCAGGAGAUCCUGUCCAACUCUCCAUAUCACCAAGUCAUCACCACCAGGUCCUUCACUUCACUGGUGUUCCAGAAGGGAAUGGAGAGGAAAGAUACCGGCUACUACAUCAUCACCGCGAAGAACAGGUUUGGAACAGACAAGCAAACCAUUGAGGUGAACGUGGCGGACAUACCUGAACCACCAAAGGGACUCAUUGUCAGCGAAAUCUCUCGAGACUCCAUCACCUUGGCCUGGCAGCCACCUGCAAACGAUGGCGGGAGCGACAUCAUUGGGUACAUUGUGGAGAAGUGUCCCACCACCGCCGACAGGUGGAUCCGUGCCGGACAGACCACGGACUGCAGCAUCAACAUCCUCAACAUAUUUGGAAAGACCAAGUACCAGUUCAGAGUCAUCGCAGAGAACCAGUUUGGCCUGAGUGCUCCUUGCGAGCCAACAGAGCCCAUCACCACAAAGGAAGACAAGUCGGUGACUAGGAACUACGACGAGGAAGUGGACGAGACCAGAGAGGUCUCCAAGGAGGAGGCUCUUGUCUACAAGGUGAAGGAGCUGACCUCCAAGUACGUCAUCUCUGAGGAACUCGCCCGCUGCCAGUUUGGAGUGGUCCACCGCUGCACAGAGAUCGCCACAAAGAAAACCUUCAUGGCCAAGUUCAUCAAGGUGAAGGGAACUGACCGUGAGUUGGUUCUCAGAGAAAUUGAAGCUCUCAACGUAGCAAGGCACAAGAACGUCAUCUACCUGCAUGAAUACUUUGAAAGCAUGGAAGAAAUCAUCCUCAUCUUUGAAUUCAUUUCUGGUGUUGACAUCUUUGAGCGCCUUGGCACCAGCAACUUUGAGCUGACAGAGAAGGAGAUCGUCUGCUACCUGAGACAAGUCUGCUCUGCCCUCAAGUUCAUGCAUAGCAAAAACUUCGGACACUUUGAUAUCCGCCCAGACAACAUUGUCUACAGCACAAGAAGAAGCACGACCGUAAAGAUUAUUGAGAUGGGCCAGGCUAGGCUGCUGGUGCCUGGUGAAAACAUCAGAGCGCUGUUCAUGGCUCCGGAGUACUGUGCCCCUGAGAUCCACCGCCACGACCUGGUCACAACAGCCACUGAUAUGUGGUCUGUUGGUGUGCUGGCCUACGUUUUGCUCAGUGGCCUCAAUCCGUUCGCCGGAGAGUCCACUACAAAGAUGAUUGAGAACAUCUCCAGCUGUGAGUACAUCUUUGACAGCGAAUCAUUCAAGGACAUCAGCCUGGAGGCUAUGGACUUUGUGGACAGACUCCUAGUCAAAGACAGGAAGCUCCGUAUGACAGCUCAUGAGGCUCUGGAGCAUCCAUGGCUCAAGAUGAAGAUUGAGAAUGUCAGCACCAAGGUCAUCAGGACAUUAAAACACAGAAGGUACUAUCAGUCUCUCGUUAAGAGGACAGAUACCAUUGUGUCAGCAGCCCGUGUGGCCUACGGUGGUGCCUUCAAGAACCAGAGAGGAUACGCUGUGGGUAAAGUGAAGAUCGGAACCGAGUACCACGGCCUACGCACCGGACCCGUCAUGCACUGCUCAGCUGAGGAAGGUGGCCAUGUCAGAUUCUGUUGUAGCAUCUUCGACUACGACAAGAGCACUCAGGUGACAUGGUACUUCGGUAACCGCCAGCUCCACGCAAGCAACAAGUAUGAAAUCACUUACAGCAACGGCUUUGCCAGCAUCUAUGUGAAGGACAUUGAAGAGAGUGAUAACGGAGUGUACAGAUGCAAGGUGGUGAGCGACGACGGAGAGGACAGUUCUUACGGAGAGCUGUUUGUUGAUACAGUGAGGAGCAUUAGAGAGCACUAUAUCAGCCGCUCCAUCAAGAAACUGAGGAAGAGAGUGGACAAGUCUAAACUCCUACAGAGACCACCAGAGUUCACUUUGCCUCUCUACAAUCGCUCUGCCUACUUUGGCGAGGAUGUUCGCUUCGGUGUCACCAUCACCGUACACCCUGAGCCUCAUGUGGCAUGGCUUAAGAACGGAGAGAGAAUUAAACCAGGCGAGGAUGACCGGAAGUACACGUUCACCAGUGACAAGGGUCUUUACCAGCUGAUGAUCCACAACGUGGAUGCAAGUGACGAUGCAGAAUACACCGUCAUGGCCCACAACAAGUUUGGAGAAGACAGCUGCGUGGCCCGUCUCACUGUGACACCUCAUCCCGUGAUGGAGGAAACAAUGAGGCCCAUGUUCAAACGCCUGCUGGCUAAUGUGGACUGUGUGGAAGGAAACAGCGUCCGCUUCGAGCUCAGAGUCUCAGGUAUCCCAACUCCUACUCUGAAGUGGCAGAAGGACGGUCAUGCACUGGAGUUUGGCCACAAGGUCGUUGUCAUAGAGGAGGACGUUGACUACCAUGUCCUGCACAUCAGAAACACUCUGCUCGAGGACUCUGGUGUGUACCAGGUUACUGUAACCAACUGUGCUGGAUCUGCAAGCUGCCAGGCCACACUGAAGGUGGACCGCCUUACCUACACCAGGAGGGAGUACAAGAGCGAGGAAGAGAAAUACUGGCACGUACAGAAACAAAUUGAAAAGACCAACAAGAUGGCUCAAAAGAUUGUUGCCACUGAGGAGAUGGUAGCUCUCAACCCCACGGCCCAUGAUGCACUGAAGUUUGCUGCAGAGAUGUACAAGCCUGCGGUGAGCACCAAGAAUGUGGAGGGAGAGUUCGACAUCACGGUGCAGAAGUCCGAGACUAAGAAGCUGGAGGAGGAGAGGAGGAUCUUCAUGCCCUAUGAGAUCCCCGAGCCUCAGGUGCACGAUCCUAAAGCUCUGGACGAGGACAAAACGAUCAAACAGUUUGUGCCUCUGUCUGACAUGAAGUGGUACAGAAAGCUGAAAGACCAGUAUUUGGUUCCAGAGAGGAUGGAGAAGAUUGUGCAGAAGAGGCAGAGACGCAUCCGCCUGUCCAGGUGGGAACAGUUCUAUGUCGUGCCCCUCCCCAGAAUCACUGACCAGUACAGGCCAAGAUGGCGUAUUCCAAAACUCAGUCUGGAUGACCUGGAGACUGUCAGACCAGGCCGCCGUUCACCUUCUCCUGAAUCCGAGGCUUCCUUCAGAUCAAGAAGGAGAUCUCUGGGAGACCUCAGUGACGAGGAGCUGCUGAUGCCCGUGGAUGACUACCGCUCUAUGAGGAGAACCGAGGAGGAGAAAAUGAUGCUGGAAGACGAACUGGAGCUCGGCUUUUCUGCCUCUCCUUCUGGAAGCCCAGUCCGCAUGGAAGUGCGUGAAGAGAGGAGGCAUGAGGUCCGACAUGAGGCUGUGGAGGUCAUCGAGACCAAGAAAAAGCGCACUGUUUCUCAGUUCAUGAGAAGGAGAAGAUCUCUGUCUCCUACUUAUAUCGAGCUCAUGCGUCCAGUCUCAGAGCUGAUCAGACCAUCUCGUGCCAAGCCUCCGGUGGAAGUAGAGGGAGAGGUUGUGACGAGGAGAUCCCCCACCCCGGAGAGGACACGCCCCCGAUCUCCCAGCCCCAUCAGGUCUGUCGAAAGGUUGUCCCGCUCUUCCUCUAGGUUUGAACGGUCCGCCCGCUUAGACAUCAUGUCCCGCUACGAGUCCAGAAAGGCUGCCCUGAAGUCUGAGAGGAAAUACCAGGUGGUUAGCCAGACACCCUUCAGCCUGGACCACGCUCCCCGUGUGACCGUCAGGAUGCGCUCUCAUCGCGUACCCAUUGGCCAAGACACCAAGUUCACCCUGAACAUCCAGUCCAAGCCUGACGCCGACGUCAAGUGGUUGCACAACGGAAAUGAAAUCUCUGAGAGCAGCGAAAAAUAUGUCUUCACCGACAUGAGUGGAGUUCUUUCCAUCGCUAUUCUGGACUGCCAGGCAGACGACAGUGGCACAUACCGCUGCGUGUGCUCCAACUCCAAGGGAGAAGCUUCCGACUACGCCACCCUUGAUGUCUCCGGUGGCGGCUACACCACCUUCUCCUCCCGUCGCAGGGAUGAGGAAGUCCAAAAGGGAUUUGUCCCUGAAGUAACCAAGGUCGACCACUAUCACACCACUCACUUCAAAGCUGGCUAUUCUGCGGAGAGCCACUUGCAGGUGGAAGAGAGCAAGUCUAAGCUAACGGAGAAACAUGAGGUUACCACACGGGAGAGAUACGCCGCCUCCUCAGAGAGGUACUCCUCCGCUGAGAGGUACGAUUCAUCCAUCAAGUUCGCUGCUGCUGAAUACCUGUCAUCUGACUCCUCCUACUCAUCAGAGAGGUUCUCUCUGUCUGGGAAACGCACCAUGUCUGAAGCUAAAGUGAAGUCAUCCUCUGUCGGGGAAAGUGCCAUCCACAAGGUAGCGCCUUCUCUCCCCGCCAGGAUGCUCACCAAGCCCCAGUCGGUUACCGUUUCAGAGGGAGAGUCAGCCAAAUUCACCUGUGAUAUCGAUGGGGAGCCUGCACCAACUGUAACGUGGAUGUACGAGAGCCGAACCAUCGUCACUUCUCACCACGUCCAAGUCACCACCACUCAGUACAAGUCCAGCUUCGAGAUCUCCUCCGUGACGACCUCAGAUGAGGGCAGUUAUACGGUUGUGGUCGAGAACUCGGCUGGCAGGCAGGAGGCUCACUUCACCCUGACCAUCCACAGACCAGCAACCACAGAGGAAGUCUCAGCAGUCAAAUCCCCAGAGCCAUCUGUGAUGUCGCCCACUCCCACUGUCAAGUCACCAGAGCCUUCAGUAACAUCACCGGCACCCUCCGCAACCACCCCCGUCCCCAGCAUCAAGUCCCCUGAGCCUUCAAUUAAAUCACCAGCUCCCAGUGUGAGGUCACCAGAACCAAGUGGAGUAAAAUCACCUCUUGGUGUCAAAUCUCCAGAACCUGCAGGAAUAAAAACACCUAGAGGUAUCAAAUCUCCAGAACCUGCAGGAGUUAAAUCCCCUUUUGGUGUGAAAUCUCCCGAACCUGCAGGAGUUAAAUCACCUUUUGGUGUCAAGUCCCCAGAACCUGCAGGGAUAAAAACACCUAGAGGUAUAAAGUCCCCAGAACCAGCAGGAAUAAAAUCACCCUUUGGUGUCAAAUCUCCAGAACCAGCAGGAAUAAAAUCACCAUUUGGAGCCAAAUCUCCAGAACCAGCAGGAAUUAAAUCACCAAGAGGUCUCAAAUCCCCAGAGCCUUCAGGCAUCAAAUCACCAAGAGCCUUGAAGUCCCCUGAACCCGUGGGCAUCAAAUCCCCUCCUCGGGUGAAGUCUCCACCUCCGAUUAUGUCGCCCAAGAGAGUUGCGUCCCCUCCCACAGUCAAAUCCCCGGUCCCUAAACCCCCCAAGGUAUUGAGUCAGGUGACAGCCGAGGCCAGCGAGGGCUUGGUCCGGAUGUCCUGCGUCUGCGAGAGCAGCGUUCGAGAGUCAGUGUGGUCUUUCAACGGGAGGAGGCUUUCCCAGAGCAGUCACUUCGAGAUGCACUACUCUGAGGGCUCCUGCAGCCUGCUGAUCCACGACCUGACCGACAGCGACCAGGGAGAGUACACCUGCGAGAUGACGUCCGAGGGAGGGGUAUCCAAAUCCUCCUUCUCCUUCACCGGACAGGUGUUCCAGUCCAUACGCAUGAAGGUUACAGGCUACCACGAGCAGCAACUGGCACUUAAAGGAUCAAUGGCGAUGAGUCUUAAGGAGUCUUCAAUGACGUCCGUGAGUUCGUCCGUGAGCUCGUCCAUGAUGAUGAAGAAAGAAAUGCACGCGAUGCAAGAGUCUUCCUCCUUCUCCUCCUCCUCCUCCGCCCAGCAGGCCAUGAUGGCCUCCAUGAUGGAGUCCAGCUCCAUGAGCAGCAUGGCCGCUGAGAUGAAGUUUGAGACCAUGUCCAUGUCCAGUAUGUCCUCUUUGACGUCUGAGACGUACGCCAUGAGCUCCAGCAGCAGCAUGACGGAGGGGUCAGCCUUCAGAGCCAUCGGUUCUGCCCCCAGGAUCGAGGCUCUGCCGGAGGACAUCAGCAUCGAGCCGGGCAAAGUUCUAACCGUCACCUGUGCCUUCUCCGGAGACGCCAAACUCAUCCAGUGGUCGCGCGGCGGCAAGAACAUCGAGGUUACUGCCGGCGGACGCUUCCACAUCGACACCACGGAGGACCUGACCACGCUCAUCAUCACCGGCGUGAAGGAGGAGGACGCUGGGACCUACACCCUGAAACUGUCCAACGAGCUGGGCUCCGACUCAGCAACCGUCCACAUCAGCAUUCGAUCAGUGUAAAAAAAAAGUCUCAAACCCCAUCGUCCCCUUUCCCUUCUUCCAUGCCUUUUUAUUUAUUAAUUAAGCGAAAUAAUUCUUCUUGAUAACGAUCUGGAUUUCUGUUCUUGUAAAUAUGAACUAUUUUUGUACCAAUCUUGACAUUAAUUUAUGCCAAACUAGACUACAGUCUAACGUUGUUAUAAAAUGUGCCAUAUUGGAUAACUAUGACUGAGGAUUUAAUCCCUUUUUCUGUGACAUGUACAUAAUGUAUAUAGCCGAAUUUAACGGUUAUGGGAAAUGUAUGCAUUGUUAUUUAUGACAAUAAUAGUAACUGAACAAAAGAAACUGAAUGUGGUCUAACUGGAGAAAGUUUCACUAGGAACGAAUACCCUGUUAGGCUGAGAAACUAAACUCUGUGCCUCAACGAAGCGUUGAAGUCUGAAGAUUGCCUCAGCAGGUAGAGAGGCUCCCUGUUGAAGUUACUGACAGAUAUAUGAUAUAUAAGAAUGCACGGCGCUGCAUAGAAACUGAGGCGAGACCCUGAGUGCUGUUUGCAUAUACCCUCAUGUAAGCAGCACGACUGGGCCUCGUUCUCCGACAAAUUAUGUCAUACCGCCAUUUCGAUGACAUGCUCACAGUGCGAGCGGCCUGCACUCCCUGAGCCAGUGUUUCUUUUUGAUUGUGCUCCGGCUCUGCAGGCGACCCCGGCCCGGCUCUCAGAUAACAUCACAUCACGAGAGCAGAGCCCGGCCGGCGCUUGUUUGCAGAGGCGGAGCUGUCUCUCGGAGCGAUGCAGUGUGUGUGUGUGUGUGUGUGUUAGAUAUUAGCAGUCAGUCAGCGGGCGCCGUGCAGCCGGAACACCGCGCUGCACGGCGAGGAGGAGGAGGAGCUCCCGCUCUUUGCUAGACUGAAGGUAGAGAUGUAGCGUUUUGCAGCCUCCUUGAGUUUUCCUCCAGUUAUUGGUUUAAUAAAGCAUGAUUAUCAGCACUA